GUGCUCCGUCAGGUGUUUUGCGCGCGACAGAUGCACGAUUCCCGCCCGCCUGCCUGGAGAGGGGCGCCCGUCUUCGCGGGAGCUUCGCAACGCUUCAGCCCACGCCGUGUGCAGCACGGCAGAAAGUUCUUCACCCGAAGCCUCCCGCCUUUUCGACAACGCCAAGCCCCCUCCCCGCCCGCCCGCCCCACAACCCAUUCCCUCGCUUCUGCAGCACCGCCGCUCGCGCGACCUGCCCGCGGUCAGACACCCCGCCCCCUCCCGCCGCGCUGCCAUUCAGGCCUCCCGCAGCCAAUCGCGCCGCCUUCUGUCACCCCUCUCCCCACCCCCUCCUGGGAGUGAGGGGAGGGCGGUGAGCUCGGCGGAGUCUGGCGGGGGGUUGAAGAGAGUUGGGUGGUUGAACUUUUUCUCUCUUGCGCGCCCCCCCUCCCCUCCUCGCCGAGUUUGCUCCGCGCGCCGAGGCUGCCUCGUCUCGCCUCCUUUCGCCUCAGUGGCGCACCGAGAGCGUCCUGAAGGCGGCUGCUGUCGGGGCUUCGCCGCUCCUCCUCCUCCCGCGCUUCCUUCUCGCCGGCGCGCGUUAUACACAAAGCCAUGGGGUUUCAGGAGCCCGGCGUGCCUUUGACCCUUCUCCUCUGGAUUACGGCUUCUUCCUGGGGCUGCCUGCCCGGAGUGGCGGCCGGCGGCGCUGCUGCUGCCUCCGCAGCCGCCGCCGCAGGAGAGGCGGCUCGCAGGCAGGACGACUCCUUCUCGGCGGCCAGCGUCUACGGAGCGAGGUGCACCUCCAGGUGCCUCAGUCUGCAGAUCACGCGCAUCUCCGCCUUCUUCAAGCAUUUCCAGGUACGGGCGGCGGCGGAGGGAAAGCGAGAAGCUUCCCGGGCGGGCGGGCGGGCAGGGCGAAGCCUCUCUCCCUCCGCAGAGACUUGGUUCGCACCUGGCUUGCUCCAACUCGCGCGCUCCUCUCCGCGGGAAGGAAGCGCGAGGCUGAGCGGCUUCAGCCGUGAGAGAGGGAGCGGGAGGAAGGGGACGAGGGGACGUGAGGGGUCGCGGGCGGCACCUGCGCGCAAGGCUGAGGAGCCUCCUUCGCGUUUUACGCGAGUCCCGUGGAACGCGGCGGGAUUUGCUCCCCGGGAGACACGCGUAAAACUGGAGGAGGAGGGGGGGGGGCUCGGGAGGCGUUAAGCGCAGUGAGCGGAGAGCGGCAGUUGCCCCCCCCCCCCGAUUACUUAUUUACACAAACCCAAGGGUCACACACACACACGUCUCUGUGAUUCUAAGGGAGAAGUGGAUUCGUGUUUGCAUUGACCAUAGAACCAGAAGGUGGUCAGUUACUCCGGAUCAAGCCACGCCGAUCUUGAAGUGGGGCGAUAGGGGUGCCUGGUCUGACAGGGCGAUCGCCGAACCUCUGAAAGCAGAUUAUUUACUCCUUAACAGUCAUCGCAAUCCCACUAGCAACUCACACAAUUAAAAAAUAAAUAAAUAAGGGCUGACGUCCCCUUUCCUUUCCGCGAUGCCUGUUCACGUGUGGGACAUAUUUCCCAUCUACGUUAGUACAGUAAUUGUUAUUUUACCCGAGUGCUCAAAGAGGUCUCUAUUCUUUCUAGUGAGUGCGAGUAACUAGAGAGAGGUGGUUAUUCUGGAUUCACCAACCCAUGAUAAAAGUUUGUGGUUUCCAGUUAGCUUCUUUCUUACUGGAAAGCGUUAUGGCAUGUCUAUAUUGCUUGACUCCUGAAAUUGCUGAAAAGGUAGAAGGUACACAGGGGAAUCCCUCCCUUGUUCAAUAAAACAUUCAGUUCAUUCUUACUGGACCCUUUCAGUACAAGCCUGCGAGUGUCUGCAUGUGUGAAUGAGAGAGAGUCCUGGUAGAUGCUGAAGUUGUUCUUACACUUCGCUGUGGCUGAAUGCAGCCCUGCAUUCUACAGUUGUGUCUUUGCAAUAAGGCUCGCAACCGGUUUGCUAGUUUGAUUGGCCAAGAACAGUUUAGCACCCAAGCUGCUUGAUUCUACUGAAAUCACGGGCUUUAGAUGUUCCAGCCUGCCUAACGCAGCAUAGGGUUGGGCUGUAAGUUCAGAAAACAGGGCUCUUUGAAAAAGGUGACCCCUGAAGGCAGGGAGGGAAGAAGUUAAUUUCUUAUGUGGAUCUCUGCAGGUGUCCCAUUUACUUUGCAUUUCUUUCUCUGGCAGUUAUUUUGAUAGCACAGAGUGUGUAAUGUAGCUUCUGUGCUUCCUGCCAAAGGCAAUGUGCUGGAGCAAUUCUCCCUGAUCACUCACGUGCAGAUCGUGUUUUGAUUUUGCCUGGAAAAAGAAGCAGGAGACGAUAAUGGCUCCUUUUGCUUUUGACUCCAAAAGCAACUGAAUGGGGGUGGUGAUGUGAUAAUCAAUAACUGUAUUUUCUGUUACCUACCCUAAGCAUUUUUGCAGCAUAUAGUAUCUUGUUUCUUAUGUAUGCACGCCUUUAAAAAGUAGGCACAUUUGAUGGUACUGUGUUUUAGGUUGACAUUCUGAUAGUAUGAAGUGGUAAGAUGAUGGGACCAUAAGCUACUUUAUAUUCAGAAUUCAUGUGUGUUGGGGAAUAGUUUUUCCUUCAGUAAAGGUUUUCUUGAUUUUCAUUGUUUCAGAAAUUCAUUUAUAUAAAUGUUCAUUGUCAGACCAGAAGAAAAAAGAUACAGCAAAACAUCCCUCUAUACUGCCUCUUAGAAUAUGGAUGUUACAUGCAACCAUGGUUUUAUUGUGCAGAAUUACAAAAACCUCGUACAGAAUAGGUACUGGUUUCCUGAGUGAGAGGGUUAUUUUUGUAGCCUUCUGAUCUGUUUUUUUUUAAAAAAAAUUAAAAGAAAAAAUAAAUUCAGGCUUUUCCUGCCAUCACUUUCUAUGCUUAAACUACAGUUACUCUAAAAAUCCAGAUGAGCACAACCUCUGUGAUCAUGUGAGGCUAACAGCACAAGCCUUUAUCUUGGCACCUACUCAGAAGUAAGUCUCAUUAUGCCCAAUGAGGCUUCCUCUUAUGUAAUAGAAUAUAGGACUGUGGCCUAAUUGUAUUUCCCCCCCAGUCCAAAGCUUGCUAUCUAAAUGCGCAUCUGCGUCUCACAAUUAUAUUCCUUGGACCUUUGAACCUUGCUUCUUGUAUGGGUAUGCAUGAAUCUAUUGGUGUUGUUUAGUUCUUCUUCACUUCCUGGCAAUUCACACCAUGGAACAGAAUCAUCCAGGUAUCUGUUCUGCCAGUGCAGCUUGCAUGAGUAGUUCUGGGAUAACCAAGGCAGGGAUAAAGGGCACCUUGUUUAACAAGGAGGCUAUUUGUGUGCAUCUCUUGCUUAUUGCAAGCGUUCAAUCAACAGCGUGGGAAGCUGCCGGGUGGGAGGGAUACAGUGUGUCCCCUAAGGCUACAAUCCUAUGUCCAGUUAAGUGUGCUUAAGCUUUGUUGAAAUAAAUAGGAUGUGGGUGUGUUACAGGGUACAGAGUUGUAGUCUAGUUGUAGAGGGCACCUGCUGUUACAUUUAUACAGAUGUGGCCUCUCCAGAUUCUACAACAGAACAUAGCAUAUCUUGUGCCACAGAGUUCUACUUUCAUCAAUUUGAGUAGAUUUUAUUUCAAAGAUAAGAGCAAGCUGGCUACUGGUAACUCCAAUAUGGACAUAUUUAUCAUAUCCAUAAGUUCUUCAUUUUAAAAUUCAGCACAUAUUGCUGACACAGUGACUCAGGAACUCUGAUAAAUUAAAAGACUCUUGAUACAUCACGGUUGCUUGGUUUUUAAACAAACCCACUUUAAUUACUUUCUCUGUUCACAUGUGCUGUAUCCACUUUGUGGGGAGGAGAGUGUAAUAAUUGGAGUGAGCAGAGAUAAGUUCCUGUGCUCAUUUUGAAGGGUUUGGAGGAAAGCUAUUGUAUAUAAAAAUAUGAUUGAGCCUUGCUAACUGGUGGCAGGGAACAUCAACAUUUGUAGAGUACCGUAUUUUUCGCCCUAUAGGACGCACUUUUUCCCCUCCACAAAUGAAGGGGAAAUGUGGGUGCGUCCUAUGGGGUGAAUACAGGCUUUCGCUGAAACCUGGAGAGUGAGAGGCUCUCGCUCUCCAGGCUUCAGGAAGCUCUGCGCAAGCCGCGCCGGCCUCUGGAGGGUCGCGCAGAGCUGCCUGCAUUCCGAAGCCUCGGGCGCACUGAAGAGCGCGCCCGGCCUUCACACAGCUGUCCGCAAGCCUGGGGAGACCAGCGUGGCUCCCUAGGCUUGCGGACAGCAGGCUGUUCUCGGGGCUGGGGUCGGGGGAAGCUCGGGCUUCCCCCGUGCCAGCCCCGUGCCGGCGGGGGGGAAUAAACUUUUUUUCUUUAUUUCCCCCCAAAAAAACUAGGUGCGUCCUAUAGGGCGGUGCGUCCUAUGGGGCGAAAAAUACGGUAUUUCUCAAUGAGCUAAGCUCUCACAUUAAAUACAUGCAUAGCACAAUGUAUAUAUGAUUACUUAUAUUCCAUGAAGUAGACAAGAAUUACAAUACAGACUAGUCAGCAAAGAUAUGACAUGAGAGUACUCUCACUUAUUACCUGUGACUAAAUCCUGCUGACUCAAUGGGAGAUCGUAUUAAGCAAAUGUAUAUUGUAUAGGAUUGACUGCACCUAUUUGUAUUGGUGCAUUCUGUAGCACACUUCUAAAGGCUGAAGUAGACUUUGGUCCAUUAAAGUUUAUGCCAUAGUGAGUUUUUUUAAGGCUAUAAAAUGCUACAAGACCUUAUGGUUCUUACUAAAGAAUGGUUAUGAAAGGUGCUAUUCAUCUACUUUUGCAUUUUUUUCCCCCUUUUUGCAUUCAUGGGAGAGAUAUCCAAUGUUAGUCCUACUCAGAGGAGAUGUAAUGAAAUCAGUGGGUCUGCUUCUAUUACUCUUAGUUUUCAUUCACUUUUGUGUUUUCAUUUAUUCUUUACUUGGUUGUUGAGACCCAGAAACAGAAUAAGAUCUGAACCAUGAACUGAAUGAAUUAUAAUAAUUUCCCAGCAUCCCAUUUGCAAGUGAAAACUAACACAUUCACUUUUUAGACAAGCUCUUCACUUGAAUGCAGAAUGUAUGUAUGAUGAUUCCAAAGCACAGCAAAGCAAGACAAAUAAAAGCAAAUCCAGACUAGAUGAUGAAAAAAGUAAAGAGAUAGAGCUUGAUUGUCAUCCUUACUAUUAUCCUAUGGAGCACUUGGACUUCACAUUCAAGGAACAAUCUGUGGCAGGGCAAGAACAUUUCAUCUGUCUAUGAAAAUGCCUACUUUUGUAGGCAAUGUAUUAUUCUUCACCCAGGUGAACCAGAAAGAAGAAGAAUCAGAAGUGCACUCUGUUGUUUCAAGAAUGCAGGGUGUAUAGAGCAUGCGCGCACCCCCCCCACACACUGUAACCCAUCUGCAUUCAUGAUUAGUAUAGGUAAGUAUUGAUUAGAUAAAGAUACACUGGAUAAAAAUCCAAACCAAAAACUGCCUUCUAUGAACAUGUCUUUUCUUCAGGAGAUAUAUCAAAAGCUGGAAAUUGUUAAACCCAGUUAAUUAUCCUGAAAAGGGAUUAGUUACCCCCCCUUUUUUUACUGUUGUCAGUUGGUUGUAACUCUUUUUGUUUUACAGUUUCACUGGCUAAAGAAAGCAAUUUACACCAGCCAGUUCUUAGUGAAAGGCCUUUUUAUGUGCGUGCUUUCUUGGCAUGAUUUCUUUCUGAAGUAAAAACUGCUGACAGAAUGCACAUUGCCAAACAAUAGUGAUUACAUUUUAAUUAGCUGGGGUGAAAUAAGCUGCAAAUUACUCAGUUAGGACUUAAUAACUGGUUGGUCUCUCCCCCCCCCCAUGCAAAUCAAUUGCAAAUCAGUGGCUUUAAUCCUAACCUGUGAAAGAAAAAUUCAAUCCAUCUAAAUUAUAGGGGAUUAAAUACUUCUAAAACUUGAAGCAGUGGUAACAUACAAAAGGCAAAGUGAUCUUGUUAAUAAAGGUUAAACUUUCUGUUCUCUUUUAAUUGAGAAAAGAGAGGAAGUGAAGAGGGAUAUGGCAAACAUAACAUUGUCCUUACUACUUGGGAUAUACAGGUGAUGUCCAGGUCAAGCAGGCGUGGUCAGCAUUGUUCUGUCAUGAAAACAAAGGUAACUUUGCACUGUUACUUUACCAUAGCCAAUUCAGAAGGACAUUUAAAGUGUAAAUGAUGCUGCAGUACAAUAAUCCAUUACCUGUCUUCAGACUUUAAAAGGAGUGAAAACUGCUAUAGCUUGAACAGCAGGACCAAUUGUCUUAUAGCAAGAAAUACAAGACUUGCAUGUUUCGUCCUAAGAUAUCUCUGAUUCAUCUGCACCAGUCUUUGAUUUACUGUAUGGAGACAUUGCUUUGAUGGCAGUUACUAAGCUGGUCUCAAAGGAAGUAAAGUAGGUUAAAUGAUGCUUUUUACUGGGCCACAAUCUGUAGGGAAUAGUAUGCAAGCUUUGGAGUUUUGUCAGAGCUGGUUUUUUAAAAAUAGUUCCAUACAUACACACUUUUUCUCUACAUAAAAUGCUCCGGAGGAAUGGGAUUGAACUGUUCGUGUGUUCUGUAAUUGGUAAAAAAAGGAUAGUGCAACUCAAGUAGUAAAAUACCCCUGUGCACUUGUGAAUAGCAAUAGAUGUGUGGCGCUGCAGGGCAGAGUAUGGCAGAUUACAGUUGGGAGAAAACAUAGCUAAAUCUUUGUUGUGUGAAGACGGAAAUAGGUCGUGUUCUAUUGUAUUAGACAUCCACAUUGUGCAGAGGAUUUCAGAAACUUCUGUGCACCUUGCAUGGUCCAGUUUUUGUUCACAUUCAGUUAGGUAGUUGGCAUUGGGUGAAGGAGAAUUGGGUAAUUUCCCCUCUCAGUCCUGAAGCUCACUAGGAAAUCUGAGGCCCAACCUGUGGAAGAAAGUUGUUCUGAGGCUAAAGUGGGAUAAUAAUCUCCAUGUGUGCCAUUUUGAGCUCCUUGGAGAAAGAUCAGGAUUUGAGAUACAGUGGUACCUCGGGUUACAUACGCUUCAGGUUACAUACGCUUCAGGUUACAGACUCCGCUAACCCAGAAAUAGUGCUUCAGGUUAAGAACUUUGCUUCAGGAUAAGAACAGAAUACAAGGCUAUUAAGAACACAGCCAUAGCCAUAGUUUUCAGCCAUAGUUGUUGACACUUCUAAGACACUUACACUUCUAAGAUGUGAAUGGCUCGUACUCUUCUUUAGGGGGUGAGAUAAAACCAGGGGUCAUCAAGCCUUACUGGGCAUGGGGUGGAUCACUCCUGCAGAGAUCCUCCAUGGGCUGGACUAGCGCAGCAUCUGCACAUGUCCACUGCAUCGGAAAUUGCUUCUGUGCAUGCUCAGACGCUGAAAAUCACGGCUGCACAGAUGCGAUUUCUGGUGCCUGGGCAUGCGCAGAAGCAAUUUCCAGAGCUGCAGAAGAGAGUCCCCACGCCAUGCUGUGCUGGUUUAGCGCAGCGUGUGGGGGACUCACCGAGCGGGCAACUUGGUUCGGGGGCGGCUCAUGGGCCAGUUAAGUGACCCUCAUGGUUGCCGACCUCUGGAUAAAACCUCUUAAUCCCUGCUUGGCUGUGAACCAUAUUGUAGUUUUUCUUGUGUCUAAUGACUCCGUAUAUCAUUUUUGUGUCAUACACUUCAUAAUUUGCUAUAAUCUUGGGAGCAUGGCAAUGAAAUUCUAAUUUGGAUUGAGCUGCCUGGUUCUCUGUCAUGCAUGAAAACUGCACCAACUGUAGAGAAGCUUAAAGACGCAAGGUACUUUGGCGCAACAGAACUUUCUGGUUUUGUGGUUGGAUGUUGUGUCUUUGUGGUGGUGGUGGUGUUGCUGCUGCUGUUCUACAGCACUUUUAGCUUUUGGGGAAAAUAUUAUAGAAAUAUCUUAAUAAAUGAAAUAAAAGAGGGGUGUGUGGGUGUGUUUCUUAACUUUUAACAACUCGUUAAUGUUUUCCUGUGUAAUCUCUCCAAGCAGGCCCAAGACAGUAAAAAAAAGCCUUGAAGGGAAGCAAUGAAAAGGGAAAUGGACAAGCAACAUACCUGCAUUUCAUUCUUAGUGUUUUCAUUGCUUAUGUAAAUGUAGUCACUCUGGCAAGAAUUACUAUUUCACUUCCUGCCAUGUAUAGAUCUCUGUAACUGUGUAACUGUGAUAUGCAUAGUGGUAUCCAUAUGUAACUUAACCAGUGUCAUGGAUAGUUCUGUUGGUAGAGAAUCAGACUCUUAAUCUCAGGGCCAUAGCUUUGAGCCACACAUUGGGCAAAAGAUCCCUGGAUUGCAGGGGGUUGGACUAGAUGACCCUUGUGGUCCCUUCCAACCCUAUAAUUCUAGAAAAAUUUAGUUCGCUACAUGGAAAAAUUACUACACUUUACCCACAUGUUCUAGAUCAGGGAUGGGCAGCCUGUGGCCUUCUGGAUGUUGCUAAGCUAUAAAUCACACCAUCCCUGACCAUUGGCUAUGCUGGCUGAGGCUGAUUGUAAUUGGAGCCCAACAACAGCCCAGCAACAGCUGGAGGGCCAUAGGUUCUCCACCCCUGUUUUAAACAAAUGGAAAAGUCUGUGUGUCUGUCUAGAAGAGAUGCCUCUGGAGAACCUUCAGAUUUCAGUAUAUUAGGCUUUUAUAUGAAUCUCUAUAGCCAUGUAGUCUGCAGAGCAUUGCUUAUAAUGUGAUAAAAUAGGAGAGACAGUAUUCUUAGCCCAUAUGCACAGGUGUGAUCCAGUUCCUAUUCCUGUGUUCUUUAUUCCAUUAGAGGAAAACCAGACUUUUUGAGAGUGGCAAAGUGCAGAUGGAUAGACAUAGGCAGAAGAAUGCUACCUAAUAAAUUACAUUGUGUGUUAUGUUGAUUAAGUGCUAGACAUGCAGAUGUUUCCAUAUAGAGUUUAGUUGUGUAGGUGGAUUUCAAGGUUCUGGAGAUAAUCCAAAAUAGAUUUCUAAGAUGAAACCUUGGAUAUUUAAACUUGUUUGUUUAGGACAGACAUCAGGGAAUCCCUGACUGACGAAUGUGAAUUUGCUUCUUAGUAUUUUUUGGAAAUUCCAUACCUCCCUUGAAUCUCAUUUGUGUGUUAUUUUUUUCAUUUUGUGUUGAUGCUCAUUGGGAGUCUGCGUAAGCUUUUACAAGAAUGAUCUUGGAAAAAGCAAACUUACAGAAGAUAAUAAUUUCACUUGCAAGUGAACCUUGAUGUGCCAUUCCAAAAUGUAUGCAUGUAUUUAUGUUUAUUUCAACAUAUACCCCUUAAUAUCGUAGUUUCUAAGUGGUGUACAAUAUAUUUUACAAAAGAGACACCCUAGAUGAAAUCAGUCAAAAUGAAUCAUAAAACUGAAUAACAUGUAAAGUGCCUGCUCAUAUUUAUUUCAACAAUGCAUUGUGACUAAGGCUUCACUUCUUCAAACAAAUUUUUAGGACGCAGAGUGGAAUCUGGACCUGCACAGUACUACAUCAGAAUAUGUACUUAAAUUCUCCCAUGUUUAUGUGAAUUUGGGUGAAGAACUGGGAGUGGUCAAGCUGUAGAGGGAGACUAUUUCAGGGGGGAAAUAAAUACUUUAUGAAUAUAUGAAACUAAAAAGGUAAAGGUACCCUUGACCAUUAGGUCCAGUCGCGGAUGACUCUGGGGUUGUGCGCUCAUCUCGCUCUGUAGGCCGAGGGAGCCAGCGUUUGUCCACGGACAGCUUCCGGAUCAUGUGGCCAGCAUAACUAAGCUGCUUCUGGCAAACCAGAGUAGCACACGGAAACGCCGUUUACCUUCCCGCUGAAACAGUACCUAUUUACUGUAUCUACUUGCACUUUGAUGUGCUUUCGAACUGCUAGAUGGGCAGGAGCUGGGACUGAACAACGGGGGCUCACCCCGUUGCAGGGAUUCGAACUGCCGACCUUCUGAUCGGCAAGCCCUAGGCUCUGUGGUUUAGACCACAGUGCCACCCGCCUCCCUCAAUGAAGCUAUCUUAUAUCAAAUUAGACCUUCCAACCUAAUAUUGCCUGCUCUGACUAGCAGUGGGCUCCCAGGGUAUUUUUCAGCCCUACUACCUGAAUCCUUUUCAAUGGAGAAGCCAAGGACUUAACCUGGGAACUUCUACAUGCAUGUUCUCUACCACUGAGGGGGUGUGUGUGUUUGCAGGUGUGUAUAGUAUGUAUGUAUGUGUACAUGACUAAAGGACUUCUCUGAGCUGGAAGUCCUUUUAGCACUUUUAUGGCAUGUACCACACUACUCAUGUGCUAUAUGUAAGAUGCAGUUGCAACUAUGAAAAUUGUAGCCUUGUUUUGAGAUAGUCUUGGCCAGUGUUUCAAGGUAGUUUGAGGUAGUAAUGAUAAAUGCAAUAGUUAGCUUUGUGCUCCCUUGUGCAAGGGAAUGGGUUGCAUUCUGUUGGGAUCCUUGGUACCCUAAACGAUGCAGAAGAAUUAAACACUUUAUAUUCUUAUACUGUAAAUCAGGCAUCCCCAACCUGUGGCCCUCCAGAUGUUUUGCACAACACUUCCCACCAUCCCUGACCACUGGUCCUGUUAGCUAGGGAUCAUGGGAGUUGUAGGCCAAAACAUCUGGAGGGCUGCAGGUUGAGGAUGCCUGUUUUUUAAAGUUCUCAUAAAAUGAGGGAGAGUGCCAUUUCCAUGAUAUCAUUUAUCUGUAUUCUAUUUUUCUUUUUCUUCUUUCACCACAUUUCUGGUAUUGAAUGAAAGGCAGUUUUCCUAAAAAAAGGAUAACAACUUUGGUCAGCCCUCAUGGCCCUUCACUUCAUCAAAUCUGGCCCUCUUUGAAAAAAGUUUGGACACCAAUGACUUAAGGGUUUGGAAGGGCAUUAAAAAGGUGCUAAAUGAACGGUGAACGAUAUUGAAUGUCACAAUUGCAUUGUGGUAUAAUUCUACAUCUAAUAUACAUAUGCUAAUUGAAAAAUAGUAAUUUAUUUAUUUAUCUGGAACAUUUGUACCCUACUCUUUCACCAAAAAGGUCUCCCAGAGUGGCUUAAAGGUAAAGGUAAAGGGACCCCUGACCUUAGGUCCAGUCGUGGACGACUCUGGGGUUGCAGCGCUCAUCUUGCUUUACUGGCCGAGGAAGCCGGCGUACAGUUUCCGGGUCAUGUGGCCAGCAUGACUAAGCCGCUUCUGGUGAACCAGAGCAGCGCACGGAAACACCGCGAGUGGUACCUAUUUAUCUACUUGCACUUUGAUGUGCUUUCGAACUGCUAGGUGGGCAGGAGCUGGGACCGAACAAUGGGAGCUCACCCCUUCGUGGGGAUUCGAACUGCCGACCUUCUGAUCGGCAAGCCCUAGGCUCUGUGGUUCAGACCACAGCACCACCCGUGUCCCUCCCAAAGUGGCUUACAUACAAUCAAAUAGGAUAAGACAGGUCCCUGCCCACAGCCUUACAAUUUAAAAAUCCACGGCACACAAGGCAAAGGGACAGGGAGGGAAGGGAAGGGGGGGAAUGUCACAAUUUUCCUUGCCCUGAUUUCCUCUUGUUGAGCAUGGAUGUCUGGAAUAGGGAAGCCUAUAUGUACAUGUAUGUCCUGUGUGAUGAAUCUGUCAAGGAAGCUAGGGAGAAGGACCAUUCAAGAAUUAUUCAGCCAUUUAAGUUCUAAGCUUGCAUUCUGAAGUGGUAUCAACCAAGCACAUAUAGUAACUUUAUUGCCAGGAAAGGUAAGAAUGGAGGGACACUGUUAGAUUGGCAUUUUAUUGGGCAUGAAUAGUUCUUAUAUAAAUCAAUUCCUCCAAGACACUUUCUGAUAAUUAUACCAUGUGUUUUUAAUUUGGUUCAUCCACCAAAAAAUAGCCUUAAAUGCAUGAAAUGCAUCAGUAUUGUUCAUCAUUUGUAUGUGCAAUAAAUAUCUCUACCUACCUUUGUGCUUUAGCUCAAGAUUUAGAUGCUCUACCUUUUCCAUUUGCAGCGAUCAAUUUUGUCAAAUACCAUCAAAUCAUCACAUGCCUGCAAAAAGCAUACUUCAUGAUCUUGCAAUUUAAAUCUUUGUCCUUGGGCACUGUGAUGAAACAAAAUAGAUGAGAAGAAGGUUGCUUCUUGUUCAAAAGGGUUUUCUUCCAUAUUCCCGAAGAUAGAUUUUCUGUCAUUCUUGGUUAUGAAAAGAAAGGUAUUGGAAAAGAACUUGAAUGAAUUUUUAAACUACUUGCACAUUGCCCGGAGGCCUGUAGAUAUACCACAUAUGCAUCUGUGGGCAGUAACACUGUUGUGGAUUUGGCUGGCUUCAUCAUGGUGAAUGAGUGGCUAGGGCCUUUGUUUUCUCAGGGUUAUGUUUUUAAUGACUGUGGAUGGUCCCCUGAAUGGGCAAUUUAUUUUACAGGAUUAGGGUCUCAGACCAGUGCUUUCCAGAGUUUGCGCAUGAGUGAGCUGAGUGGCUGGAGCUAGCUGAAAGUGAGAGAGACCUGCACAAGUUGCUUUCUGAUGUUUGCAUAUAAAAGUAUACAAUUUGGGAUUUGCAACAAUAUUCCUCUUGCAUAAACAGAAGUGUUCUUGAAACAGAAACCUAUAGCACUGCAGGGCAGGGAGGAGAAAGAUUUUAGGAGGAGGAAAAUGUAUACAUUUGUCUCUUCCCACACUUCUGAAGUCUUUCCUGUUGUGCUAUGUCAGGGAUGAGGAUGUUGGAUUUCACUUGCAUCAGCCCACAGACAGUGGCGGAGCUUCAUGCUCUGGCACUGGAGGGGGGUGGGGGUGGGGUGGAGAGCAGGUGGGGGCAUGGCUGGCAUGCGUCCCAGGGGCAUGGUGCGCCGCCUGCAGGGGUGUGACGCAUUUCCUGGGGGCAUGACGUGUGUCCUGGGGGCAUGACGUGCCAUCUGCGGGGGCGUGGUGCCCAGCACGGGGGCAGCCGUGAUGGCACCCCACUGGGAUCGCGCUGCCGGGGACAGUGCGCUCCCUCCGCACGCCUCUUCCUCCGCCAAUGCCCAUAGAUAGCAUGAACAAUGGUCAUGAAUGACUGUAGUCCAGUAAUAUAGGACGACAGAUUUCACAUCCUUGUGCUAACUACUGCUAAAGUGCUCAGAUUCAGGGGCAGAAAACUUAAUAGCUAUAUAAAGAGAUAGGAGUUCCCUGAAUUUGCAGAAGCUAGUACUUAUUCGUGGCCCAUUUCACAGCCAAAGUGAUACGCAUACCAACUUUGGUAUUAGAAGGAAUGUGGGGGCACAACACUUGCUUGUAUGUUCCAUAGCUGUAUCUAGAUAUAUAUUUGGUGUUCAUUUGAAAGUCUCAUUCUUCAUUUUGAAAGAAGUGGAAAAAGACUUACAUGGGUGGUUAAAGUUUGAUUGAACCACAGAGACCUCAGAAAGCAAAAUAAUGGCAUGAGUGAUAAUUGGCUUGUAAAUCUUACUCCCAUUUUGGCUAUACAUACUAAAUAAUUUUGCAGGCAAGCAACUUUUGUAGGCUGUUUUAAUUUAGCGGUGCCAAUUUGAAUAAAAUAUUGGGGGGUCAGGUAAGCCCCACUCCACAAGACGCAGUACAUGCACACCAUUUGAAUGGCAAUGCCCAUAAACUUGGGUGGGGCAGCCCCCUCAAUAUUUUAUUGGGGGAAGCUGAAGGAAUCUUGGCCCCUAGAAGUUGGCUCCUAUGACCUCCUGCCAGUUUUCAUUUAUUGCACUUUACAUAAAAAGUUAAAAUGCACCCAUAUUGUGAACAGAAAUAUUUUCAGAAGGAGGGGGGGGAUAGAAAAUGGGAAAUUUACUCUAAAUGUAACAAAAAGCUAGUCUUCUAUUAUAUUGCUUACAAUACUAAGAAUUAGAAGACAGCAAUGACAGAUUCUGAAAGGAAAUAGUUCUACUUUGCCAUAGCAAAAGUCUUGCCACUUGAUGCAUUAGACUGCAGUCCUAAACCCACUUUCCUGGGAGUAUGUCCAUUGAAUUCAGCAGGGUUCCUUUUAAGUAGACAUUGUUAGAACUGAAGCCUGUCUGUGGCAUUUAUGAAGAACCCAUUCCCUGAUUCUUCCUAGUAUUCCAAAGAAGCCUGAAUAAUUGCAGUCACACCUAUCCCAAACAUUGGGAUUUGAAAGAAAUGGCUACAAAUAUUGGACUAUGUGCAGAGGUUACGCUCUGACUGAGGCUACAAUCCUAUGAAUCCUUACCUGGGAUUUUGAACACUGUGGGACUUGUGUUGGAGGAAAUAUGUAUAGACAUGUACUGCAAAUGUAUCUGGCAUAUGAGUGCACACAGUUAGCAGGUCCGCCACUUACACAAGGGUUUGACUCCAAAGGUCCAUGUACAAAGGCAAAAUCAUGCAAAGUCAGGAACCCCUGGAACCACUUCCCUGAGAGGUGUAAUCCUACUUAUUGGGUUCUGGGAAGUUUGAAGGGCCCUGGGACCCUCCGAGAGCAUGGCAAGCAAGGAAAACCUGGAUGUGCAGGUGGAAGAAAAACAAGUAAAUGGAGAACAGGGAAUGGCAGAUUUCCCCUGCUCUCCAUUUGUUUAUUUAUUUUCUCCCUGCACACGUUUGCAUUCACAUAUGUAAAGGGAAUGCCAGUUGUGGGCCCACUGUAGAAUUUUAGCUUGCAAUUUAUAAGCAGAUUUUGUUUGUGUUUCGAAAUUGUGUUUGAAGCCUCUAGUGUGGCAGCUUUCAAGGCAAGAAGAAGCAGCCUCUGCAUUUGGGAUAUUUAUCAUGAUAGAAUGUUCCAGGUGACCAACAUAUUCCAAAAGCAGGCGUGCUUCAUCUGAUUUAGUGAAAAGAGGCCACCGAGCUGUAAAACUAUGCAGCUAGUUGCUACUAAUCUGCAGCUGCAAUCAUUGUUCUCUUCUGUCAUUCCUUUAUAGGAAGAAUAAAGGAUUGAAAGCAGUCCAUGAGAUAUUAGUUUAACAUUACUACUGGCUAGGUUUUGGAAAAGGAAAUAAUAAAUUCUUGGCUGGCACGGGGACUGCUAAAGUACUUCUGUUAACUGUAUGUUAUUUAUGACAUCCUCCUAAACUUUUAUGUCUUCUGUUCCUGUCCAUUCACAAGUGUUUGCAUGAGUCUUAUGUUUCACAUUUAUUUAUAUGUGUGCUUUAGUAUAUUUAAGAGAACUUUAUGGGUAGUUGCUGCCAACCAAAGAGCAUUAGAUUUUAAGAUGACAUGGUUUUAAGAGCUGAAGAUGUAAUGUGCUAAUGAGGAUAAGAUCAGGGGAGGCGGAAAUGUUUAUGUUUCUAAAUAUUUUGGAAGAAUCUCCACCUUUAAUGUAUUUGGAAAGGUAUUUAUUUGGCUAUCAUGACUAGUGUAAGGCAUGGUAAUGACUCAAGAAGCACCUUUCAAAAGCACCACAUGCGCUAGGGAUAGUGAACACAAUGUCAAGAGCUACAGCACCCUUUCUCUUAUCAGUUAUGCUUCAAAAAAGAAGAUUAAAAAGAUCAAAGGAACUGGGUGGAUGAACAUAUGGAUUUUGCCUCCUAGUGCUUCAUCCCAUGUUAUUUUACAUCUGCUGUGAGGUAUAUGUCCAGAAUUGUAUGUAUCAUUUUUUUAAAUAAAUAAAAGCUAUAUACGAAUUAUUUGGACUUCACACAAACCUGCCAGUCUACUCUCUGGUUCCAAUCUGCAGACCCCACUCAAGAUGAACUGCCCUGGGCCAACUAGGGACCACCCUCUGCACCUUGGCUAUAGUCCCAAAUUACUUUGUGGGCAGGGUCUAAUGUUUAAGAAGGGGGGAAACCUAAUUAAACACACAACCAUGAUGGAGUGGGAAAGGAGACAUCGUUCCACUCCCUUGACUGAGCAGGGGGUUCUGUUCUCCAGGAUGUUCUUCACAAGUGGCUUAUCUGUGGGGAAUAAGCUUGCGAGUGAGUACCCUUGUUAUCACAUUGUUGGUCAAGUCAGCAAGGGAAGUUAGCAUCACAAAAAAUUCUUAGAAAGUCACCAACCUAACCAGAAAUGGAAACAAAUUCUUGUUUUGUUUUCAGAGUGGGAAAAAGGUACUAUGGGAAUGCACAGGAAAUAUUGGCCUAGCCUGAGAAGGAGAUAUGUUACUAAUACUUCUACUUUUCUCUCUCUCCCCCAGAAUAAUGGUUCCUUAGUCUGGUGCCAGAAUCACAAACAGUGUUCAAAGGUAUGAAACUUCCUCUCUCUCUCUCUCAAAGAUACAGUACAAAAAUGUUAUCCAUCAUUGUACUUUAUUUUUUAUGGAUUGCUAUACGUUUCAUUUUGUUCUAAGCACUGCAAUGCAUUUAUUUCCAUAUUCUUCGCAUACAACAAAACUCUUAAAAUCUUGUUAACAAUGAAUAUUUGUAUGUAAUCACUUGCUGUAUAUUAAAACUUCGUGGUUGCUUCUUCCUCCUCCUCUUCUUCUUCUUCUUCUUCUUCUUCUUCUUCUUCUUCUAUCCUGCCCUGUAAGAACUUCCCUGCAGAGGCAUAGCAAGCCCAGGUGGUACCCGGUGCAAAAUGUUUUUUUGUCACCCCCCCCCCCCAUGGACAGCUCGGGGUAGGUUUGGAAGUCAUGGGUGGGUGCAGAAUGUCCGCCCCCCUUUCCUACUCCUCUGCGCCCCACCCCCACAACUCUAAAGUAACCCAAGCCAUCGGGGGAAGUGGGGAGCUAUGCCACUUUGCCGGGGUGCUGGCAAAGCUGUGAAGCUUGUCCUCUCGGGAGCCAUGACUCCCGUCCGUCUGUCCUCCUCCCUCCCUCCCCGGCUCGCUGUAAAGUGGCAAAGCGGGAGCCGCUUACGGCGAGCCAGGGAGGGAGGGAGGCUGGGAGGGGGGCCCAUGGCUCGCCAUAAGUGGCUCCCACUUUGCCGCUCAGCAAGCCGGGGAAGGAGGGAUGGGCAGCCGUGGCUCCCGUCCACCCCUCACUGGCUCGCUGUAAAGCAGCAAAGCAGGAGCCUCUUACGGUGAGCCGGGGAACAGGGAUCCCACCACGGUCUGUAUGGUGCUCCAGUGGUGCCAGUGGCAAACCCCUAUGUACAGUGCAUGUGUGGCGUCACUACGUACAGCGCAUGCAUGCGACACUGCACAUGCGUUGUACAUAGCUGUUUGCUGCCAGCGCCGCUUGAACGCCGCACGGACAGUGGUGGGAUCUUCUUCUCGCGGCUACAGUCGCGAACAGAGGAUCUUUCACAUGCGGCUGGGGCGGCAGGGCAAGCACCCCACGGGGUGCCUUCUUGUCACCCUCCCAGACGUGGAACUCGGGGUGAAUCACCCCCUUGCCCCCAUCUUGUGAUGCAACUGCUUCCCUGCUCCAUUUACUUCAAUUAAACAUCUUGGCUCUCUUCUGUUUGUAAUUAAUGGGCAAUAGCCAGUGUUAGUCAUACUCAGAGUAGACCCAUUAAUAUAACAGAGCUCAAUAGCUUGAUUUCACAUUUCAUACUAAGCCCAGACUAUGGCUUAGUGCAAAAAGGCUGGCUCGUGAGGAGAAGGAUAGCAGCCCCUUUGGCCAAUGUUUUGCUUGGCGUGACAUCUGAACCCAAUUACAAAUGAUGGUUAAGGAGGAAAUAGCCUAGGCUUGGACAACACACCAAACCAAACCAUGACUUAGCUGCUGCAUGGAGCUCAAAAGGCCAGGGAGAAGCAAAGCUCCAGGAGCUAUCUUAUUUGUGCUGAACGGUAAGACAACAUGCAAACAAAGUCAUUGAGCAUAUUCUGAGUAUGACUUAGUAGUUGGAUACCACCCUGUGGGGUUUUACAGUUGCUUUAUUAGAGCUGGAUUGUGCCAGUUAAUUUUACAUGACCUAAAAUGUACUUCAUAUUUAUUCUACAAGCAAUUCUUGUUCAAGAAAGGAGAAGUGUUUUUCCCUGAGAUUAUAUAUUUUAUGCUAUUCAGUAAUUUAAUUUCUUUGGGGCUUUCAGCUAGUCUUACUGUUGUCUUUGUGUGUGUGUGUUGACUCUUUGACCCUUGAAAGAUUAGAGUGCAAGUGAGCUAAUAACUAUUUGAUUCUACUGGAAAAGCAUCUUGCUAAGUUGCCUGGAGAGAAGCAACAAUUAUUAUUCAGCUUUAGAGGGUCAGAGUGGAACCACAGGGCUUAGCCACUGACUGCUCUUUUCAUUCCCAUACAAUGCCGAGUGCGUCUAUUCCCUGCUUUAGAAUUUUACCUUCUAAACUAUUAAACCAGUGUUGUAGAAAAAUGGUAGGUAAAACAGUAUUUAGCCAAAAUUUCCAUGAUUUCAUAAUGGUACAAGGACAUGCACUGCAGUAUGCUGAGAUCUAUAUUUAAUACGUAGUUGACUUUCUGUAGAAUUUAUAUUAAGUGGGGACCAAAAUCCCAGAAGCUCUGAGGUGCUGUAAGGAGUGAUAUUCAGUGAAGAACUGCCCUGUUUUAUGAAUUGAGACAUUCCAUUUGAAACAAAAAGGUACAUGGAUUUCUCAACAACAGUGAAUCUCAAUAAGCUGGUGUGUGUGUCUGUGCGUGCAACUGAAAUACUUUUUCUGUGAUGUUUUCUUUGUGAGUUCCUGGCCAUCAGGAAGACUUCAGUUUAGACUUCUAUGAGUGCUAACUGGAGGAGAAGUUGGGAGAAGGGCUAUUUGUUUUGAUCAGAAGAGGAACUGGUUUAAUGGAAUAGCUACUAUAUAAGCAAGAAUGGAAGUAUAGUAAUUCUAUCUAACCCGCUAAAUCAUAUUAUCCUGUAAAUACAAUUCAGCAGUGGACAGUUGGGUGGCAUGACUGUGUUCACCUGUCUUCUGGAAGAUUUUGCUGCUGCUUAUAGGGAGGUAAGGAGGAGGGGGGAGGUUGGUGUGGUGCAAAUGCACUCAUGGGAUCAGUGGAUUGGCUACACAGUCCAUUUGCACUGUGCUGUUCUGUUGCUCCUGCUGUUGCACUUGUAUUUCACUGACCUUGUUCCUUCCACCACCUAGUGAGCAGCAGUGACAUGACUGACUGGAGGUCAGGUGAACAGCGCUUCCUCACCAAGCUGUCUGCUACUAGUAUUGAUUGAAUAAAUAAUAUAUUUGCUUAACCUUUAAAGUAAGCCUCCUUGUUUAUCUGUCUUAUGCCUGCUACUGUUUAUGUGUCAUUUGGGGAAUAAGAUAUUACCAGAAAUGUCUGGUAGCAGCAGAAAUUAGGGGAUUAAGGAAGCAGUUAUAGUCCUCAUGUAAGAUGGAUGCUGGUGGGAGUCCUCCACAUAAAGGGUCAGUUAGGGAGGUAAUCCUCCAAAUUUCACAAUUACUUAGUUUAGUUUGGGAUUAGUUGUCAUGUUCUUUAUAGAAUUUCUGUACAGAUACAGGAUUUCUUUUAAGAAAUAAUGUUUAACCCUGGUGUCUCCUCCAUUGAUUGAGUGAUGCAGUUGUGCUGUGAAAUAAGGAACAUCCAUCAAGCUAUUUCCCAUGUGAUGUUCACAAGCGACUCUUUAAAUUAGGACUACUAAACUUCAUAAAAACCAACGAAGGGCAACAAAGCCUGUCACUGUCUCAUGACUGCUGCUGGUAAUUAAUGUUGACAUGAAUAGGUUGUUAUGACCCAAAGUAAGCUACCUGAAAACAAAACCGUAAUGAAACAAUGAAAACGAUUUCAUACAGUCAUCUGUUCUUCAAUAUUGUUUUGUUCUGCAUAUUCUCUCUCACUCCACCCCCUCUAUCUUUCUCUCCCUCUCUCUGACACACCCACACCUACACACACACACCCACUUUCUCUCUUUAGGUUAAAUUGCCACAAAAUUGGUUAAAAUGUGAGCGGCAGACUACAUUAAAUGUAAGCAUAUUCAUUGCCCCUGAAUUCAUUAUUUUUCAUUCAGAAAUAGCCACCACCGAAUGCCCAAUCAGGAUUGGUACUUGUUUGUGUAUGGGGUGUGUGUAGGAGAGCUUUAGCCCUUUACCCUCUUCUGUGCUAUAUAUCUAUGUAUAUGGGUUUGUAUCUAGUUAGGAAAUAACAAGAAUGCUGGUUUCUGGCAAUUGCUAGCUCUUGUGGCACACGUGUUUCAUGGUUAAUCACGGAAUAGGACUUCUAGUGGCUCUCUAAUUUUUUUUGGCCAUUUUAUCAAGGUACCUCUCCACGCCUCUCUGUGCAGCAAGUGUAUUGUUAGGCAUUGGUGGGAUGAUUUUUCUUUUUCUUUUUAAUAAUGAGUGAUUUGAUCACUUAACGAUGACCACGUGAACAUACUUAGUGAACAUCCUUACAAGUAAAAAAAGAUUACUGACAAAUAUCUGUGUAGUGCCAACUCUGUCCUGGAAAGGAACCAUUGCUAGGGGUGGGGUGAACAGUACACCUUAAACAACAUAGCCAUAGAGCUGUUGCCAAAAGAAGUUGUUAUGUGGUGAGUGAUUUGUGGCUGAAACAAAUAGAACAAUGUAUGGUGGGGUUGUCCUCCAUAAUGUUGUGCAUCUCGGACCUGGAAUGUGUUUCUGGUGCCUAAUUUGAGAAUCUGAAGAUUUGCAGUGUCACAGUUCUUAAUGCAGCAAGUAGGUUCACGUGGUAUGGCUGGGUUUGCUUGCCACGGGGAAGUCCAGUUUUAGUAUAAUUUACUGGCCAAGAAAGGAUAAGGAGGCAAUAGCUGUAGAGAGGGGCAGCAUGGUAGAAGACACAGAAGAGAGUAGGAAGCAAAUGGUCAUGUAAAUCUAUUCAUUAAACUCGACUUCAACAUGAAUUUUGGUUCUAAGAUAUUCAUUUAUUCAGAUUCUGCAUUGGAGGAGAAAAGUGGUGACCGACUCAUGCUAUGGUCCAUGUGAGGCUAUGCCAUUCUGCUAUUUUCUGUAAACUGCUUUGAGGUUUUUCACAAUCAAGCAGUGUAUAAAUUUUAGGAAAUAAAUAUAUAAUGUGCAUUGAAGCUCCAUUUUUCCUUCUGUUAUAUUGGUUCCAGACUCUUGGCAAGUCUUAGUUAAGGCAGUUGACAAUGUCGGGGGGGGGGGGGGGAGGUCAGAAUAUAACUUCUGUACCAGCAUUGUCUACUAUUUCAGGUUUCCCAAAUUUCCCCAUUAACAGCAAAUAUCAGAACCCUGAAGUUGUUGUUGUUGGAUUGUUUGUGGAAUAUGAUAGGCUGCUGAAUGUUCUCAAGGAUAUCUGUAUCUUGUCUAAUGAAACAUCAACUGAAAAAGAGUUAAUUAAAUCUAAACUUUGUUCCAUAGAGUCUUGUCUUUGAUUUUUCUUCUUCCUUGAAUCCGGCCAUUCAUUCACAAUUAUGUACCGCAGUUGGUUUAAUCUUCUUGUCAUCACCUUCAAAGAUCUGCAUAACCAUCAUCCAUCCUUAAUUAUCCAUUGCCUGACAAGUGUCAAGUUGUGCUGAUUCUGUCCACUCCAUUAAUACGUCUAAGUGUGCAUCCCUGUUUGUCAGUUUCUAAUAAGAUACCUUUGUGCUGCAUGGUUGUCUACAGGCUUCUGUACACAAGCACAUUUGGAUCCCCCAAAGCCCCCUAUAUGUCAACAGAAGAAAUCACUUCUUCCUCAGUACAAUAAGCUGGUUAUAUAUAAACUUCAUAUAAUUUCAUGCUGUUGUAAUUUGUAAUUAGUGUAACAACAUGGGUGGGAAGGACCCCAACUGCUUUUAAAUACUGUUAAUUAAUUGUUAUUAAAUAGUAUUCAUUACUACUAAGGGCUGGUUCAUAGUGGGCUAACUUACUUAUUUUAGCACUAGCAAGGGUUGCUCAUUCCUUUCAGCAACGUAAUUUAUGAGCCUAUAGUUUAGAAUUGCAGCUGCAAGAGCUUUCUCUGGCACUUUGAAAUGUGCAUAGGAGACAGAAGUAGCUGAGAACUGUAAACUUCCAGCUCAUAUAUUAAGUUGAUCGUAUGAAUAAAUGACUUCUGUGAAGGCAACAGGCUAGUGCAAGAAGGCCACCCUACUGUGUGAAACAGGCCAUUAUAGUGAAUAAACACUGAUGAUAUGUUUCUGAUGGGAUGAAUUACUUCAAACAUAAUUAAGUCUGCAAGCAUUUUAUGAGAAAGGAAAUUCUACUUUGAGGUAAUUUUUGAAUACUGAUAAUUCUACACCUUUGAAUUCUAGUACUACAGUUUGAGCACAGUUGAAAACUAAGUGACCAGAGAGCAUAAUUUAGGGAUGCCUAUUCAGUGGCAUUUACAAGGGCUGGAAAUAAGUGGUGAUACAUCAUGACGCACCAUGAAUCUCAAUCUGGUAUUCUUUUCCUUUUUCUUCUCUGUGCCGACAAUACAUUGACAAUAGUCAUUGAUUGAUUGACCCAAUGGCAAGGCCAAAAGGCCAUCUGUAGUCUUCAGAACAGAGAGGAUUUUGUGAAAGAAAAGCUAACUAAGGAUACAAACGCAGCAGCCAGAUAAACAUCAUGUUUCAGAAAAAACCCCAAUUUAUUUGUAGAAUAGCUCACACUCCAAAAUGCUGCUGUGAGCUGUUCUUCAGGCUUCCUACUGGGUUCUUCCCAGAGAGAAUGCAGGUGGAAAGAUGAGUUAAUGAUCUAAACAAUUAGAGAUUUGCUGCACCCUUCCAUCUGUCAAAGUCCACUGAAAUAAAAGUGCACAGUUUUCAUUUGUGCCUCCAGCAUCAAACUCAGCCUGAAAUCAUGUUGUGAUUUGCCCUGCCCCAUGGUACUGUCAUUCUUAUGGUAAGUGUUCUAUGUUUUCAUGCUGGGAGACUUCUAUCAAACAUAUUAGUGUGCAUUUGAGGACUAAUGGGAACAUUUCAUUACAAAAAAUACAAAUAUAAUUCUAGGAGCAGCCCUUUAUUUUGGGAAGUAUGCUGAGUUACUGUUGUAUGGUUUAUAAAAUUGCAUCACAGCUCUAAAUUUUUUUAAAAAAACAUGCAAGGUUGUAACUUUAUAGUAGAGCAAUGGUUUUAAGUAUUACCUGUGAGAAAGUGGGAUAAGUUACUUUUGAAAUCAGGCUUUAUACCAACAGAGAAGAAAGAGAAUGGCUUCCUCUACUGGUGUAUCUUAAUAAAAAUAAAAAUAAAAAUGCUGAUUAAAAUGUGGCAUAUUCACAAAAUAUGUAUGAAAAUUAUGGUAAUAUGGAUGAUAUUUGAAGUUAGGGCACAUUUUACUUCAAAUAUCUUGGGGUAUAUUUGCUUAGAAUGUGUUUUAGCUUUAAAAAUAUACCUAAGAAAGCAUGUUGCUUACCUUUCCCAUACAUGUGAUGACCUUAAAUCAGGCACGUCCAAAGUCUAUUUCGAGGGCCUAAUCUGGCCCGUCGGUCAAUUUAAUCUGGCCCCCAUGGCAGUAUAUGUCCUGGUGUAAAAUCCUUUAAAAAGCUCAACAACUUUGGUCGGCCCAGACACAUGUUCACUUCAUCAAAUCUGGCCCUCUUUGAAAAAAGUUUGGGCACUCCUGCAUAAAGGAAAACUGCAUUCUGCAAGACAAUCUUCACUUGUCACUGCUCAUGCAAUUUGCUAUAUAUAGGGAUUUCUUAUCUGUAAGAGCUAAAAUGUUUUGGGGUGCUUAUAAAUCACAAAGUAGCAGAGCUGGAUUUAAAAUGCAGCAAAUGAUAUAGAUCCUGUGCAUAUUCCUACUAACAAAAUGGCCAAAUGCACACAGUAGUUGACUCAUUCAACUGUUGCUACCAAGUGUCAUGGAUUGGCUGGAUGCAGAGGAGUGGAGGGAGGCACCAGUUGAGGAACCCCCAAGAAGGCUCAGAGCCAGGAGAUUGGUGGUAUGAUGACAGUGAGUGAUCAGAGGGAGAAGAGGGAGCAGAUGGUGAGGAGGAGGUGCUGGAAGCUGAAGAGGCAACAUGGUUUAGUGAGCAGGAAGAGUCUGUGGCAGAGAGCAGUCCAGAAGCAGAGGCAGAAGAGGAGGCUGGAGAGGAGGGAGGCCAAGAGGCAGCGAUGAAUCAGGUUAGUGUCCUCCUGGCAGUGGCGAGGGCUGGGGGGUGUGGUGGAGUCUGUUCAACCUAUGUGCCUUGCCCUGCCCCAGGCACCAUGAAAACACACUCCAUCAUUGCCCUAGUCUAGAAUGAUGGGAGCAAUGGUCCAACAGCAUCUGGAGCUGCAGAAGUUUCCCAUUCCUGCCUUACCUUUGACAAAACACAUUACAGAAUUCCUUUUGUACAAGUAGCCAGAGUUUAGAAUCCUGUCCAUAUCAAUAAGUAUUAAGAUUCCUGCAUUUUUCUUAAAGAAUCUCUCCACUUUGGAAACAAUUCCUAACAAAGAAGUUACCAUCAAGCCCCUUCAAUGGAUGGCUGACUUCAAAAGUGGAAGCAUGCUUCCUGUUGAUGUGAUUAGAACACUUGUUUGCUUAACAGUUUCAAACCUUUCUGCCUUGUGCCUAUCUAUCAAAAGACAAUAGCUGGCCAUGCUGAAAAACAGCUGCUUUAAACUACCCUUUAAAAGCUGUUCUUUCCCAGUUCUAAAUGCUCUUUAUGUUUCAGACGUUAUUUUCUUUUGCAUUAAAAAUGCCUUGUUAAAUGCAGAUGCAAUCUAUGCUUUCAAGUGUACUUUCUUGCAGUAAAUACACAGGAACUUGCUUCAGAUGUAUUGAAGGAUAGGGUGUUCUAACAUUACGAUGUGUCUGUCUGUCAGAAUUGAGCUAGUUGUAUGUAAUUCCCUUUAUACUUACAGUUUCUGUAGCCAUUGAGGGGAGAAGGAGCCAUUUAUCAGUAAGAAGGAUUUGCGUUUCAUGUUUAGUGACACCCUGCAUUUACUCACUGAUACAAAUUUCCACUAAGAUUAUAUUUUGCAGAGGAAACCACUGGGUGUCUUGCUUCUCUCUUCUACUGAAUUAUUUGUCCCAGUUUUGAUCACUGUAUUCUUGGUCUGUAACUGAAUUGUUGAACUUAACUUGCCAAAGAUAAAGUAUUCAUUGCUGAGUACUGCUUUCCCCUAGCUCCAAAGGACACAGAAUCAUUGCUAACUUCUGAAUUGUGCCACUUUUGAGAACUAGUAAUGUAAACCUCAUAGCUUUUUCCUAAUGAAACAUUUGAGGCUUAGUUUUACAUCUCCAGCUAUAGUAUAUGCGUGUCUGCUCAAUAAAGGGAUGUGGGGAAAAGUGGUGUACCAAGGCUUUUAAAAAAGCACACACAAAAAGAUACUUAUUAAGGCUGGCAUUUUGAAGCAGUAAAUGCUCCUUUAAUGUCGCUUUAUCUGCUUCAGUGAGCACUGUGUUGAGAAUCUGGGAUAUUCACACUGCAGAUUCUAACCAAACCCCUUUUCCAUUCUUUUGAGCAAUUUGGGCACAAAAACAAUCCUUUCCUAGAACUUUUAGCAAAAGCAACUGAACUAUGCAGGCUAAUCAGCUGUAAAUCUUUGCCAUCUAUAAAGCAGUUGAUUAAGUGCCAUGUAACAGUAGUUCAAUCAGUGCCGAAGCAGAGUUGAUCAAACAGAUUUAAAGACAGACAGUGCUUUGAGACAGUAGACAAAUUAACAGUCAAGUCUAUUUCAAAGUAAGUAACAGAUUUACUGCGUAAAACUUUUAAACAGCAUUCCCAUGUCUCUAGUCGCACAGUUUUCCCUAACCUUUGUAUGUCUUGCUCUCCGUAAUUGGGAUUAGAGAAAAGGUAUGAAAUCAACGGCUCUAGGACUUACGGAUGUAAAACUUGCAGAAAUUUUGAAGCCAUGUAAAAGCAGUAUGUGUGUGUGUGUGUGUUUCGCCCCUAGGGAAAAAGUGGAAAUUUGGGAAAACAAUGAAAUAUUUUGUUCUGUUUGUCAAACAUUUUCAUAUCACAGGAGAAGUAUGAUGUAUAACUUUGAAGACUGUCUUCAGAGGGGUAGCCAUAUUAGACUAGUUUUUGAUGCAAGGGACUAACAACUUCAUUAUGGCACAAGCAUUCUUGAACUAUAGCCCACUUCCUCAGAUUCAUGAAACAAGCCACACUGGACAUACAGUCUCACUUUUAAGGAAACAUGGAUAAUAUUGUUAUUCGAUUUCAUCGAGUGGACCAAAAUUCUAGUAUUAUGAGAGAGAAAUUUCUUUUUCCAGUAUCUCUAAAUGAUGAAUAAUUUCAUAAACUCAUAUUAUGUCCCAGUUGCCUUUUACCUAAAUAAAGAAGUCCUGAUUAUUACUAUAAUUUCAGACCUCAAUAGUUUAUAGGUGAAAUUAGAACCCUAUUUCCUGCCAUGGCUAUCACUUUAUAGGUACUUAACAAUGAACUUUUUCCCAGCAUAUUGUUGUCUGUUGAGCCCUGAUUGGAGAAAUUCUUCUGGAGUUAUUUUUCCAUUUUUUAAAACCAUAUUUAAUAUUUUGGUGCUGUCCACCAACUUUGCUACCUGUCAUUCAAACCUACUUAUAAAUAAUGAAAUAGAACAUUUAUUCCAAGUACAGGUAGGGGACCUCACUACUUUUUUGUUUAAAUUGUGAAAAUUGUGAAAAUUGUUGUUUUACUCCUACCCUUCACAUCAUGUUCUUUAAUCACUUACUGAUCUAGAAGAAACCCAGUCCUGCAAAGGAUUGGUGAAGCAGGAUUUCUGUUUGCAGAAGCCUUGCUGACUCUGCCUAUCAGCAGUGCUUGUUCUAUAUGAUUAACAGUUCUAGCACUGAAUAAUGCUUUCAACUAAUGUGCCUUGACAGAUCCCUGUUACAAUAUCUAGUCAUUUCUAGUCAUUUGGUUAGAAGGCUGACUUUUAGUGGUGAGUUGCAUAUUUGUGUUACAAGAUAGACAAUUUUAUUUGACAACAUUAAGGACUCUCAUUGUGUGCCAUUUGGACCUAAAGAUGUAUUAAUUCGUAAUGUGUCAGUUAACUAAUCCUAGAGCCCUGUUGCUCAGUGAUUUAGUAGGUGGUGGAAGACGUUAUAGCACAGUUUAGAUGAAUGACACUAAACAUGGACUAGCAAAAACCAAUAACAACCCUGCUUGACAGGGCCUUUAUCCAGAGGCCUUGUUUUCACUUUUACUGAAAAUAUUAUCAAUGGCUUUUCAGCAAUGCAUCAGGGGAGGAAAGAGCACAUGCUUGCUGCAAUCCUGAUAAUUAUGAGCCCCAGUGCUGAUGCUAUUUGCAUUUUAAAAAUAUUUUGUGUCAAACACAAUAAGAUGCAUUUAACCAUUUCUGAUUUGGUCCUGUGAUGUAAAUGAAGAAGACAUUUCUGAUUUGAAAAAGCCACACCAGGCUCUGUUCAUCAUUUGGUAUAUAAUUCUCUUGAAAUUUCAAACUAGCCCACAGGUUCACUAUUUUAGUACUUUUUUCUUUUUGUCUGAGAAAAAAAAAGUAGUAGUUGGAGUCAAAACAAAUGCAGAAUUUAUUUUGGAGCCUUUACCAUGUUUGUCUCUUCUCCAGUCAUUACCUGGAAAAUAUAUACUUUUUUGCUUGCCUCUCUAUCCUUAUAUUUACUCCUACAGGGGGAACUGCAACUUUGCUGAGGGGUGGAAGCAGGAAAGGAAGUAUCUUGAACAGGGAAGCUGUAUAUUUACAGGAUUAAACCCCCUUCCUUCAUAAUUGGGUCAUAUUCAAUUUGGAAACCCUCACAGUUGCUUUUAAGGGGGAAAAGUUGGGAUUCUAGAUCAUAGAUCAUCUGAAUUUCAGUUGGUUUGGUCCUAAUGUUAGAGGGGGAGAAUCAGUGGACAGCCUUUCUUAUCAGCCCCCCAAAGAGAGACUCUCCUGAACUUCUGUUUCUUGAAUCACUUGUUUUGACCGGGUUACUGGUUUUGUGUAUUCAGGGGGUUGACAUUUACGGUUAAAUCUAAGUUUUGUUUCAUUGCGAAAGCAUCUCAUUAAAAGAGCUUCUGGUUUCAGUUUUGCCUUGACUUCCUCUUCCCAAGAAGUAAAGAUACAAGGGGCAAUAUAAAACCUUUUACGCAAGAGUCAAGCUACUCACUGUUCAUUAAGGUUAGUCAUCAAUGCAAAUACUGAUUUUACAGGACUUGAUGGAUGAAUAAGACCAUACAGAUGAUCAUUUUACCACACGCUUUUCCAUAGACCUGCAUUUCAUAUGUGGCAAAGUACUAUAUUUUUCCCUCUUGGGAAGAUGAUAUAGAUGACCAACUACUCUGGAAUGAGACAGUGCUCUCUGCAGGGUUGUUGCCAUCUGUAUGGGUUCAGUGUCUUAAGAAACACAUAACCAUCACUUCUCCCCUGAAAAGAUGGGUCUGGAUCCAGUGCUUCUCUGUGAGCUAGAUAUUUUUGUUCUUGGGUGGCAAAAGUGCUGAUUUGGAGUUUGGCUGUGCUCAGCAGGAAGGGAGCUGUCCGCUUAACGGUUGUUAAUAUUUGUUUGGUUCUGGACUAUACUGCUGUCUGAUAUCUGUAACUCUCAUUAUUCACUCACUGGGUGGCAGUUACGGAUGUAAAGUUCAUUAAAAGCAUUUGCUGAGAAAAAAUUUAGGCAAGGUCAGAAGUUGUUGCUUGAAAACUUGCACAAGAUGGACAGCUGACACCUACUAUUUAAGCCUCUGAAAACAAAUAUCUAUCCAUUUUUAGCUAUCUGCGAGGAAAUUACAGAUUUGCUAAGUAUUUCUUAAAUUACAGCUGGCAACUAAAUGGGAGGUGGACAUUUCCUCCCCAUUGGUGGUGUUUUGUUGUGGAGUAAACUUCAAGUUUGUUUACAUUUUCUGGUAUCCUUAUUUUGGUUAAGUAUAUCUACAUGACAAUAGCAUUGGGUAAUUGAAUAAUAUCUCUGUGGUUGCUGGACAUUCUCUAACUGAAGUUAUUAAUACCUUUUUUAAGAUUUGAAAAUCAGUAUUUUUUAAAUACUCCCACUUGUAAAAUUUUCUAUAGAGAUGUGAAUUUAACAUUGAAAAGAUGAAGAAAUGUUAUGAACUAGUACCACAUCCCCACAUAGCACAACACCGUGUAACCUGAACAUAAAGUUUUAUUCCUUGUAAUGUUUCAUCCUUAGCAACAGUAAAGACCUAAGCUUUAUGUGGGAUCAUAUAAUUUAUCUACUCUGAGCAUCCUCCUGUGUAAGCAUUGGUUGUAAACUUUUGGUACUUUCGGUCAUUGCUUCUGCACAGAUGGAAUUCUCAGGACAAAUUGGCUAUUGUUGUUGCUUAUUUUGUUUAUGAAUUGCUUACCAUGAGGUUUCUUGAAGUUAUUUGCAAUAAAAAUGACUUAUAAAACUGUUACAUAUAUAAAAACAGUUAAAUACAAUUGCAUAUAAAAACAAUUGCAAGAACGGUAAAUAUAAAAACAGUUUAAAACAGCAAUACAUACAUAAAAUCAGUUCAGAUCCAGGACGGAUACCAGCUGCAAUAAAUAUUUUAGAUGUGUUGGUAGAAGGCAAUUCUAGCUAGUGAGGUUACCUGGGCCUAGAGUGACAGAGAUGGAUCUAAGAGCACCUCCGGUUUAUAAACCUUAUCCAAAGCAGGCAGUUGACCAGUUACCUGGACUCAGGAGUAGCCCAUCCACAGCACCUCCAGCUUGCCAGGAUUGAGUGUUGAUUUAUUGGCCCUCAUCCAGCCCACACCCAAGUCCAGGCUCCAGUCCAGGGCUUGCACAGUCUCUGCUGAUUCAAAGAACUAGAGCCGGGUAUCAGUGGCGUACUAAUCACACCUCACCCCAAUCUAAUGAGUGCUCUCAAUGGCCUCAUGUAGAUGUUAAAUAGAGCCAUCUUGUGGUGCAGUUGCCAGGGGACAACACUUAAUCACCCAGUGCUAUUAUCUGAAACCAACCCUGGAUAUUGGACUUUUCUAAAGGCAGGCUGAACUUCAGGAGGACCACCAAGAAUGCCCCAUCAGAAGAUCUUGAUGGUCUGGUGGAGCACGGCCCUUAAGUACUUUAGGCUCAAGUUGUUUAGGGUUUUUCAAACUAGCACAAGAACCUUAAACUUGGCCUGGUACCAAAGUGGCAAAUGUUGUAAAGAAUACAAGAAGACCUUUAUAUAAAAUGUUAAUAAGAAGUGUAACAUUUGUAUCCUACUCUCCCCAUCAAGGAAUUUAGGGGAGUGCAUCCCCAUUUUAUCCUCCCACAAGCCUGUAGGGUAGAUGAAGGUGAGCGUGAAGUAGUUAGCCAAGGUUAUCCUUGUAUCUGUUCUGUGACAACAAGAUUUGUAACACUUUUAAUAAUACUAAUACUAAUGCUACUAAUAAUUUAUUUAUACCCCACCCAUACAGCAUUAAACAUUAAAAACUUCCCUAAACAGGGCUGCCUUCAGAUGUCUUCUAAAAGUAAGAUAGGCCUAGUUGCUUAUUUCCUUGACAUCUGAAGGGAGGGCAUUCCACAGGGCAGGCGCCACUGCCAAGAAGGCCCUCUGCCUGGUUCCCUGUAACCUCACUUCUUGCAGUGAGGGAACCACCAGAAGGACUUUGGUGCUGGACCUCAGUGGAGGGUGGAGACGCUCCUUCAGGUAUACAGGACUGAGGCCGUAACUUAUACAUACGAGAUCAGUAUUUUAGACAAAACUAUACAGUUAGCAUAUACUGAAGAAUCAGAAAGUGAAUUAGUUUGUUUCCAGCAUUAUCUCAGGUAAAACUGAAAGAUACACACAGCUUCGUGAAGUGUUAAAUUCUGAGUUUCACAAUUUCUUUUAAAGCAAAAAAAGCAACAUUUGUAUUUGGUUUUGAUGGGUGAACAAACAUCAUUAAAACAUCAUUAAAAGCUUGUUGGACAUAGAGCUGUUUAACACCUUAAUUAGAAACCAGGAUGAAACUUGUGUCACUUGGAACAAGAAGCUUAGUGUGUUUCGGACAUCUGUCAUGGCAAAGUCAAGACUAUAAAGUUGUCAGACCUUCUUUGACCUUUUUGCUCCUUUAUUUACUCUGAUGAUUUCGGUUUAGCACCUAUUUUCACACUUGAUAUUUAAAUUGCUACAUGAUACACUGCUUUGUUUGAUAAGAAGGCAUCCUAAUUGUUGUUUACUAUCUGGAACAAUCCAUUUUUAUUUACUUAAAAGUCACAGACCUUUUAAAAGUAUAUGUGUUUAAUGCCUGCUUUCUUACUUCUUCAAAUACAAAUGAUUCUCAUGGUUGGGAAAUUUUAGGAUCGUGGCCAGUCCUUCUUCAUGACCUCAUUGAAGUAGAACAUUAUGUGCAUCAGCAGUUACAUGAGCUCCACUGUUGUACCCAAUUUGCACAUUGAGUUAUAUUCUAUCAAGCUUGUGGAUAACAUGAUACUGUGUCCUUGUUUGAUUAUGGAUCACAGUUACUGUGAAUGCUGCAAGAACAGUAAAUAGAGCCUGGAAGAGCUGUCAAGUCCCCACUCCCCCUUGCCAUGACUUUUCAAGGCAAUGUCAUGUAAUUUUAUCUUUGCCUUGUAGUAAGAAAAGAUUUAACUGUGUUACAUUGAGCUUUUAUCGCUCACAACCUAAAAAUGCCACUUGCUGUAUACAAUACAAGUGAAAAGACACUUGCUACAUUCUUAAGAACUUUAAAGAAAAUAAAAUCAAUGGAUGCCCCUUCUUUGUUCUUGGUAAUGGACAGAAUUAACCCAGUUACUUGUUUCUUAAUGCUGGUUGAAGCAUUAGCAUUCAGAGUCUUUGGAGAUCCCUAUUUGGCUGAACAUUAAAUAAUUUUAGUUUGGACUUGUCUAUUUUUGCCUUUUGAAAUAUUCUAAAGUUCAGAUAUCCACAAUUUAUGUAGCUGGGAUCUGUUGUUAGCAAUUUUCUAUACACAUAUGUCUGUUCUCCAGAAGUCUUUUGAUCUUGUGGCGCAAGGCAAAACUCAUGGCAUCUGAAUUGUCUGAUUAAUUUUCUGUUAGCUCAUGUCAGUAUUUUUCAUGCCAUCAUUAAAAGUACUUACAGUAUUUCAUAUUUUGUUGAUUAAAGGCAUAUCAACACUGUUAGUAAUACUCUCAUCCACAGCGAAUGGCUGAUCAUGCUCAUGCUCAGAAGCUACUUGGAGUGGUGUAUGUGUAGUAUUCACAACAUUUCUUUUCACAUAUUUGCCUCCCUAUAUGAUUAAAAAUGUGCAUUUGAGUCUUUACAAACUGACUCGGGGAAUAUCUCUUGGAGAGAGAUGUACUGAAUACUAUUGAACUUGUCAGAUUUGAAGUCCAAGGCCUGAUUUGUUCUCCACUUAUUCAUACAGAGCACCUUUUUCUGAGCCUUCUGGGCCAAGGUCCAUAUGCAUGGUAACCUUUUAAGGGGAAGUGAUGUGUGUAAGUUGAAUUAUAACAGAUCAGAAGUGAUGAUGUGACGUGUGUGCUCUAUGUGGAGGUGAUCAUGGGCCUUGGAGGUGGAACAUUUCCUUAACAUGUGAUGCUGUAUGAAUGGGAAAUGAGUGUGCCUUUCCUCCAUGUUUUUGACUCAGAAUGCUAGCCCAGUGAGUACAUAAACUGGACCUUGGAGUUGUGUUUCAACUUACAGUAGAAAUUAUUGAUUUGUAUUAUUCAGAAGAUAUUUGGGGAAGCUCAGUGGCAGAGCACAUGCUUUUCAUGCCAAAGAUCCCAUAUUCAAUCCCCAGCAUCUCCAGGUGGAGAUUGGAAAGACUCUUGCCUAACACAACAUACUGGGGAACCGCCGCUACCAGUCAAUGUGGACAAUGUUGAGCUGGAUGGGACCCACUGUCUGACUCAGUAGAAGGUACCGUCCUUUGUUCCUGGCCCCAUUUUUACAUGUUUGGCUAGAAUACUGAAUUUUCAUAAAAUAGCAUAAUUAGUAGCAUAUGCUUACGUUAGCAUGAUAAUAUCUGCCCACAGUAAUAUCUGAUGGUAACAAUAUGACUCUGCUUCUAAAAAGGAUCUGCAGAGAUGUAAAAUUUUCCAGUUGUUCAGUAUGUUCCUAUAACUGAAUCUGGGGAAUGCAAUUUCCAUGGGUUUUGUUCUCACUUGUGCUUCUGGAUCAGUACCAGGUAAAAUCCAUUAGGAAAGUGUUAGGUCCAUGCCAUACACUCUUAGGGGCAAGAAAGGGGAACCAUUUUAUUAUGUCCUGCUUGGUCCCCUGUUCCCAUCUUUGCUUUUUCCAUAUGAGAUCAACUGUUUGAAUCUAGCUUCACUUUUGCUAUUUUAACAUUUUCUGGCUUGCAAAUGUUAUUUUUUUCAACAUUUACUCAAUAGAACAAAAGGAUCUGCCAUUGAGAAGAUACUCUCAUUUCUAUAUUUAAACCUUCAGUCAUAUGGGGGGGGGAGAGUGAAAUAGAUGUGUAACUUUGAAAAGUACUACUUUGGUUUGUAUUCUGUGACUCAACUGUUUUUAAAAUGCCCUCCCCCAUCCACCCGAAUAACUAUUCCUUUGCUGAAAACAUGUGUGCUCCUGAUGAAUAUCCCAACUGUAAUACCCACAUAUUUUCUCUCUGCUUCAGAGAAACCCAUACGUCUUCCAUUUGCAAGUUUGUAAAUUUAAAAUUAGGCUGAAACAAACAGAAAUGUAAAGAAAGUAUAAUUUAUUUGCCCCUGACCACCUGGAACAGCAAUUGUGUUGAUAAAGAGACUCAAAGGAUUCAUGAAAUAAAAUCCCUAAAUGCCAAAUGCUUUAAAGCUUUGCUUUUUUCUUCUUCUUGCAAAUCUUUCAUUGUAGUCAGUGUGAAUUCUUAGUGUGAAAAGGAAGUUAUGACCUGGCAAACAUUUACUGCUCUGUGGAUAUUCUCAUGGAAGCUUUCCACAAAUCCAAGCAAGGUGAAAUUAUUUAAGUAAGAAAUUGAACUGGAUUAGAAGGCUAUAAAAAUCAGGGCAUAUUACUACUGAGAUGAUAUUGUGUUUCAUGUGUUUCAUGUUUUAUUUUCCAAUUUGGCUAAGGGAUACUGACUUUUAAGAAUCUGAACAUUAUAUUUGGUAACGUCGUGUGUGGGAAGCAGUGGUGUUUUUCUAGUAAAAGAGGUGUCAGAACUCACCAUGAACAUCGCCCUUGUUCUCUUAGAAUGACAAUGGUGCCCACCUAAGAGGUGCCAGAACUGAGUUCAUGUGAGUUCUCCCUGAAUAAAAGCCCUGGUGGGAAAUAUUGCACAACAGAAGUUAAACAUACAGUGCACCUAUAUUAUAAGGAGUCUGUGCUCUGGCUUUACAUGCUUGUGUAAGGUGCAAGAUCUGCCUAAUAAACAGGUAAGGCAAAGUAGAGUUCUAAGGUGGAGAGGAAGUUCAUCAAGUAGAAGGAAGAACUGGGAAAACUGAAACUGGUUCUCACCUCAGCCCAGGGCAGGAGGGCUCAGAGAAGCUCUUGAAAGACUUCAUAGCUUGGAUUCAGUAUCAGGAAAGUUGAAAUAAGUCUUGUGGAAGUUUCCUUGUGAGAAUGAGAGGAGUUUGAUUUUUUAUUCUAGUGUUGCACUAGAAGCAAGGCUUGGCUACUGCUAAGGAAAAUCAAGGAGUGGCAGUUUCCAUCAGCAGAAGUUUGUGAGGCAGGUGGUACUGUUGCUAUUUACCCAGCCAGGGAUGGGGUGAGGCAGCAGCAAGGCCAGGGGAGCUGUGGUUGGCAGCAGUAGUUGGCCUGCAGGUAUGUGCACACUUGUGGGGAAGCCACCAAACUAGAACUCCCCCAACCUCCGUGUGCUGUGUCCUAGUGAGUGGCAGUGCUACUGCCCAUAGGAGGACACUGUUGCCACUCCCUCACAUCCCACUGAUUCCCCACAUGUCCCUCUUUCUUCAUUUGUAUUUCUAAAUAUUCAAUUUCCCACCUUCACUUACCCCUUAACUCUUUAUGGCUUGGUGCCCCCCCCCCCCCAAUAAUGACAGUGAUAGUUAAAAAGUGUUAUGGAAGUACGUGUUAUCAGGCUUAUUAGUAAUGGUUCUCUCAGCUUGAUCUGGUGUUAUGAUGCUUUGGGGGGUGUGUAUGUGUGGUGGUGUUUUUUAAUGAAAACACAAAUUAUCCCAUCUACUUUUUUUCUUAAUUCUUUCCCUCCCCUGUGCUCAAAGCACAUAGCAAGAUGGCAGCCAAGUGAUAGAUAAAAUGCUUAUGUUUUCUUUGCUAAAAUCCCUGUGGUGCAAAUCUGGAUUUUGCUUUUUUUAUUUGGAAUGGGACUUGGAAGCUUUCAGACAACUGAUAAAUUUUGGACACAAAUUUUCUAAGAAUGGAAAUUGGAUAUACUAUUCCAUGAAUAACAGGAAAUGUGCAGCCAGCAGAAGAGCAUUAGAAUAGAUCUUUCUUUGUGGUGGGUGGCUUUUUAUUUAUUUUUCCAAAUAUUAGUGCCAAGCAGAAGUUUGUAUGACUCUUACAAUUCCAAAAGAUGCUUAAUGCUGGUAUAAGUUUCUCUAAGCUGUGUUGGCUUUGCUGUGCAUAAAAACCUUCUGAUUAUUAGCUUCAAGCUAACUUGGAUGAGGUGAAUCUGUCAAUUUUGGUUUCUCAUUUUACAAUCUUAAAUUUAGUUCUUCAUAUUUCCACAUCAGUUUGUGAUUUUUUUUUUUUUAAUAAAUAAAACCCCUCAUAAAAACUUGGGAUUUUAGUGCAAAUUUUCCCCAAUAGAAUAUAUAGUGUACAUUUUUGUAUGCAAUUUUGCCUUUAUAUAAUUUCUGCAGAGCAAUUUCCAUAAUGGAAUGCAUUUUUGUAUGUUAACUGUGGUUUAAAUGUGCAUAAAAUGCAUGUAUUAGCAAAGCAUUACAUUUUUGAGCAUAUUACUUGCCGGGAAAACUGCACUGCAAAAUCCAGGAAAAUUCCAAUUUUAAAAGAUCAGUGUGUUUUAGUUUGUAUAUUGCAGUGAUGGCUAAACUUGGUCCUCCAGCUGUUUUGGGACUACAACUCCCAUCAUCCCUAGCUAACAGGACGAGUGGUCAGGGAUGAUGGGAAUUGUAGUCCCAAAUCAGCUGGAGGGCCAAGUUUGGCCAUCACUGGUGUAUUGGUUCGAAAGGUGCAAAUUAGGUAGUUUCUCAUUGAAAUGCAAAUAAGAUCAAAUUUGUCCCCCAUUCCUAGUGAAAACACCCAGAUUUGCAAUAUUAAAGUUUUGAAUUGGUCUCCCACUUUCAUUCCUGCUUUGUUGUAAUAAGCAGCUCAAUGGGCCUGGAACAGUGGAGAGGGAAGAUAUUGGCUGUGUCUUCUUGAUCCUCCAAAAGGGAUUUGGCAGUAGAAAAUGAAUUUAGUUUUUUGUGCAACUUGUUCAUCAGUUGUCAGCAUCAGUGAAUGGAGAGUUGGCCAGUAGGGAAACAAAUGUGAAAAUACAGCCUCCUACCUAAUAUACUGUAUUUUUUGCUCCAUAAGACACACCUAGUUUUUAAAGGAGAAAAACAGGAAAAAAAUAUUCUGAACGAAACAGUGGAUGUGUGAUUUUUGUGGUUCAUGCUGUGGCCACAGACAUGUGAUUUGACGGUGAGUUUGGGGUAGCCCAAUGCAAAAAUCCUGAGAAUCCAUGUGGAUCCAUGCUUUGUAACCAUGUUUUGUGCCAUUGCGGCCCCAUGAAACAGUGGGUGCGUGAUUUUUUUGGUGCAGACUGUAGCCAUGGACAUGCUAUGUGAUCUGAUGGUGAAUUUGGGGUGAUCCAAUGCAAAAAUCCUGAGGAUCCAUGGGCUUUUACCUCCCCCCUCCCAGGCAGCCUCGACCCUUAUCUCCGUCCCGAUUGCUUGCUGAUCAGCUGCUUCCUUUCAUUUUUAAAAAAAUAUUUAUUACUUUUCCAACAAUUUGAACACACAACAAAAUAAAAAGAAAAAAGAACAACACAAUACAAUACAAUACAAAAGCACUACAGAACACAUUAAACUAACAAAACGAAACAAAAACAGUUUUAAAAAAACAUCAAACAAUUUCAAUAUCUUAUCUUUCAUUCACUUAUUUCAGUGACCUCCUCACACCUCCCUUUUUGUAUUCCACGUCUGUUGAUUGUUUCAGCAAUUCCUUUCCAUCUUCCUCUGCUUUCUAUCCUUUAAUUAUCUUAACAGAUUCUAGCCUUAUUUUUCCCUUUAAUACUCUAUUAAUCUAUUUAUACUUAAUUCCUUAUAACAUUUCUACUAAAGCCAUAUAACUUCAUUCCAACAUUUUUCUAACAUUCAUUAAUUUUACAAUAUUUCUGUAAAUAGUCUUUAAACUUUUUCCAGUCUUCUUCCACCGACUCUUCUCCCUGGUCUCGGAUUCUGCCAGUCAUUUCCGCCAAUUCCAUAUAGUCCAUCAACUUCAUCUGCCAUUCUUCCCGAGUGGCAGCUGCUUCCUUUCAACACCCACUUCCCUCUUAGUGCCUUAGUGACUUUUCCUUAGCCAAAGCAGUUUUUUGCUCCUCCUUUUCUUCUAAUUUCUGUCCUCAUUGCUUGUUUUAGUAUUCCUGUCUCCACUCCUUGCAAGUUUGCUGUCUUUACCUCCCCCCCUUCCCCGGCAGCCUCCUUUACCAGCAGCCUUAUCUCCCUCCUGAUCGCUUGCUGAUCAGCGGCUUUGUUUCAACAUCCACUUCCCUCCCCCCCCCCCAAAGCAUAAUCUGCUUUUCACCCCAUGGCAAUUAAUUCGGCUCCAGGGACCACACAUUCACUCCACAAGAUGUACAGACAUUUUAGGAAGAAACAAAGUGCAUCUUGUGGAGCGAAAAAUACGGUACUUUGAAAAAAAUGUGUUUUGCUACAUGUGCUUGUUGAAAAGUAACAUAUACAGCAGAUAAUAUGUCUAUAGUUUUGUUCACUGCUUUUUUCAUGAUGUACUGAAGUUAAUAAACAGGACAUUGCAUGGGACAAUAGGGGAUUAGUGUGUGUGAUUGUAAGUAUACAGCAGAGGUCAACCAAAGAUGUUGAAAGGGGAGUUUUAAAGAGGCUGAACUGGAGCACACUCUGAAAAACUGGAAGACAAUGUUAUAAAUCUUGGUUCUUACCUCUUCCCUUCCUCUUUUGACAUUACUUUAAUGAGCUUUUUAAAAGGCCAUUUCUUAGUUCUUGUAGCCACUGUUAUAACACUCCUUGUUAUGCAAGCUAAAUUGUCCUGGAGCCAUGGCUGACCAUUUGCUACCUGCCCUAUAGGUCUGUAGGUAUUGUGAUCUCUGGGGUGUGAGUGUAUGUGUGCAAAAUGCAUACAUGUGAAUACAGUAUUGCUUCUCCUAAUGCUUUCUGGGGAGGACUGUUUGGGCACACAUUUUCAGUAUGUGUGUUAUGCAAAAAUGGACCUCAGGCUUUUUUUUUUAGGAACAUAGGUAGCUGCCUUAUGAGUAAGACAUCUGUUUUGUCCACCUCAGUAAUGUUUGUAGUGAAGACUUCAUACUUUGUCAGUGUCUUUCCAGCUUUUCAGGAAGUAGUCUUUUUUCCGAGAAGGACACCUUGCCAUUUGUUCUAGAAUUGGGCUGCAGCCUGAAAAGAUACCUCAUAGUGUUAUAAUAUGAACCAUCUAUUUUAGUGGCAUUGCAUUCACACGUAGAGCUAAUGUAACACAGUGGUACCUUUUGGUUAAGAACGUAAUUCGUUCUGGAGGUCCGUUCUUAACCUGAAGCACCAUUUUAGCUAAUGGGGCCUCCUGCUGCUUCCGUGCCACUGGAGCACGAUUUCUGUUCUCAUCCUGAAGCAAAGUUCUUAACCCGAGGUACUAUUGCUGGAUUAGCAGAGUCUGUAACCUGAAGCGUCUGUAACCCAAGGUACCACUGUUUAAUUGGACUUAAUCUUCAUACGUAAAAGAGCACUUUCCAAAGGGCUGAGCAUACGGUUGGCAACAUCCCGUGUGCUGCACUUCCCAAGCACUUGACAGUCAAGUCGAGUAAUAAUGACUUCAUGUGAUUGACAGGUGGGUUGACCCACCCUUGGGGUCCCUUUCAACUCUACAGUUCUAUGAUUCCAUCGUCCACUGAAGACCUGUACACCUGUGAAAGUGGGGAGAAAGCAUUAAUGGUGGAAUAUUUCUUAAGCAGGAAUGAAGCAUAUAGCUCAAAGCAUGACAACUUUUUGACAAAUCUCUGUUUUAUGUACUGUGACCAUUUUUAAUUCUAGAGCAGUCAGUAGUAGUUUUAGUACAUUCUUUUGGGAGCCACAGUUAUGCUCUAUGAAAGAUCCACUUGUUAACAAAUGCCGGAGGUUAAAUUUACAAUCCCACAGUGGAGUGCAUAGGCCAAGUGCCAUUUAAAUUCUGCAUGCAUAAUAAUUUAUGGUUUUAAAUUGAAUUUAUUCUAACAUUUCUGCAGAGUAGAAUUUCGUUCCACUAAUAUUGAUUCUAUUGCAUUUGUUAACAAAAGGCUGUGAAAUUCAGAAUCCAAUACCUGUUGUUUGAUUUAAGGUUGUAAGCACACCUACCUGGACAAAUAUGUCAUGGAAGGAUUAGAGAGCACAUCAGUCAAUAUGCUAAAGAGGAGUUUAAUUGUCUCUCUGAAAUAAGAACAGAGCAGACACAGGAAAUUUCUGACUCCUUUCAGUUUCAGCUAAGUCCAGUUGCAUUGUAAGCCUCAUUGAAGUAAGCUUACUUCUGAGCAAACUUUUGUAUGUCCUACAAUCAUGCAAACUUACAUGUAAUCAGGUCAACUUAAUCUAAUGAGUUCCAUGUAAACAUGCAUAAAAAGGUAAAGGACCCCUGACAGUUAAGUCCAGUCACGAAUGACUCUGGGGUUGUGGUGCUCAUCUCGCUUUACUGGCCGAGGGAGCCGACGUUUGUCCGCAGACAGUUUUUCUGGGUCAUGUGGCCAGCAUGACUAAGCUGCUUUGAAUCCUGCCAUGUAAAAUGUAGUGCAUCAUGUCAGUAUAUUGAUCAAAAAGCCACAGUUCCAUAAUACAACAAGGCGCUGCAGUGUAAAAGUCCAGAGAGAAGUGUUAAUACGUAUUAUACCUAGUGAAACUAACCCUGUGGUUUGUAUUGUGUUGGAUUCCAGCUAAUUACAUUUAGUUAUCUUAAAUUGUGAUUGUUUAAAACAACAAAUUUAUGGUUUGAUGUACAUAUAACAUCCCUGCCAGUGUAUUUUUUUUAAUGUCAAGAACACACAAGAUAUUGAGUAGAUAUUGGGAGAUAACUUAAGCAAAAGUGAUACCAUCUAAUUGACACACAUGAAUUUACUGCUUGAGAUUAAUCCCUAACUUCUUGCUGAUUGUACAACUAUUUUAAUAGUUUUUCAGUAGCUGAUAGAACAUGAAAACUAAUACUUUGUGUAUUCAACAGGUCUUGGAUUUCUUAAGUGCAAAACAUGUUUCACAUGCUCAGUCUAUUGACCAUAGACCUUUUUUGAAUUACAAAUUAUUUGCAGCUUGAAAGGCUGUUGUUUGUGAAACACAGGCAGGGAAUGCUAAUUUGAAUCUGUGUAAGCAGCUCACUACUGCAGAUUGUGUAGCCUGUUUUUACUUUGCCAGUUUGUUAUAAAAUGUAUAUAUGCACAUGAAAAGUAUGCGCUGGAGAUUGAGACAGCUUUAUAUCUUGUUAAAGAACUAAAGCAGAAAUUAGAUUCUGUUUUCACUGUAGCUCAAACAGUGCUUAGCUAAUCAACUGGCUUGUAUGCAAAUGUGCCUAGAAAUAAUUUCCUUGUGCAAAGAGAAGUAAAGGAGCUUACUUUCUUUAUUCUUAUGCAAAUAAGUGGGCUGCUGUUACGCAGGUCAUCCUGUAACUACUUUGAGGAGACUGAUAAAUCUAUUACAGUAGCUGUCAACAACAGUAUCUGCCACAGGCACAGUUCAGCCAGACAAGUAACAACUUUGUUGCUGUACAGUUGCUAUUGUCUCUUCAGAGCAUGCACCAUGCUCUUCCAGUUAGAGAUGGAACCCCAUCUUGUUUCUAUGAGCUUGCAUGUCACUUGUGAAUUUUGUCCCUCUGUAGAAUCUUGUGCCUAGGGAAAAAGGCAUCUUCAGAUGUUCUGUUACAAAUUGUUUGCUUCCGCUGUAGUCAUGUUUUUGGCACAAUCGUUACCCUUACCUGGUGGUUCAAAAUCUGGUUUGCUUUUCCUGCACAUUCAUGCUUAUACAUGGUCUAUCAUAUUCCAGCAUUAUCAUGCUAAUAAGAAGUAAAAUAAAUAAUAUGGGGUGGGAUUUAGAUUUAGAUUAUCUAAAUCUAGAUGAUUAGAACCAUGUCAGAACAUUUUGAAAGAGGAACAGCAAGAGAGAAAUGGAGUGGAAAAUUUUGGAUUCUCCCCCACCCGCUCCAGAGUACAGUAUUGAUAGAUUCAGUUUGUGUAGAUCCAAGUGAAAAUUAUCUUGCAUUUGCAUGGAAGCUGUGGUAGAACCAUCUGGAUCCACAUAGUUUCCAAAAUCUGGUCCAGUGAUUUGGAGUCCUAACAGAGUGGCUUCUGAGAAGAAGACACUUGGAGAGAAGCUGGUUAGUUAGUGUUCAGUGACAAUGUUCAUGCAGGGUCUUUGGAUUCAAGCCCUUCUCCUCUCCAGUUCUUUGUGACUUGUUAUUCACUGAAACUGUUAGCAUGUAAUGCUACACCAAACUAUGUGAUCCCAUGAUCCCAUGUGCUCCUGGAUAAGAUAUUGCAGCUGCUUUCCUCCUGUCCUUCUGUGUGCUGUGAGCUAAAUUAUAGUUUAGCUUAGCAUGUCAUCCAGACCUGGCCUCAUGGUUUGUACCACUCCAGUCAAAGCUUGAGCUGUGAACCAAGAGCCAUGGUUUUUCGCUUAGUAGUACGUGUGAACUCUGCCCAUGUUUCUAUUUUAAUGAAAUUGCUGCAACUGAUCCCAAGCUCAUGAUAUAGUGACGGUUGUCAACAUAAAUGAAUAAGUCACAUGGUCAUUGAGGAUUUGGUUUGUUUUGGCUCCGUAUGCAUGAUGUGCACCAUCUGUUUACAGUUUUAGGCUUUUUGCACAUUAUUGGAAAAAUGUAUUAAAUAUAGGGUUUUAAUCUGGCCUGGUUAAAAGCAUGGCUUUGCAAGUAACGUUUUAUUUACCAUUUGUGGGCAGCCAAUGCUUACAGUAAGUGGAAACACCUCUUGUUAUUAUGUCAGUUGGAGAACUGUUUUAAACAGCUGGGCAGGAAUGUUUAAACCAGGGGGUUCCCAAACUAUGGCUGCAAACUUCAUUCAUAUGGUCAGUGGCAUACCUAUAGAUUUGUUAUUGAAAAUGGGAGAUGGCACACCAAUCACAUUAACUAUAUUGAUUCCCCCCCAGUAAAAUAAGAAAUAAAAGAAGCAAUAAAAUUACAAUAAAAAAAUCAUAGAAUGCCCACUACAGUUGCUAUGAUAGGCCAUGGUCAGCCAUGACACUUAGAAUUUUUAAAGUGGUGCAUGGGGGGGGGGGAGGUUUGGGGACCAUUGGUCUAAAUCAUUAAAAUAAAAAAGCUUGAAAGUUACUCUGCAGAGCAUAUAUUUCUAGCAAUAUUUAGUAAAGAUUGUGCUUUUGAAUGGAACAUUAGAGAUGAUAGAGCUUCUUCAAUAUUACAUUGGACCCCCACCCCCAUACACACACUACAUGGAAUCCCACCUUAAAUUCUAUUCACUAUGCUGAAAAUAACAAGAUGUCUGUUACAGUUUGGUUUCAUUUGAAAUGACAUUUAUAGCCAACGUGGCAUGGAUACUUUGGAAAAUUAGCUUAAUUCUGUAAAGAGAUUUAUUAAAUUAUAAAGCAAAAAUAUGAGCAAUGGAAGCGUUCCAUAAUCUGAUAGAUAUAUUACAUUUUAAGGAGAGAUUGCUUGUUACUUUUAUAAAAGAUAGGUUUAUAACCUGAAAGAAGGGAGGACAGUCUUAUUUUUAUAAAUAUAAACUUAAUAUUUAUGAAAAUAAAAUUUACCCUCCCUUUUAAUGCUUAGCAUAUUUUCAUCCGUGCCUUGGCCAGCAAAGUAAUUGUGGAAGCAUACAACACAGUUAAGGGUUUUGUUUAUAUUCCUGCGUGGAAAAAUAUUGGCCUCUUAGAUUUUUCUCUGUGAUAAAUUUGUCUUAAUGUCUUUGAAACUUGGCAGUUUGUAUAAGUAAGUACAAACAUUGUAGCCUGUAAAGUUGAGCAUCAUUCUUUUGGGUUAGCGGUAACAGAAUUAGUUAUGGAUAUUAUAUCUCAUGACUCUUCCAUGGUAUCCUUUUGAGUGGCUUUUGAAAUGUUUUUAGCAAUUAUUCUUAUGGAUUGUAACUCCUAUUUAGAUAAUUCUAGCUUUCUAAUGUGAGUAUUUUUUAUGACAAAUCUUAUUUCCAACCAUAAUGGGUAAGAGCUGUUGUUAAUUUUUUAAAAUAAAAAUAAUACACUGGGUUGUAGUAUAUUUAAGGAGAUGCAGAGGUUUUUAAAAGAGCCUAGAGAGAAUACGCAUUAACUGUUGAAUAAUUAUUAGUGUAUUCCGUUUCUUCUCCCUGAAUAUUUGUUAACGAGACUUGGUGCCCAAGUUUGAACAAGGCUUAAACUUGGCUGUUUAUAGAGCAGAUUCAAAGUUGGCUAUUGCUGCUGUUGCCAUUGUUACUGUAACUUUCCAAGCUUGGUCUUACUGCAGCAAGCAUCGGUGCUCUGUCCCUCUCUCCCUUUAAUCUUUCAUGGUCUACAAAAAGCUUUUGGUUAGUGAAUCUUAAUUGGCCACUAGAGUUAAGAUCCUGUGAUUUUUGUGUGUGUGGCUAAUUGUAGGACUUAUUCCCAGUGCUAAGCUCAAAGUCAAAUGCAUGGCUUUUCUCACAGGCUAAUAUUAAACAAACAGCUCUGGACCUGAUGGGCAGGCUAGUCAAUGCCUACAGAUGCCUUUGACAUAUUCAUUGACUGUUGCUGAAUACAGAAAUUGUCCAUAGCCAUUUGUUUUGGGAGUAAAUUUAGGGGAAACCAAGAAGUUCUGGAUUUUUUUCACCCUGCUUUUUUACAAUACUUGAUACAUCUGACAAUGGGCAGGUUUGCACAUAAUGCUAAGCCUAAGGAAUGAUAGAAGUUUGUCAGCUUGGCUGGAAUUAAGAUUUCGCCCCGCAUCCCUAAGAACUGGUAUAAUUUGCUGAGGCAGGCUGAAAACUAGAAGAGGUUCCAGAAGGCAGAGAAGGGAAAGGAAGGGAAGGAAGACCAGUCAAAUGGUGGGGCAGAGUAGCAGUAGCAGGGGCACCAACUAUAGGGGGCUCUGGGUGCCUGAACACCCACAAAAUUUUUUAUUGCAGGUGCUCAGCACCCACACUUCAGGGCCCCCAAGGUCUCACAAGGCUUCGGAACUUGAUUUCCAGUGCACCGAAAGUCAGGUUCUGAGGCGGGGUGGUGCAUGAUGUCAUGAUGUCACAUGCAUUGGGCACCCAUAACCAGGGGCUCAAGUUGGCUCCCUUGAGCAGUAGUCUUAAAGCAAACACCAGAAGAAGCGAUUAGUGGUGAAUACCUAUUUGGUCAUAGAAUCAUAGAACUGCAGAGUUUGAAGGGAUCCCGAGGGUCAUCUAGUCCAGCUCCGCCACGAAUCAUCAGUGACAGGUGGCUUAUAUUAAUUUAUAUGUUUAAUUUAAGAAAUACUGCUUAUCAUUGAAUCCUUAAUGUGAGGUGAUGGUUUAUUGUUGUUGUUAUUAUUUUACUUCUUUUUUAAAUUUUUUUAAAAAUUUUAUUCUUUAUUAAAGUUGGGAAUAAAAAAAUAAGAAACACUGAGAACCACCUUGUGAGGACUUUCCUUAAAAGGCAGCUUAAACGUUUUCCCAGUAAAUGAACUCCUGAUAAUAUUCUGAGGAAUCUCAGGGGUUGUUGCUGUGGGAAAACAGAUGGAAAGCAGUAUUAAUAUGAACUGUAAUCAUCUUCACCUACAGCCCUUUUCUGCCAUUUCCUCUAUGAUGUAGUAGCCACAAUGCAGUACUCUGCUUUCCUACACUGCAAAUGUCAGAAAAUGUCAUUUUGAGAACCCAAAGAGUUCACAACAUGGUUCUUGUCCAUACCAGCAUUGCUCCAGCUUUUGGGAGGGCCGGUGUGGGUGUGACAAGAAGCUACAUUGUGGCCUCCUCCCACAUGAUCUAUGGCUUUUGAUCUUGCCUUUAUAGCAGUGGAAAAACCUGCUAUGCAGUGCCUGCCAAACCAUGGAAGUAACAUGAGUCAGGGACCUUAGUAAAGGGCUGUGUGAUUUUAACCGUGAUCCUUCUAAGCAAGAACCAUAUCAACCCUUAAAGUAAGGAACAGAAAUAUAGCAACGUUUGUAGUGCUAAGUGUGUUUAAAAUGCAACUAGCUGAAAUAGUUUCACAGUAGACUCUAAUAAUUAGGGCCUAAUUGAUUUGUGCACCCCAAGGGAGAACCUAAAUUGAUCUGUACUUCACUUAUAUUGGUAUAAUGGGAACAGAAUAGGCCUAAUUUCUUUAGUGAGGAAGAUCAUUAUUAAGAACCUUGCAUCGCUUUCCUUGUUUACGCUUUCUCUUUCCCACCGCCAUCCCAGCUUGGGGAAGUACAGAUGCCUGAUGCCGGAAUGUGGUAACCUGGCCAUCAAAUGGGCCUCACAAAGAAAGCCCUUUCAGGUCUUUCAGUGAAACAACUACUGCAUCUUAUUAUAGCGUGAAAUUAGAAGUGAAAAGCCCUACAGUUUUUUUGCUAUUUAGUAAUGCGGAAUAUGUCGCCGUGGAUGGCAAUGGUAGUGCUAGAAAGAGAAGCCAGAAGCCAAAAAGAGAAACCUAGUAGCAGUUCAGACAAAGACGGUCCCUUCUCUCCCUGUUUCUGACUGUUCGGUGGUCUGUAAAACUCAAGUUCUGUAGUGGAAACUGAGCAAAAGUAUUUUGUUGCAUCUCCUUCAAUAAGGUGCGCAAAUGUAAGUUUGCAAUAGAGUGUAAGAAGAGGAAUAAUCUGAUGGCAGUUCAAUUCUAAUAACUAAAAUAUAAGUUGGUUGCAGUUUUACAAGUUAAGCAACCACUUUUACAAAAAACGGAGAUUUGAUGUUCUGACCAUCUAAUGCUAUAACUAGAUGGGGUUUUCAAGAAGGCAGAAUGAAGUUAUCUGAAGCCACCUUGUAACAGCUAGAAAUGGAAAACUUGCCAAGUCACUAUCCUUCCAUAGUUUUAAAGUACCAUUUUCAUUUCAAAAAAAAAAAGCUAAAUAAAUUUGUUUUCUGUGUGCUUUUUGUACAAUGCCAAUAAUGUUCCCUGAGGACUUAAUUAAAUGUAGUAAAGUAAUUGUAACUUUAAAUAACUGAAUUAUGUGGUAAAUGAAGCCUUUUGGAAGUUGGUGGAGGGGGGGGAGAGAGAUUAUUGUGGUAUCUUCUUAUGUUUGUUUUGCAGAUCACGAAAAAUAACCUCAAAUGUUUUAAAUAUAUACUUAAUAAAAAUACUGACUAAAACAGAUCUAGGACAUAAGCUCUCUCUUGCAUGGAUCAUGUGGAAAGGCAUUCUAAGGUUUGUGGUAUCACACUGCUGGCUAUGUCUUUUGGUUUUGCCUGUUAGCAGAGUAAAGAAAUAGAUUUCAGAGAAAUCUGAAUAAAGAAAAUAGAUUUCAGAGAGGAAUGAAACUGAGAUAACUGAACAAGAACCUGGUAUAGCUUAGCUAAUGAGACUUGGGUUCAAAUUCCCACUCAGCGGUUAAUUAUUAUUGUUUUUAUUUAUUUAUUUAUUUAUUUCUAACUAAAUUUAUAUAGCUGCCCCCCUAAGACAUUAUAUGAUUGGCCCAAGGAACAAUCUCCUUUGAUGAUCUUGAUGCAGUCACACUAUCUCCUCCUAAACUUCCUCACAAGAUUGCUGUGAGAAUAAACUGGGAGAUGAGCACUGUGAAUUCUUCCUUGAAGACCUUAGAGACAGGGCUAGCCCGCCCAUGAGGCAAGGUGAGGUGAUUGUUUCAGGCAGCAGGUUCCACAGGGGCAGGAGACCCUGAUGUAGAUUAUUUAUUUCCUCCUCUUCCUGAUGUAGAACUUCACUCUCAACUUCUUCCCUGGUUGGGAGCAGGCUCCAUUUUGCGAUUCACCUGAGGUGCCAACAUAUCUUUGGCUGGCCUUACUUUGAGAAAAUAUGACAUGCAAAUAAAUUAUGUGCAAGCAAGAAGAGCCAUGGAAUUUGUAUAAAGUGUAUUAUUUAUAGGAAGUUGUAGCCCCUGUGACUGUGAAAAAUGGCAUUUUAAAUUAUUGUUCCUUAAUCAAUGCUUGCCUUUAGCUUUGAUAUGCACCGGGACAUGCCUUCUAUGGAUAUCAACAACUUGACAGGCAAUAAAAAUAGUAGAUAGUGGAUUAUAGCAAAUGCAAUAAAAGGGUUUCUUUCCAACUAGCUUACCAUCAAGACUCUCACUCUGUGUCCUUUUUGUGUUUAUGUUAAUACUUGCAUUUUUUUAUAUAUAUAUAAAAAAUCUAACCCACGAAUAAAAACAAUGUAAAUCUAAUCAUAUGUCUCACCCUUCAAAUUUAAUGACCAUUGCAAAUCCAAGGCCUGGCUUUCUUUCAAAAGUGGCAUUUCAGUCAUCAAAUGGUUUCAAGCAGCAUUGCCUGUUUUCCCAGUAUACAUGACAGUGUUGCCAAGUAAACCUUAGCUGGAACUAAUUGACUUAAGACUCUAGGCUUUGAUUAUAAAAUUUCCCCUUCCCACCAAAGGGUGGUGCUCACUAACCAAAAGUCGCUUAAACACAGUCAGAUCAGAUUUGCACCCACGAACUGUUAUUUCACUUAAUUGACUCCCCCCCCCCCGUUCCCCAUUUACAGCUGUUAGAGUUUGCUAUUUCCUUAAAAACGUACUCAAAAUGGAUGCUCAAAAAAUCUGGAAAACAGUCUCACAGAUCUCCUACUUUGAGCUUUAUCACAGGCUUCAUAAUCACCACAUGGUUUUUUACAGAGAAAAAUGUUAAGGUGAUGUGGUUAUAAUCAGGAAGGAUUUUCUUUUCCCUCCAGGAAGGGGUCACAAUCAUUUGUUAAUGUUAUUAAGGAACAAUUGGAGUUGUAGAGGAACUGGUAAUGGGAAAGUAUCUUCAUAAGUUUGUAUCAUGUACUUGUGACUACUACAAGUGUUUUGUAUUAGAAGGUGCAAAAUAUCUAGAUGGGAAAAUGUAUGGCCCUCUGUAUGUUUUUGGACUACAAAUCUACAACCAUUGGCAAUGCUGGCCAGUGCUAAUGGAGUUGGAGUCCAACAAGAUCUGGAGGGCCACAGUUUUUUCACUGCUGAUCAAGAAAACUCUGUUCUCAUCCUGGAAACAAUGAUGAAUUUAAAUUGAACCACAGGUAACUUGGGCUUUUGCUGCAAGAGUAGGUGAAAGAAAAAGAUGUCUCUGACCUAAGGGUCAAAAGCUGCUGGGAGCUUGCACUUCCUUUUUCAUCCUCAGCUGCUAGGUAGCCUGAAAAAUUAGAGAAGGAACCUUUGACAGAUCAGAAAUGUGAACAGGGACAGUUCAGAGUAGGAAUAUCAGAAGAGCCCUGCUGGAUCAGACCAAAGACCUAUCUAGUUCUGUAUCCUUUUCUUGCAGCAACGAACUCAAUGCCUAUGCCAUGCCUUCUAGUAUUGUGUGACUGGAAAAAAUUGCUUCCAUCUCCUCUCCCAUUUCAGUUCAGGACAACUGGGCUCUGUUGCAAACUGGUAGCCUUGGGUGAAAUAAAUGGGUUUUUACACAUGGAACACUUGCCUCCUAUAUAAAUGGAAUAUGUGACUGAGGCGGAACUUUUAUAGAAGAAAGUACAAUUUGAUAUCAUGGGUAGGCAAAGUACUAUCAUACUAUUUCAUCUGUUAAUACUCUGUAGAAAUGAUUUUCUCUAUCUUCCUCUGAUGUCUCUAAGCUCUGUAGAAUAAUCAAGUGCAAUGGAGCUAUAAUUGGAACCCUUGUUAAGCAAGCAUGUUAAUGGAACGUGGGCAUAAGAAACAGAUGCUACUAUAGAGGAAAGAGUAUUGGAAAUGUUAAUCUAAUAAUGGUUCAGAAUAACUUCGGUUAUGUGACAGAUGUAACGUAAAGUAUUCUGAAUGUGCUGCUAGUUCCCUUUAAUAUGAAAAGAAUGUUGACAGCACAUUCACAGUGCUGAGCUCCUUUUAGGUUACAUCUAUCUUUAGUCUUUGCUUGGUAGCUAUGGAACAUGCCUUGUCUUCCUGAUAAACUCUGUUCAAAAUUUCUUUUAUUAAUGCUUCCAAUAAACAGGCUUGUCCUGUAGGCUGAACAAGUUGAGACAUAUAUAUAUUCCUGACAGUUUAUUUAUUAAUUUUUCCUUCUUUUUAGUGUCUGGAGCCCUGCAAAGAAUCCUGGGACUUGAAGAAAAACCAUUGCCAAAGUUUCUGUGAGGUAUGCCAUUUCUAAAGACCUCUUUUUAAAAUUCUGUCCUGUAUAUUUCAUUCACACUACUAAAUGAGUUUGUUUGAUGACAGCGAACUAACAAAUAGGAUAUAUUCUCUAUUUCCAGUAGCUGAACAGGACUACAACUGAUCAAUGACCAUAAGCAUUUUGAAAUGGUCUUCAGCAUCUUUGAAAUAAUUACUGUCGUAUCAUUCUAUAAGUUUCCUAUCAAGUUGUUAUGUGUCAAUUAACUUUUCUUUCUUGGGCUGCUGUCUUAUAUGUACAAUUGAUGUAUACAUGAGUCAUCAGUGUUCUUUUUCCUUUCGUUGCUGCAACAGCAAGAUGUCUUCCACAUUUGUUUGUUUAUUUAAAUGCUUAAAGUAACCUACCAACUUUUGAUUGACCAAUUCAAAUGUGCACACAAGUCAUGCAAUACAACCAUCUAUACAGCACAUGGGAAAUUGUUUGAAAGCAACUGUACCUCAAAAUGAUUUGCAGGUGUAGAAGUCCUAAAACAUAGACUCAAACAGAGUCAAGGUUAUGUUGGAAGUUGGCUUAUUGAUAUGGAAGCUGUCCACGUGCAAGAGGACUUCAGCAUGAGUGUACUUUCAAACAAGUGGCUUUUCAUGUGCUUUUUGAGGUGGCCUAGGGCUGUGAGGAGGGUUGUGCAGUGUCAGAAGCAUCUAGACUCUAGGAAUUGGCUACAAUGCACAUCUUUCUGCUACUCCUUAGUAUAGUUUCAUUCAGUGGUAAAUGCAAAAUACAUGCCAGUUAUUGAUGAUAUACAUGUGGAAAUUGUCAUCCUUCUUAGCAAAAGCGGUGAUUAUGUGGGCACAGAUCUUUUCCUAAGAGAAAUCUCUGAGACAUGAACAACUGUGUUUGGCCUAUAUUAGAGCUAUAGUACUAUGUGAAAAGACCAUCCCAAAAUAGGUAUGAUGGAUAUGACCUUCUUAUCAUGUGAGCACUGUACUUGUUCAUGGGAAACAAGCUGUAAUGUCAUAAGCUCACCACCUCUAUAUUCUCUUAAACUGGUUGCACAAGUCCACUCCCAUAACAUUGUUUACCUUGAGGCAUUAUGCCAGGUUCCACUGUGGAACCUAAUUAUAUUCAACAUUGUUCACCAGUACUGUAGUUAAAUAGCACUAAAUAUGAUUUAAGCAUGUCUCUGUUGAACUAUAUUACAUUAUUGGGCUGAACACAGCAUGAAUUUUCAAUGGCUUAGUCUCUGUUGUUUUUGCUUCUGUCCCUUGGGUUUAAGGAAAUGGCACUGAGCUUUAUUUUAUACAUUUGUGCUCCACUUUUCCCAUAGUUCAAGGUGGUUAACAAAGCACUUCAAAAAUGCAUAUAAAAAUAGGGGAAUGAUAAAUUUAAAACUAUUAAAGUAAUAUAUAAAACCAGAUCCAUAAGACCAACUAAAAUUCCAACAAAAUUUGCAAGCUUGAUGUUUACAACUUCAUUAAGUUUUAGGUUUAUUUGACAUACACUGUAAAUUGUUUUUAAAUUAUGGCAACUCAUUUUUAACAGGGCCUAAUGCACAGCUUUUAGUAGCAACAACCAAGCUACAUUGACUCGGUUUCAUUUAAACUAAGUGGGAUCUUGUGUCUUUAACUCCCUUUUUAUCAGUGUAAACAAUAACAGAUAGGUUUUUUAAAAAGAGUUCUUCCUAGCUGCUUCUUAGCUUCUGCAUGAAAAUUAUGUAGCCGAAGUGCAUAGCAAUAGAGGCAUCUGCCACAUGUGUCUUGAUUAUCAUACUUCAGUAGAAGGGAAUUAAAAAGCACUUUGCUUGUGUCUUAGCUUGGGUAAAAAGUGACUGAGGUGCAUAACUGUACAUUGGCAGGGAUAGUGCAGAAGAUUCCUUGAGAUUGGUGGUUUAUAAUGUAAACUACAUUGGUUAGAUUCAAUCCCAGACAUCCAAUUGGCUAUCACAUAUCAUAUGUAGAUUACCCUGCUGGACAUCUCUAAUGUUUAUGUAAAAUGUGGAUCCUAUUUCUGUCCACUGCAUGAUAAGGAACAUCAUGCUAUAUUUCUGGUAAAAUCUGAAGCAGGAAUGUAGUAGACUUUGGAACUAUAAGACAGAAGUAAGUUACAGUAGGUUUUUAAUUUAAGGGCAGAUGUUUGGAUUUAUUUUUAAGUACACUUGCACUUACAGGAUAAGAGGAAUCUUAAAUUUUUUCUUUAUUGAUUCAGAUGUCUGGAUGUGUACCAGCAAGGGAGGUUUGUUGUGUAGAAAGUGGGCUUCAGAUUUUGUAACUUGGAAAUUACUUACAUGAGUUUAAAAAAAGAAAAGAAAGUAUCAACACACCCCUUCUGGAAUCCUAUCAGAAGAAUAAUGAUGAGCUUGACAAUGAUGAGCUAUAAGUGUAAUAUGAAGUUGUUAUGUUUGUGAGAUGUUUAUUGAGCAAAGGAGUUGGCUGAGUAGGGAGAAUAAACACUUCCCAGUUGUAGUUAGGAUCUGCUAAUAUCCCUGUUUAAUUAGUGAUUUUGAGUUUGAAACUAAGCUUGAAACUUAAAAGGCUGGAAGUAAAAAGUUGCACAUUUAACAGUUCACUGAAAAAAUAAGUUGUGAACUAGGGUGAAGAACAGAAGCUUCAAAGGCAUAUUAUGCCUCAAGGGACUAGAAAAGAUUUUUAAUUAAGUAGCUGAAAAUUUGUGAUGUUUUAUAUAGGCACAUACCCAGACAUGUACACCUGCCCAUUUCUGAUCACAGACAUAAAUCACAAAAGCAGGUGCAUUUUGUUUCUAUUAACCUCUGCCCUUGUCAGCUACAAUCACAAAUCACAAUUUCCUUACCCAGCAUUAUAUUUGAAAGCAACCAUUUAGCUAUGAUCAUGGUUCCAAAAGAGAGAAUAAGUUAAACAAGCUUAGAGUUCUUCCCCAGGCUCUGUUUUCCAUGGAUGAUCUAGCUCUGCCAGGCACUGUAGCCCAUGGCUGCCAUAGAAAGGCAACCAGACUGCAAUCUCUGAUGAUAUAUGGUGAAAUAAUAGUGAUUAAAUAAAUGUAGCUCUCUCUCUCUCUCCAUACAAUCAGAAUGGAGGCAUUCUGAGCUCUACUGUAAGAACAAAUGCUGUACAUUUAUUGUUGAUGAGUGAUAUUUCACUAAAGCACAAAAUGUGUUGUAUAAAGUGGGUGUGAGUGUGAAUGUAAGAAAUGAUGGGAUAGAAUGUGCAAAACAGCAAACACUGAAAAGGACACAUUAUGGGCAAGGCAUCUGUAUCACAAACUUGAUUGCUGCUUUUUCACAGGGAAGUGCUGCAGUGGAUGAGAGUUGGAACAUAGAAAGGAUUUUUCAUCCUUUUCUUACUCAUUUCUGGUCCUCCCCCUCUUCGGAGUUUCAAAGACAUGUUUGUGACAGGAACCACAGUGAGUGGGUAGCAGGAAGUGGCUUAGGGGGCAGAGCAGAUCAAGGAUUAAGCACUUUCUGUUCCUCCUGCUAUUUUUCUGCUCCUGAAGCUCCCUUUUCAUAGGAAAAGCAGUUGGAUUUUUGCUUCUUGUAUAUGAAUGCGACACAAAGCUUUGGCCUAAGAAGAAUGAAAUAAAUUUGCAUAUACUCAUUUGCAAAUACAGUAGUUUGCAAUGUAGCCAUCAGUUCUGCAGUGAUUUGUGGCAAUGGAAAGCUUUAUAUGGAAGACCUGGCAGAGGCAAAUGAUUUAAUUUAGUAAGGGAUGAUGAUACAGCUUCAGAGACAUCACCAUUCUGUAUUUUGCAGCUAUUGUUCAGAAGCUAUAAAUCUAUAUGAAUUCUCAAGGCUAGACCUGUAACUGGUAGCAGUUCGUUUGGGGGGGGGGUAGGGCAGUGGUGCUCACCUGACCUCCCAUGCCACUGCUUACCAGAAGAUGUAGGGGGAGGCAGCAAGGAUGUUGAUGUGGUAUAUUUGCACUGGUGGCAGUGCCAUAUUAGCUCCACUGUUGUAUUUGCCCCAUGCCAACCUACCUGCUGCCACUCCCCCAUGCCUUCUGUCAAGCAGCAGAAAUGCAAGCAACAGCAGGUCAGGAGACCUCUGCUGGACAGCUACUGCCUGUAAUCUGAAUGAUCUUUUCAGCAACAUCUUGGAAAUAUUUCAGCAAUAAUUUGAUAUUCCUACUGAAGGCUUUGUACAAUUUUCUUGUUUUCCCUUUAGCCUCUUUUCCCCAAGAAGAACUAUGAAUGCUUAACUAGCUGUGAAUUCCUCAAAUACAUCUUGUCGGUGAAGCAAGGAGACUGCCCAGCACCCGAGAAGGCCAGUGGCUUUGCGGCUGCCUGUGUUGAAAGCUGUGAGGCUGACAGCGAAUGCUCUGGCGUGAAAAAAUGCUGUUCCAAUGGAUGUGGACAUACAUGCCAAGUACCAAAAAACUUAUACAAAGGUAGAGAUUGUUUGUAGGCAUUUAUUUUGGAGCCCAUAGCAAAUAAAAGGAGUCUAUUGCAUAUUGUAGCAGGAGUGCAAAGUGUGUUGGAGAAUGGGAAAAGGGGUUGGGGGAAAUGAAAUAGAGGUUCAUAAUUCUUCCAGCCCCAUAGGUCUGCCUACAGAAUACAAUUUAGUACGUGGGAUUUCAUACUCCCUGUCCCAUCUAAGCACUUCCGGUGCAUCAAUCCUCCCCCUUUUCUCUGUUGCUAGAAGCAUGAUUAGUCAUUGUGUGCAAACUUAGAGGGAUAAAUCAGGGACUGACACAUAAGUCCAAAGGAGGUUUUAAAAAAGAAGUUGAAGAGUGAACAUCAGUUUGUGUUAACAAGAGUUAACAUUGGUGGGGUCGUUAUGACAAUCUAUUAAAGCUAGCAAGGCUAAUUCAUGCAUGUGGUGGUAGGAGCUGGAGAAAGAGAGUGUGAAAGCAGCUAUUCUGGAUCAUUUGACUGUAGUUAAGGGGUGGAUGUGGUUACUUCUGCACCUCCCCAAAAAACAACUGAAGAGUUUUUAAAGUGCUUAGUGGAAUAGAAGUGUGAUGGCUUCCAAUGUUCAGUUGAGCCUUGUUCAUAUUUUGUCAAAAGGUUUCUUCAGGCUAAUGCUGGAAUUACUUUAUACCAGAGGUUUUCAACCUUUCUGAGUCCACGACUUCCUUGACCAACUACAUUCUUUCUGUGGCACCCCUGUGGGGAUCAGGAGCCCAAUUAUGUCACCCCUUCCCUGCAGAGCUGGCAGCCUCUCACCCUUUUUCGAACACCCGCCCUUGUGGAGUGUUCCCUCAGACUCCUCUCCGCUCCCCUUUCGUUGUGAGUCUUCUGGGCAGCUGCUGCAGAGCUGGCACCCCAAAAAGAGGUGCCUCCCAGAGGCACCAUUUGCCUGUGGAGCUUAUAGCCAGGGCUGCUGCAAUAAACAGCUGUGCAAGCCUUUGGGAGGCAGAGAUGUAAAAGGGCAUCACAGAAGGGAGGGAAAGAAAGAAGGACACAAGCUAGUCUUGCCCACAGCAUCCCUGACCAUCAUUCAAGGCACCCUAGGGUGCCAUGGCACACUGGUUGAAAACUACUGCUUUAUACCUUCUAACAUUUUAGGUGAAAACAGUUGUGUUUUCUUCCUCAUAAAUACUUUCGAAGUCAGAUUUUACAUGACUGCACUUCUUGCUUUUAAGUUUAUUGCAUCAGAAGAUUAUAGUUCCCAUGAUUUCUUACAGGAAGUUGUAGCAGACAAACUUUCUUAAGAACAAUGUUAUGCUCCGAAAAAUUGUACUGUAGAAGAAAUUUGUAUUGUUAUAAAAAAAUAUAAUACAGGAACAAUACAUCGCUAUUACUUUAGUUAGGUUAAGAUAAAAAAUAUAACCUCCCCCCAAUGAAAAUACUUUAUAAAAUUUCAGUUGAUUAAAGCUGAAUGAAUUAAUUUGGAUUUAAAAGCAGAAAGAUAUUUCAAAUGAAUAAUUCACUUAUUUCACUAGAUUUAAUGGACAUGGGAUUAGAUCCUCUGUAAUAAUGAAAAAUGAUUAACCUUGGUUGACCUUCUUUUCCAUUCCCACCUUAGUGACUCUUAGAUAUAUCCUCACAGGAAAGGGAUGGCAUACAGACAGUAUUGGUAACACCUACUUAUUGGGUGUUGCAUGUUUGAAUGCACUCCUACAUUUAUUUUAAAAAUCCUGACUCUAAUCAGAGUUGUUGCUUGUAGGUGAUUACAUGAUUAGCUCUUCUGCCAGAAACUGGAAUAUGCUGGAAGUGUGCUGGAAGUUUUUUUAGGGUGGGGACAGGGGCAGAGGUAAGCUGUGCUUGAGAAAAACAAUCCAUACACUACAGCAAAUGCCCUUAAUUUAGUGAGUAUUGACAUAAAUGGGGGAAUGCUGAUGAUCGGAGAUGAAUUUUGAGCAGCCCCAUACAGAAUUCAUUGCAGGAAUCCAAGCUGAGGCUCAUCAGUGUAUGUACAGUAGUGGACCAGUAUUCCAGUCCAGAAACAGAUGUUAUCUGUCUUGUGCUCCAACCUCCAAAAGCCAUCCCCCAUGGUAAUAAAGACACAGUGGAGACAGAAUUUGGUUUUAAUGUUAAUGGGCAAAUUUUGGCCACAACUUUAUUAAAUACACAAAUGUGACUGGUAUUGGCUUAGGCAUUGGUAUCAAAACUAUAACUGGCUCCUGCCCCACCCUGCAGGAAGCCUGGAAGGGUAAACUACCAGCAAGGGAAGCUCCAUCAAUGUAUAUUGACUGGUGCUCACCCCUGGGGUUCCCGGGGGUCCUGGCAUGGCCCUAGCUCCUCUCUGGGCUUCGGACAAGAUCCAGACCCCCGGAUUCCUUUAAUGGAAUACCCUAUUAAUUGGAGGGGCAGGUGAUGGCCGCACAUUCCCCUAAACCAAUGCCUAACUGCCAAACCUUACAAAGUUGUGACGAUUGCUAAGAGGUAGGCAAAAACCAAGUGGCCACAGCCAAUCUGUCACAUUGGAAAAAAAUCCUACCCGGCCCCCGUUCCAAAACAGGUGACCAACUGAAGUCCAAAGCAAGGCCAAACAUGACCUAAUUAACAGGUGGGCGGCUGGGUGUUCAGCAGUGCAAAGCAAGAGGGAGGCCCCACGUCACGCUGCCAAAUAAAUACCCCAAAACUUGCCAACGCUGCCGAUUGGCUAAAGGCAGGGGCGUAAGUGUGGCAUCACCAGCUGGAGUGGGGCAAGCCCCGCCCACAAGCCAGUUGGGGAAGAGUUCCAGGGCCAAGCACAACAUGGACCCUCUGUUAGGAGGAUCCAACUUGCCAGCCAUAGCUGGUAAAGAUAUUCCUAGCCGCUGAGGUCACCCAAGCCUCUAGUGACAGAGAUUGAGGAGCACCCCACCAAAAUAUGAACCUGCUCCUUUAGGGGGAGUAUGACCUCUUCCAAAGCAGGCAUUUGACCAUUUAUCCAGGCUUGAGAGUCGCCAAUUCACAGGACCAUCUUUGGGGAGUUAUAGUAAUGAAUGCUGGCAAUCACAUUCUGAUUAUCAGUUUUUCUGAUGUAUCUCGAUGUUGACACACACUGGGUAUGAAGGCUAACUUUCACCAUACUUCAGAUAUUCACUGUAACUUACAAAGGCAUUACAAUUUUUGAUAAUAUGUGCUGUGGCUAAAAGGAGAUUUAUUUAUUUGUUGUUGGAGAACCUGACUUAACUGCUCUUAAUGCAUCAAAUCUAUAUUUGUUCUUAUAAUUUACUGAGGAGCACUGGUGUGUUGAACUUGAUUUGUGUUCCAUGUGCUGCUACUCAAGCUGCCACACAGGUUUGUAGCAUCUAAAUUUAGAAUCUAAGCUAGUAAGCCUUUGAUGUUCUUUUGAAUACUGCCUACUGUGGAAGUUCAGCCCAACCUGUCACCAUUUAAUGCUAAGUCUACAUGGUGGACAACAGCAUUUCCACAACGGCAGCUCUGCAUGUAAAAAAAAUAAAAUAAAUAAUGGCAGGGGGGAGAGAAGAAAUAAAACUUGUCUGGUAUUAACCCAGUAAAAGGCCAAGAGGUACACAUUUUUCCAAAAGCCAAGAGUUCAGAGGACUAAUUUGUGCUUCAAUGAUGGAUACAAAUCUUUUUAUCUAAUAAAAAGCACAUUUCUAAAUGACUGCAAAUGUACAUCUGGACUUGAAAUUGAUUAUUCUGGUUGUAUUGGAAUAUUCCAAAAUGCACUUGUGCUAUGUUCUGCUUGCACUCAUGAGAACCAUCUGAACACAAUUACAGCCACCAGGGGGGCUAAGUUAGUUCCAAUCAAGUGAAUCCAACGAACCCUAAUGUAAAACAGAUGGAAGGUUUCUCACCAUGCAGAUUGGAGCGUUAUUAUACAUAAUAAUUAAGCAUGGAUUUUCAGAUGCAUAAAGCUGAAAUAUCAUUCUUAGCAAUAUUAGUUACAGUGUACGAGGACUGGCGGCUAUCUAGUGAUAUCCAGAAAUAAAUGUAUGAGCUUUUGAUGAUAUGUUUUAUUCCUGGCAAUUUUAGGUCUCUCUCUCUCUCUCUCUCUCUCUCUCUCUCUCUCGUGUGUGUGUAAUACAUUGGAACACUUGGAGAAAGGGUCUGUUUUUCGAUCUCUAGGAAAGGUGGUUUGUUUAUCCAUAGAAGUGUAGAAGUUGAAACAAUAAACCUCAGAUUUUGCCAAAGUCAUAAACUAAGCUGGGAAUUUAUGUAAAUCUCAAACAGUCCUCUAAAUCUGCAGUCACUUCAAAAAAUGGGAGUGGAGGGGAGAGAGAAAUUCCAGCUUGACCUCUCUGGAAGCAGAACUGCCUAUUAUGAUAAAUGUGGAGCAGCUGCUAAAACCAGUACAGUGGUACCUCAGGUUAAGAACUUAAUUCGUUCUGGAAGUCCGUUCUUAACCUGAAACUGUUCUUAACCUGAGGUACCACUUUAGCUAAUGCGGCCUCCUGUUGCCACCGCACGAUUUCUGUUCUCAUCCUGAAGCAAAGUUCUUAACCCGGGCUACUAUUUCUGGGGUAGUGGAGUCUGUAACCUGAAGCAUCUAACCUGAAGCAUCCGUAACCCGAGGUACCACUGUAACUGUUAAGGUAUUCUCAUUUUUUUGCAAGAUGUAAGUAUACUUACCUGUGAACUUACAGCACAGUGUUGUGCCCUUCCUCACAAGUGGCAGCCAAUCAUGUGGAAAGUGGGCAGGGAACCACCCCAAGACACAGGAAGAGAAACUGUGUGUGCACAGUUCACUGCUUCCCAAGCCAUCUGGGUAAAAGUCGGAUUCAGUAGAAUUAAUCUGAGCCUUGAAACACAGAGUGCUACAAGAGGAAGUGGGAAAGAGCAUUUCUCUUAAAGCUUCCUCCUUAAGCUCUACAUACUUCUUGGGGGGGGAGGCGGGGACAGGUAACCACCUUGGCCACUUCAUAACUGUGUGAAGUGGCGCAGAGGCUUUGUGGGCACUAAUGGAAGCUCUUGGAGUUGUCAUUGCAACUACAGGCACUGUUUGCAACUCUUGGGAUGGCUUGUGGUUGAAUAGUGUGACUCAUCAAUAUGCUUCUGUUCUGAUUCAGUCACUGGAGAAGAACAGUAAGAUAAAGUGCAUGAUAAUGAGGAUAGAUCUCUUUGGGCUAUAAAUUUAGUGGUAGUAAAUAUAUAGUUGAUCCACAAAUUUACUUACACACAGCUUUUUUGCAUGCAUCACUUACGUUUCAGGUGUCCCUUUGAAACCCAGAAAAGAAUUAAAAUUCAGUGAACUUCAAUCUGGACAGCUGGAAGUGAAGUGGUCUUCAAAAUUCAAUAUCUCUAUUGAGCCUGUGCUUUAUGUGGUGCAAAGGAGAUGGAACUAUGGGAUUCAUCCCAGCGAGGAUGAUGCUACCAGUUGGCAAACUGUAGCUCAGGUUAGUCCUUUCUACAUAAAUUAUUUUCAGGCUGUUCAUCCUGAGUAUCAGGCAUUGAAAUAAUUUUGGCUGGUCUUGGUGGCCAGCUAUGGAUUUGUUGUCCCAGAGACUCACUUCCUCCAAAGUGCAGCCUUUAAUCUAGACUUUUGCUGCACCAAGUGAAGCGAGGUCCAUAAAAAUUGCUGCUCCUCUUUCCAGGGUUAAGCGUAGAUGACUGAUUCUGCCAAUUUAAAAUGAAGCCCCUGGUCCCCUUAAGCUCAGAGCAAGACAGGAGUCAGUGGUUUGCCAUGACUUUGUGCUUUCUGGGGACUCAGAAGACUCACCAGGUGCAGGGGCAAGCCAUGGAACUCCUGACUUCAGUUCCAAGGUGGGGAAACAUUGGCUUGCUCUGUGCCUGUUAGGUGUCAAAUAUCAGACACAGAGGGAAGCCUGCAGCUGGAGACAGGAGCUGGAGGCUUGAUAUGUCUGACAAGCACAGAGCCAAUAAAAAUUCCAGACUUCUGCUGAGCUUUUGGGCUUUGAGGGGUGGAGGUCAUCUCCAGUUCUGUUUCACGGCUCCGGGGUUGGGAGAGAGCUUCUCUUACUUGCCAAAAACAACUAUAGCAAAAAUCUCGAUCUCUGGUAUUCAUUCAUAGAUGCAUUGUUCAAUGUUGUGUUGCUUGAGCUUGCAUACAGAGGCAUAUCUUUGUUAAUCUGUUGCAUCAGAUACUGGGAUAGGUUCCAUUUUACAGUUGAUGGACUGAAGGUAGCGUAGAGAAAAAGCUUUUUUCAUCUACUAUACAGGAAACUCUAAAAGAAGCUAAGUUAAAUUCCCAUCUAUGGCAAAUAAAUGUUCUUGGUGUUGCGUCGGGUUGCCAUCCGUCCAGAAUUUCCCGGACACAGCUGGUAUUUAGCCCUUAUAAACAGCAUCCAGGCAGAAAUCGCUUACAUGCCUGGGAAAAUCUGGCCAUGUGGCAGCCCAUGUUGGUAGUAUAGAUUUUGGUGACUUUCAUUAAAAAUAGCUCAAAAACUCAAUUUUUAAAUAAAAGCUCAACUGAUUUUUUGUCCGGAUUUUCACUUUUUGAAAUAUGGCAACCCUUGUGUUGCAUUACCUAAGGAACACAUUCCAUGAAGGAGUGAAAUACAGCUAGUCAUACAAAAUGGUGUGGUGUGAAAUUACUAAUGAAGAUCCAACCUACAUCUGUGCUUCACAAGUUCAUAUGGUGGUAGUUCACUUGCUCUACAUGCAGACUGUCCUAGGUUCAAUCUGUAGAAACUUUAUUAAAUUAAGGCCCUGAUUCAACUGAAUCAUUGCACUAAUGGGAGCCAGAGCAGCAAGUCCUUCUAGCACAAUAGGUCUCCCUCCCUCUUUCCUGCUAUGCCUCCCCAAAUUGGGACUGCAAGGUCAGGAGAACCUUCAGAACAGCACAUGUGUGGAGGGUGGGGGUGGGGCGGAGGAGAAUGGAAAUUGGUCCAUGUGGCAAGCAUGUGCUGACAGUGAUCUCCUUAGUGCUACUUUGAAUUCCACCCUUUAUCAGGUAGCACAGGAAAGACUCAAUAAACAAAGAGUUUCUUGACAUAAGGCCAUUUUCUGUGCACCCAAGGAUAUGAAGAAGGGGAAAACCAUGAUCCAAGGCUUCCGCCUUCCUGAAUAAACAAAGUAUAAGUGAAUACAGGAUUCACUCACUCAGAGUAAACUAAGUUUCUGUGUUAACCUGGUUUCCUACUGCAGACUACAGAGGAGAGAAUACAACUGUCCGACAUCAGGCCAAGCAGGUGGUACCAAUUCCGAGUGGCUGCCAUUAACGUGCAUGGAACUAGAGGCUUCACAGCUCCUAGCAAACACUUCCGCUCUUCAAAAGGUUGGUGCCAACAUUGUGCAUAUCACAUCUGUCUUUACCUGGAAUGCAACCCAACCCUCUACAUUUCUGUGGUUGCAACUUCCCAACAGGUGAUUCUUCGUGCAUUGAAUCAUUGCCUUUAUGUUUUUGUUUUUGUUUUUUUUUAAAAGAUAUUUAUUAAAAGUUUAACAAUUACAGAAAAAGAGAGAAAAAAGAGAACAGUAAAAAAUUACAAUACAUUACAUCAAAAGAAAAUAGAAACCAGAUUGAAAAAGGAAACAAUGCAGCACAAUAAAAACAAAAACAAAAACAAAAACAUUUAAAAACAAAAAACAUUCAAAAACACAUCCAAUAUUCCUUAUCUUUACCUUUCAUUUACCUGUUUCAUCGACCUCCUCACACCUCCCUUUUUGUAUUCUAGUUCAGUUAACUAUUUCAGCAAAUUCUUUCCAUCUUUCUCAAUUUUUAUUCUAUAAUUUAUCUUAACAGUCUAACCUUUAAUUUUUCCAUUUUUACCCAUUAUCAAUCAACUUUUACUUAAAUCUUUAUUACAUUUCUGUUAAAACCAUAUAGCUUCAUUCCAACAUCUUUCUAACAUUCAUUAAUUUUGCAAUGUUUUGUAAAUAUACUUCAAAUUUUUUCCAAUCUUCUUCCACCAACUCUUCUCCCUGGUCUCGGAUUCUGCCAGUCAUUUCCGCCAGUUCCAUGUAGUCCAUCAGCUUCAUCUGCCAUUCUUCCUGGGUGGGUAAAUCUUGUGUCUUCCAAUACUUUGCGAUAAGUAUUCUUGCUGCUGUUGUAGCAUACAUAAAGAAAGUUCUAUCCUUCUUCAUCACCAAUUGGCUGACCAUGCCCAGGAGAAAGGCCUCUGGUGUCUUCAGGAAGGUAUAUUUAAAUACCUUUUUAAUUUCAUUAUAGAUCAUCUCCCAGAAUGCCUUAAUCUUUGGGCAUGUCCACCAAAGGUGAAAGAAUGUACCUUCAGUUUCAUUACAUUUCCAACAUUUGUUAUCGGGCAAAUGAUAAAUUUUUGCAAGCUUGACUGGUGUUAUGUACCACCUAUAAAUCAUUUUCAUUAAAUUCUCUUUUAAGGCAUUACAUGCCGUAAACUUCAUGCCAGUGGUCCAUAACUGUUCCCAGUCAGCCAUCAUGAUAUUAUGUCCAACAUCUUGUGCCCAUUUAAUCAUAGCAGAUUUCACCAUUUCAUCUUGUGUAUUCCAUUUCAACAGCAAGUUAUACAUUUUUGACAAAUUCUUAACUUUAGGGUCUAACAAUUCUGUUUCCAGUUUUGAUUUUUCCACCUGGAAGCCUAAUUUUUUAUCCAAAUUAUAUGCCUCCAUUAUUUGAUAAUAGUGGAGCCAAUCUCGUACUCUAUUUUUGAGUUUUUCAAAACUCUGCAAUUUUAAUCUGUCUCCCUCUUGUUCCAGGAUUUCCCAAUACUUCGGCCAUUUGGCCUCCAUAUUAAGUUUUUUCUGUGCCUUUGCUUCCAUUGGUGACAACCAUCUUGGGGUUUUAUUUUCUAACAAAUCCUUCUAUCUUAUCCAGACAUUAAACAGUGCUUUUCUAACAAUAUGGUUUUUAAACGCUUUGUGUGCUUUAACCUUAUCAUACCACAGGUAUGCAUGCCAACCAAAUACAUUGUUGAAACCUUCCAAGUCCAGCACAUCCGUGUUUUCAAGAAGCAUCCAUUCUCUCAGCCAGCAAAAUGCGGCUGAUUCAUAAUAAAGUUUAAGGUCUGGCAGGGCAAAUCCACCUCUUUCUUUAACAUCUGUUAAUAUCUUAAAUUUUAUUCGAGGUUUCUUGCCCUGCCAGAUAAAUCUAGAGAUAUCUCUCUGCCACUUCUUGAAACAGUCCAUUUUAUCCAAAAUUUGCAAAGUUUGAAACAAAAACAGCAUUCUUGGCAAUACAUUCAUUUUUAUCGCAGCAAUUCGGCCUAACAAUGAUAACUUCAAAUUUGACCAUAUUUCUAGAUCCUUUUUCACUUCAACCCAGCAUUUUUCAUAAUUAUCCUUAAAUAAAUUCACAUUCUUAGCAGUCAUGUUAACUCCUAGAUAUUUUACUUUCUUUACCAGUGUUAAUCCUGUCUCUUUCUGAAACUUAUCUCUCUCCAUUUCAGUUAAGUUUUUCUCUAAAACUUUAGUUUUCAUCUUGUUCAACUUAAAUCCUGCUACCUGACCAAAUUCUUGAAUCAGCUCUAAUACUCUUUUAGUACUUGAUUCUGGUUCCUGUAAAGUCAAUACCAAAUCAUCAGCGAAUGCUUUCCAUUUGUACUGUUUGGCUCCCACUUGUAUACCUUUUACCAAUUGGUCCCUUCUAAUCAUGUUUAGCAAAACCUCCAGGACCGAGAUAAAAAGCAAUGGAGAGAUUGGGCAACCUUGUCAUGUUCCUUUCUCAAUCUUAAAUUCUUCCGUCACUACGUUGUUCACAAUUAAUUUAGCCUUUUGUUCUGAAUAAAUUGCACCUAUACCGUUUCCAAAACCUUGACCAACCCCCAUCCCCAGUAAAUUCUUUUCAUAAAACUCCAGGAAAUGUUGUCAAAGGCUUUCUCCGCGUCCACAAAUAUCAAAACUGCUUUAGUAUUGAUCUUCACUUGUAAUUUUUCUAGGAUAUUAAUUAUAUUCCUCGUAUUAUCAGACAAGUGUCUACCCAGGAGAAAGCCCGCUUGAUCUUUAUGAAUUACUUCCGUUAGCACCUUUUUUAAUCUUUUAGCCAAAAUGUCUGCAAAGAUUUUAUAAUCCACAUUAAGCAAUGAUAUGGGCCGGUAGUUCUUAAGCUGCGUCUUUUCAGUCUCUGUUUUCGGUAUAAGUGUGAUGUACGCUUCCUUCCACGACUCUGGUGCCCUUUUCCCUUCCAAUAUUUCAUUACAGACUUCCUUUAAAGGUUGUAUUAACCAUUCUUUCAAAGAUCUAUAAUAUCUAGAAGUCAGUCCAUCCGGUCCUGGAGAUUUACCCAAUUGCAUAUUCUGAAUGGCCCCUUCUGAAUCAUUGCCUUUAUGAAUGGCUUCAGGGUAGUUUAUCAUUUUCUUUUUGAAGGUGCCAUUGAUCCUUCAAGCAAUGCUGUAACGAGUAGGCCUCCCUUUUCGUUUCUUUGAACAUUAUCAUUAGUAAUAACAACUGAGAUUUCUUUAUGUAUUUGUGCAACAUGGAACAUCAAAUGUGAAAAUAAUCUGAGACUGUUUAUCUGCUGGCCCGGUCAGCGUCUAAUACAGUUUGGCUUAUUUUUGAGCUUUGCUAGUGAUUCUGACUUCUUGCCAUUUUAUGAAAACAGUUUUUGAACAUUUAGAAUUUUAUUUCCGUCUUUUAUUUGCUUCUGUUUGUGCUGUUACUAGGAUGCAGCAUUUCUAUCUCAUUGUAUGUUGUAUUUAUUUUACAAUCACAUUUCAUGACAUAAUCAUGUUUUCACACAUAAACAAUUGCUCUGGGAAAAAAAUUAAGACAUACUUUCUUUAGUGUGUGUAAAUUCUGGCUUUCUUUUCUUUUAAAUUAGGAACAUUUAAUAAUCCACUAAGCUUUAAAAAUACUAGAGUUACUGGAUUGGUCUAGUCCUUUACAAGAGCCACCCAGCUUCCUCUAAUUCAUAAGCAAGUUCCAAAAGGAAAAGCCCCAAUGUCUUCUGCAAAUAAUACCUUAAUGCUUAUAAAAAUAUAUAUAUAUAUAUAAUCCAAAAAUACACUAAAAAGACCUGUUUCAUUUAUGGUGUACUGCUACAAACGUUCUGAUCAGGUAAUAGUGCCAUUAUGUGAAACCAUUAUUAUAUUCAAUUCAGUGCUACAUUAAACUCAAACUGUUGUGUGACUUUUUUUCUGAGUCCAUGGCCAAUUCACUCAACAUAUUUAAAGUGUUUUUAACACAAACAUUAUUAAAAUCCUGCAAACAGCAAGCAAUAAUUAUUGGACAAAGUUGUGAUUACUUCCUCAGUUAUAGUAUCUUAGAGUGACUCCAUUCUUACAAUUGAUAGUGAUUAGCUGCUAUUAAUUUUUAACUUCUCAAAGGAGGCAAAUUUUUAUAUGCUGUGAAAUAAUGAUGACCUUUAGGUUUGUAUGCGCCAUUGUGUGUGUGUGUGUGUGUGUGUGUGUGUGUAUUCUAUAUAUAUAUAAAAUGCCAGCCAGCCAAGGUACCACAAAAAGUUUAUAAUUUGGUUAAUAUGUGUAUUAAAAAAACAUUGGUGUCAAUACUAUUUGAAGGCUGACAUUUUAUAAUCUAUUUCCUCUUUCACAACUGCAAAAUGAUAUAGUUUUUGAAAACCUGAAAGCAUAAUCCUGCUGUCCCAUAGUAGAUUUCUUUUCAUGUAGUGAAUAUCACAUUCUGAAAAGCAUGUGAGAACCUAUCAAUAGACACUAGGAAGUGUUAAUAGGUUUCUCAUUCCUUUGGUGUUAGCAGGCUCUGUUGUCACAGAAUGGGAUGCAAUACAAAUGAACAGAUUCCUUUCCUGCUGCCUCAAUCAGGAUAAAAUUUAGGUGAAGUUUAGUGGGAGUAAUAAAGCCUUGCACUGUCAGCAAAGUUUGAUGUUACCGUGUUCUUUUAAUGAUUCCCACACUGUCUUGUUUGCUUUUUAAAAUUGCCUCAAACAGAUUAAACAGUCUCUUAAAAAAACACCUAUAAAAAACUUGUUAAAACAAAUGACUUUAUUCAGCCAUAUACCUUAACGAGAACAUAUAUGCUGAAGUAUCAGCAUGGAAUAGAAUCCCAAAUCAACAAUGCUUGCAUAAUUACUGGGAUGUGCAAUCUGAAACAAAGAUGAAAGAUCCCAUGCAUAUUUCAUUUGGAUUUAAUAAAUAUGAGUGCUUUGUUUGAAGAGAACACCUUCACACAUAUAGUGGUAUUUGAAAAGGUUUCCUUGGAAAAUGGAUCAGUAAACCUCCCCAGGAGGUUCACAAAAUACAUGCUGGUGUCAAGAGAGUGGCAGGGGACCCCUACUCCUUCCUCCAUUGUCGUCAAACACAGGAGUUAUUAAUUCCCAAAUAGGGCUUAAAUACCUCUUAGUCAACUGGGGUACUAAACAUUGCCAAAUAACAUAUUUGAUGAAAAGCAAUCUGAAUUCUACAACUGCAACAAACAAUUGUUUUUUACUUGUUCAUCUCAUUCACAGGUACAUUAACUUAGCCAGUUUUGUAAUACAGCUUUUAGAUCUACAAGAGUUAUAUUUAGUAAGAUUGACAGAGAUAAACUUGUGUAUUCUAUCAUAAGUUGCUUUCAACAUAGGCUUUAUAUACUGGUACCAACUUGAGUUAGGCCAGAACUUGUUUUUCUAGUUUAAUGACAGCUUGGAACUCAUCAAAUAAGAGAAAGAAAUAGGGUUGUGUUUUAGUUUACAUUUUGUUUAAUCUUUACUAAAUGAUACAGCUGCUCUUAAUGACAGUUGACAGGCACAGACUAUCAGUAUUGUGUGUGAGCAACAUAGCGCUUCAUUCUCAUAUGCAUACAGGUGUAUGUAGGCUACCAGUGUUGGUAUUUAUUGCAUAUAUAUUGUACUUUGAGAAGUAGUAGUAGUAGUAGUAGUAGUUGUUUUUGCAAACUCAUCUCCUUUGCGCAUGUGAUAGCUUAUAGAGCUAGUUAUACACAUUUUUGCAGUAUGCUUUUUAAAAAGCACCUUAAUUGAAAAGUACAUAAUUGAAGAAUUAUAGCAGAAUUAUAUAUUGCUCUAAUAUGAACUUAAUUUUCAGAAAUUGCAGGUUCAAGUGCUCCAGCAGUUGAAAGUCACAAGCCCUACCAAAAUUUCAGGAUUUAUAUAUUGUUGGUUUUUUUUCUAAAUUAAGACACAAAGAGGUAUAACAUGUAGGAAGGGCUGUUCAUUGGUUUGCUUCAUUAAGGUUAACCUGAUCUUUCAUAAAAAUGUUAUUGACAGCUUUUUCAUUGUCACUGAAAUACUUGACGUUUUUCUUCAUAGGUGAAGGUGAACUUGGCAAAUUUAAACAAAAUGAAUCUUAGCAGUUCCUUUCCUAUACAAUAUGGUUAAGAGGUUCAGAAAUUCAUUACAAUACUUUUUAUGCAAUGCUAGUAUGCUUUUUGUUGUUGUUGCUAAAUUUGUAUUUUAUGCUCUUGGGUGCAAUCUAGAUAGAGUUAAGCAUGCUUGACUCCCAUUGCAGUCAUUGGGGUUCAAGCUCUUAACUGUGUUCUUAAGCACCAUUGACUGAAACCUGAUGGAAUCUAAGCAUUCUUAAAUUUCUGGAUAACACUGCAUUGCUCUUAUCUCAAGAACCAUAGGUGCAGCAGAAGGCAGUGAACACUCUACUGUACUUGAGGUUAACAGUAUCCAGUUGACAUUGAUAUAUUUGCAUGUAUUUCUUCUUGAAUGAAAUAUGUUGUCCCUCACAUUUUGGAUGCAAUCUGUUUUGGGUUAUAUCUGAAUCAGUACUGGAGUUCUGGAUCAGGACAUUUAUGUCUAUAUACUCAAGUGGCAACCACCUCUUCAUUCUGUUUCAAUUGAUGCAAGAGGGAGGACAUAGCUCCUUACAGAUGACACAAGAAGAGUUACUUUACAUCUGCCUGUCUCAGAUUUUUAUUUACUUAUCCCACAUUUCUUUCAAAGCAGCAUACAUGGUGUGUCUUCCCCUCACCCCAUUCACAUCUAGUGAAUUGCCUUUAGUCACUGCUUUUGAGAACAGCUUUCAGCUACCUGGAAAUAAAUCUGGGAAUACAGCACUUGUUGAAGAAUGAUGAGACACAUAAUGGAUAGAAUGAAGAGGAAGAUGUGUGUGCUAGUUGAGACAGCACAAUUUUUGUACAUGGUUUUUGGGACUUGAGUACCGACUUGAGUAAAAAGCUGGUGGGGAUGUUGAAAAAAGCAACCCCAUCCCAGAAAUCAGGCAUGAGUUUUGCCAUUUGGCAAGAUGACUUUUAUAAUAAGAAAAGGACGGGGCCACUAGGGGCGCAUCGGAAGAUGGCUGACAAUAACAUCUCUCCGACCCACACGAGGUAAUUAGGAGGCUGUGAUGGGAGUAAAUAGCCUCCCUACCCCCCCAAGGUUGUGUGGGGGGGCUGCCCUUGCCUGCUGUGCCCUACACCACCCCCGAAUUUGUGGGGAUGGGGGCACUAGGCAGAAAGCCCUCCUGUGGAUCUCGGCGCUCCUGGACGCUGUCUCUGAUCCGCACCUCUAGCUGCAAUAACUUCAAAAGAAACAAUUGGGAGGAAGCGAAUGCACAUAUUUCAAGGAAGGAGGGGGAGUAAAGACUGCUAAUUGAAGAGAUCUCUGAUAAACAAGACGGGUCGGAGGAACAAGAAUAAAUCAUGAGAAGAUCACCAAGGCUCGGUAUGGCAAAAGGACUGGAUGGGGGAGGGGAAAAAACUUUUCUUUCUUUCCUCUGUGAUUAAACAAGAAUCCCCCCCCCCACAAGUCAGAAAUGCCAUUUUAAUGACUUAAGCUGUGGAUUUAUGUCUGUGUGGAGAUAAUUUUCUAACCAAAGCAUGUUUCAAGAAGAUCGUGGAAAGUAUAAGAGCUUUGGAAUGACGCAGUUAAAAAUACCGUCGCCAUGUUGGCAAGUUCUGUCGGAGGACUUAAGUCUGGGAGGAGGAACAGAGCUGUUUUUAUAUUAUGGGUGAGAUUCCUCAGAGGGACUUAAGAGUGACAGAUCUGCGAGAUUAAUGAUGGAAAGAGCAAUGUUAUUUAUGAAAGCGAUGAUAUAUGGAAACCAUCUUGAUAUGAGGAUUCGACGAACGGAAAAAUUCACACAGGAUUAUAAUUGGUGUUUAUCUGCUUAAGGGGAUUAUCAGAAGAGAUUAUAAAUAAAAAAAUAAAAAAAUAUACAAACAAGAUGAGAUGUGGAAACAGUAAGAUAAGACUGGAUAGAAUUAUGAAAAUUAUUUGGACUGAUUUGGAUAUUAAUGCAGUAGCAAGAAGAUGAUCGGAAUCCCCCUUCGGAACUUGAAAUAUGGGUCCCCUCAACAAAAAUUUAAAAUUCGGCUUUGUAAUUUGGAAUUUAUGUGAUGUGAUUUGAUUUGAUUGGUCGGCUAGUAAAAAUUAUUUUUUUUAAAAAAAUAUAUAAUAAGAAAAGGACACGCGCCGCUGAGAGUUGAGUACAUACCUGCAGAUUAGUUGUAAGAUUGAAUGUGACCUUAAAUCUGUUUAGUGUUCUCUGCACUAUGUUGAACGCCUGUACAAUGUCAUGGUAGUGGAACCAAAAUUAUGUCCUAUCAGCAAACAGAUAUGUAUUCUUGUCCAAAAGCUGGAAACAGAUUUUCUUCCCUAAGGUGAAUGGUGUUAGCAUUUCCUACAAAAUCAGGAGUAAGUGAAGCGGGCAGUAUUGUUUUCACAGGACAUAAGUGCCCAUGCUGUAUUGUGAUUUCAUGCAUACACAUACACAGAGUGUUUGUAAAAGCAGAACAGUCUCCCACUAGUAGCAAUAAAAUUCUCUCUGCUGUUCCUUUGGGGCCAAUGAUUUUUUUUUAUAUUGUUGCACAGCUGGUUUGUAUGUGCCAAUUCCAGUGGGCAAAGCAUAUACCUUUGUAUAUGCCAUGAAGCUGUUUAAUAAUUGGAAACUUGUCUGUGGUUCAGGUUCAAUGGUCCUUUAAAGAGUUACAUUUUUUUUAAAAAGAGAGAGCUGUGGGUGAUCCCACCUUAAAUUAGAAGAGAAAAGCACUCUCAUCUAAAGUGUAAAAGGAUUUUGAAUUUAUAGCAAAACCUGCAGUUACACACACAGUUGAAAAUGAGUUUUCCAGAUUCUUAUGUACUUUCCCCCUAUGGCACACAUUGUGGAAUGAAUUCAUUUAUUCUCUUUCUUUUCUCUCACCAUUUAAGUAUGCUCACCAGUUAAAUAUGCAACACUAAUGUUCAUCCAGAUGUGAUACAUUUUCAAUGGUAAUUUUUAGUGGCCUUGGGCAGGUCAUGGAUUCUCAGGGCAGCCUGGGCCAGGAACCAGGGGUGACUCUGCUUUAUAUCAUUUUCUUCUGCAACCUGUCUAACAAUACAUGUCAAGACCUCACACCUGGAUGUCAAAUCUACCUAAUCCUCUAUGACUUCUUACCUAUUGCCUGUGUUGAGAGUUCAGUUUAAAGUAUCAGACAACUUGCCACAGCUCUGUCCACACUCUGUGGAGACCUACUCAGCAAUUAUUGCAAGCAAACUGAACUACAAGCUAUACUUACCUGACCAAAUGGGGAUAAUGUUGCCUCAUUACCUCUAUAGCCAUAGUUGUGGCCCGUUGAGACAUUACCAGAUGAUUUUAUUUGGUUACUUACUAGACACUCUAGCAAAUGAGAAGGUAAAAAACCCAUGGAUUGGGAUUCCCUAACACUGACUGCAUCUGGCUGUGUAGGCUACUUAGUCUGCACUGUUGUCUCCGUCAGUUGUCUACAACUAGAGGAUAAACAUAGACUAAAUCACCUUGCAUGCCUGCACCUAUUGGUACAGAGAUAACUCCAUCAUCACCCUAACUGAAUCCACUGGGUUGUGUACUACUGUACCAGCACCAGUCUUCAAAUUUACACCAAGAGGAAUCCCAACAGUAAAAUUUGGGGUCAGGGCUAUCCCUUGGAUAGUAUUUUUUUUUGCUAAACAAUCAGUAUCCAACUGUUGAUCUUUAAUAAAACUAAAACUAAACCAUGGCUCAAGAAAAAACCCUGUAGGCAGAGUUUGGCUUUGCUUUUGGAAAGGCUCUUCUUUGUCUAGACUGAUCAGCUUUAAUUUGCAAACCACACUGCCAUCGGCUUCUGUUUGAAGGAGAAGUUUCCAUAGACUUGGUGGAGCUGUGUUCAAACUUGAAAUCUAGGUUGGAAAAGGAACUGGAAUCAUGAUUUAAAGUUGUAAUGAAGCUUUCUGAUUAAGGACAGAAACAAAUACCUCAUGGGCAUAGUUUGUUCGGUGCUUGUUAGCCAAUUGCUGUAUUUGCAGUGUUUUGCAAGGGUGAUGUUAAUCUUGACUCAGAGGCUAUUGCUUUCUCGGAGUGAAAGGUGUUAUAUCUGUCACAUUGUUUAGUCCAAGGCUUGUUCACAAUAAGCAUAGCGCUGUGAGCUAAACCAAAACCCAUCUGUUUAUUGUUUGCCUCGACUACAUUACUGACCACCAAGGACUGAAUUAAAAAAAGACAAAUAUCCAUCUGUGAACACCCAAACAUAUUCAGUAUAAUUCCUUCACAUAGAAUAGCUAUGCUGAAUAGCCUCAUAACUAGAUGGUAAUGUAACAUGCAACAGUAGCAGUCAAACUAAUAUUGUGCAUGCUUUUCAUACUCUAAUGACAGGCCUUUACCUCACAUAAAUAUGCCCAUCCAUAUUGGGUUUAGAGAUGGUGAAUGAAGGGACAGAUUUGUGGAGUGGAAAGCUGAUACAUUAUUACAGAAUGUCAAGACUGUAAGAUUAGGUAUUCAAGUUUUAUAGAAGGUACGGUCUACCAACAACUACACAUGACAGACUCUAGUACUGUCUUGGCACAGGUGAAACAGGUGUUGGCAACUUGAAUAAAAUAUUAGUGGGGACAGGCAAGCCCCACUCCAAAUAAUUAAUUACAAGAUACGGCACACGCACACCAUUUGAAUGGCAAUAUCCAUCAAUGGGGGGGGGGCUGUCCCCCUCAAAUAUUUUUUGGGGGGCAAAGGGACCUCAGGUCCUAAGGAGUUGGCUUCUAUGGAAAUGUCUAACCAUACUGCUCUUGCCAGAUCAGUAAACCUCUUAUCAGUGCAGCCCUUUCCUAAUGGUGGGCAUGGUCUUGGCUAUUUCAGAAGUCAUUCUGUGCCUUGCCUUGCUUGCCUUCCCUCUAUGCUUUCUGCAGGCUAUGAGGAGAGAAAAACAAAGCAGGAUGUGCUGGGAAAAUCAAAAGGCACAUAUCCAUUUUACCCUUCAACAGAAGUGCAGGCAAAUGAAAGGAAACUAGAGGUAAGACAACAAUUGCCUGUCUCCUCUUUCCGAAACAUAGCAGUUUGCCUGAGGAAAAAAAGAGAAUACUAUCGUAAGACAGCUAAACUGUUCUGAGAAGUAAGCAUUUCCCCCCAUCAUGCAAGUAAUGUUUACAUUGCUCAGAAGUGUUGAGCAAAACACAGCAAUAAAUUUGCUGUGUUUACAACCCAGGACUUUGACUGGUAUGUGUCAAGAUGGAAGCACAUACAAUUCAAUUUUCUCCCAUGAUGAUUAAUUAUUUCAUAUUUAAAGGUAAAGGUAAAGGGACCCCUGACCAUUAGGUCCAGUUGUGGCAGACUCUAGGGGUGCGGCGCUCAUCUCGCUUUAUUGGCCGAGGGAGCCGGCGUACAGCUUCCGGGUCAUGUGGCCAGAAUGACUAAGCCGCUUCUGGCGAACCAGAGCAGCGCACGGAAACGCCAUUUACCUUCCCGCCGGAGCGGUACCUAUUUAUCUACUUGCACUUUGACAUGCUUUUGAACUGCUAGGUUGGCAGGAGCAGGGACCGAGCAACGGGAGCUCACCCUGUCGCAGGGAUUCAAACCGCCGACCUUCUGAUCAGCAAGCCCUAGCGCCACCCGCGUCCCUUAUUUCAUAUCUACUAAUCCCUAAAUAGGAAGUCUUGUCUUCCUUAAUUGUAGUUGUGUCAGUUUGUAUACCACAAAUGAGAGGAUUUUUCAGUGAACUCGUUAAUCUUGGAGUUUAUUUGAUGAACUUAAUGUGUCUGGCCAUGGACAGUGCAUUUGGCAUCUUAUUUACCAUUACAAAAACAAUUAAGUGAACUGCGCAUUAAAUGAGGAAAUGUCAAUGUCUAUUUUUAAAUGUUCAGUUAAAUACAAUAACUUUUCUUCUGGCUUGAAUUGGGUUCAUUUGGCUUACACUUUUGAGAAAAUGUUCAUUUUCAAUUCUAUUUUUAAUAACUCUGCAGAAAACAGUUACUAUCUGCUACAGUGAUGGUUCACUCAGUGCCAAGUAGUAGCUCAAAAAGAAGGAUGCACACACCCACCCACACCCACACCCACACCCACACACACACCACACACACAUUCUGUGUGAAUUAUAUGGAGCAUGUUUUAUCAUUCUUCUGUUCAUUUGUUUCCUAUUGUUUAACAUUGUUUCUAAUUUUCUGGGACACAUUUUUAUUUGUAAAUUAAUCCGAGUAAGAUUGAUAAUAUAAAGGUUGGGGUAUAAAUGAAUAAUAAUAAUAAAACAUCAGGAGUAUCAAAAGAUUUCUUCUAGCAAAUGCAUUUUUAAACAAUGUGGUACUCUCUAGUUACCAUAAUAUUAGUAUACACACUGCUUUGGAGCCACUAUCUUCCUUUGAUUUUGACAAAAGGUGGAAAGGGUGGAUUCUUCUUCUAUUAAAGGCAGAUAAAUAUUCAGCACCUUCAAAAGAAAACCAUUCCCAUGAUUCCUUGCCAUUAAACUGGUUUUUAAAAAAGUUCACCUCCCACAAAGAUUUUUUUCUGUUGUGUACAGUAGCUAUUCUUUUCUCUUUUUUAUCUCUAGCAUAAUACAUCACUGAAAUUUUAAAAUACUGGAGAGUGUGCUAAUGUUACUUCAUUUAGGCUAAAUGCUAAAGAAACUAGUCCUAGAGAAUUUGAGUUCUCUUUGUAUUUUCUCUUUGUAUUUUCAAAGCAAAUGCAUUUUUUUGUAUAGUGAAUAUGCAGUGGCAGAGCUUUAUGCUCCGGCACCGGGGGGGGGGGGGGCGUGGCAUGGCACACCACCUGCAGGGGUGUGAUGUGUGUCCUGGGGGCAUGGCAUGCCACCUGUGGGAGCGUGGCACCCAGCGCGGGUGGGGGGGCGCAGCCGUGAUGGCACCCCACCGGGAUCACACUGACAGAGGCGGUGCGCUCCCCCCACACCCCUCUUCCUCCGCCAGUGUGAAUAUGUUGAUGUCAUAGUGAAUAUGACAUUCAAAAUGAAGUGUGGUUUGCAAAAUACUAUAGCAGCAUUUCAAUAUGGCAUAGUAGACAUGUGGUUUCUCUCGCAGCUCAAUUGGCUGGGGCAACCAAACCGGAUAGGAAGGGUACAAAUAAAAUAAUAAUAAUAAUAAUAAUAAUAAUAAUAAUAAUAAUAAUUGCAAGUCUAUCAAUAGCUAUACCCUUCAUGCUUCUCAAGAUAAAGCUACUAUAUCAUAUGGUAAAUUACAACUGCCAGUUCAGUCUGGGGGAUUAAAUUUUCUGAAUCUAAUACUGCAUCUUUGGGCAUUUGUCAUUCCUUAAGCAGUGAGGGGCUGAAGUCGAACUGGUGUUAACAAUCCUAAACUAGGCUAGUUUUUAUUGAGUGGUUAGAUUGCAUUAACCUCAUGUUAUCAGGCUAAGGCAGAUAGGCCACUUAUUACUGUGGCUAGUAUAGAUAUCUUUUUACAGAAAGAUAUCUGUAAAAUCCUACAGUUUGGGUAUGCUCCCUAAAGCACCCCCUCCUUGUGCCAUGGACUGGCUGGAUGCAGAAGAGUGGUGGGAGGCCAUGGGAAAGAAGGUGCAGAGCUAGGGAAGUGGUGGUCAGAUGACAAUGUGUGGUCAGAGGAGGAAGGAGCAGACUUGGGAGAGGAAGAUGUGUUGGAAGCAGAAGAGGUAACAGGGUUUAGUGAGCAGGAAGAGGCUGUGGCAGAGGGCAGUUCAAACUUUAAGACUGAAGCAGAGGCUGAAGAGGAGAGGGGCCAGGAGGCAGAGUUGAAAUAGGCUGCUGAAGAAUCCAGGGAGUCUCUCCCUCCUGCUGCGACUAGAUCCCUUGCCUGCUGGUCUCCCAGACCACACAGAGAAAUGAACAGAGCAGAGAAGAGAUUGGUUGUGCACAGACACAGUUUGCGACUGUUUGGGAAAGAACCUGGGAAGGAGGAGCCUUAGAGAGUGGUGCGAAGGCAAGGACCUUCAUCCUCACAACUGCCUCACUGGGACAAGACCUACUGGGAUGAGUUGCUAGGAUCACUAGACCCAUGCUGUUUGGACUUAUUUGAAUAAAUAGUUAACUUCAAUGAUGCCAUUUUUUAUUUUAUUGCUGACCUACCCUUGACUCCAGCUCUGAUACCCUGUGAGACCUACUAGUUUGGUUUGCAGUGCAAGGGUGAAUUCUCUGGGAGUAGGGGCUAUAAAAUUGCAGUACAAAUUGUGCUGCAUGUAAGUUGCAAUACUAGACAGAGGGCCUUCUCCGUAGUGGUGCCCGCCCUGUGGAACAUCCCUCCCAUCAGAUGUCAAGGAAAUAAGCAGCUAUCCUAUUUUUAAAAGACAUCUGAAGGCAGCCCUGUUUAGGGAAGUUUUAAUAUUUAAUGCUGUAUUAACACUUGAUUGGGAACCGCACACAAUGGCUGGGGAAACUCAGCCAGAUGAGUGGGGUAUAAAUAAUAAAUAAAUAAAUAAAUAAAUAAUAAUUAGGCUAAUCUGAGGCUAAAUGCUAGUUGCACAAAAAUAAUCAGAAAGUGAUCUUUGAACUAUCAGCUUUGGCCUAACAGCAAAAAUGUGUAUUCUGCAAAUGGAUAAUUCUGGCAUCUUAGAUUUUUUAAAAUAUUGAACAUUUUCCAUUAUGAUACUUGGUUCCUAUCCAUUUAUCCCUAAUUCAUUUUUCUGGAUUAUUGACUUAAUUUUUUAUAUAAUGACCUAAUUAUUACGUGGUUGUAAUUCAUUUUUUUGGUAAAUAUUCAUACUGUGUAUGUUAACUUUAUUUUCAAAUGAAUAUUUCAUUGAGUUUUCAGUUUAUAUCAAUACAGCACACAUCAGAGGCAGCAAAAAAACCAGGUUGUGGUUGCACUGCCUGAUACUUAUGUAUCUUGUAGCUUGGUAUGCACAUUUGGAUGUUUACACAUGUGCAAAGCAACACAAAUUGCCGUCUUAACUUUACUUCUCCCCCACCAGACCCAUCAGCUCCACCUGCGCCAUCUAAUCUCCGAAUUGCCAACUCAACAGUGAACAGUGAUGGAAGUGUAAGUGUCAAGAUUAUUUGGGAUCUUCCAGAGGAACCUGACAUUCCAGUCCAUCACUACAAAGUCUUCUGGAGUUGGACAGUCAACAGCAAGUCUUUUGUACCAGCUAAAAAGAAGAGAAGGAAGACUACAGAUGGGGUAAUUAAAUUUAAAAAUGUGACACUGUAGAUUCCUUGUUAACUUUGACUUACCAGUAAGUCAAAGAUACUUAACACCUUGACUUAAGAUGAUACUUAAAAGGAAAGAGAGAGAAUAUUAAGGUAUUGGCUAUAAUCAAAGGGGAACAUAAAAACUUUAAAGAAGGCUAUUAAAUGAUGACAUAUUUAUUUUUGUUGUGUGUGGAAAAUAAUAAAACAAUGUUUGAUUUCACACCAUUGGCAACUUGUGGUUCAUUCACUGAAGUAGCAAACACUAAGCCCCCUUCCUAUAUAACUGUAAUUUACUGUGUUCAGACAUUUCCAUAGUUGCCGCACAGAAACCUGUGUAGGCUACCUUUGACUACAUUCACGUUGUAGUAAUAGAAAAAGCAAUACAGUGGUACCUCAGGUUACAUACGCUUCAGGUUACAUACGCUUCAGGUUACAUACUCUGCUAACCCAGAAAUAGUGCUUCAGGUUAAGAACUUUGCUUCAGGUUGAGAACAGAAAUCGUCCUCCAGUGGCGCGACAGCAGCAGGAGGCCCCAUUAGCUAAAGUGGUGCUUCAGGUUAAGAACAGUUUCAGGUUAAGUAUGGACCUUCGGAACGAAUUAAGUACUUAACCCAAGGUACCACUGUAUAAUAGUUUAAGGUAGUAUCUGGUGCCAUUUAAACCAAAGCUGAUUGUGUUUAGUGUGAGAAUAACAAUAAAGAACACUAUAGUCUUGUAUCACCCCCAAAACACAUCUGGGCAAUGAUUUUCAUAUGCUCCACUGAUUUGGGUUUUUAAAACUAAAACUACAGCAAGGGCAAAAGGCAAAAAAAAUGGUAAGAGACCGUGUGGGUAUGUCCCACUACUUUGCUGAACACAGAUGAAUUCACGAUUCACUGGGACUGUGCCCUGCUGCUACUAAGCCCAUAGGGUGCACUAACUGAUUGGCAACUAGUCUUCAGUCUGCAUACCUGUAAAGAAAGAUUUGACACCCACAUCACAUACGGAUACAUGCUGUAGUAAGCUAAUUGUUGCCAAAUCUGAUACAGUUCAAGUACAAUAGUGUCAAAUGUACUACAGUGUGAUGUAGCCAAAUGUUGCUAACUCAACAAAAGAAAUGAAGGAAGAGGAGAUGGUUCUAGUUGCUCCAGCUCUGAGCGCUAAAAUCUAACUACCUUCCAAUCCCAUUUAAAAAAACAAACAAAAUCUCAGUUUUUACAAAUUUUUACUUGACAAGUCCCCUUGUUGGAUCAAUGCAAUGGCCAGCUUUGUGACUGGUAAAUGUUUCCUAACCGUCAUAUUGUACCUAUAUUGUAGGCAAAAUGGUUGCUUUAUUGAAUUUACGUUGGCGUAGAAGACAGCAACAGUUUAUCUACUUUCACCUGUUCAUUUGAUAGAACACACAACUUCUAAUGUGAGUGUGUUUUAGGAAAUCCAUCACUGAACUGUGCAUAUGUUUUAUUUUUUAAUUAUAGUCCCAGAAUUAUGUAGUUCUUGAAGGCCUACAGCCGAACAGUAACUUCAUGGUGGAACUGCAGGCAGUUACAUACUGGGGUCAAGUACGCCUGAAAAGUGCCAAAGUGUCUCUUUACUUCAGUUCCACUCAGACAGCUGUGAACAGUAAGUGCCGUUUUUAGAAAGAAACCUAACAUCUCAUAACAUUUGCUUAAGGGGAUAUCUGUCUAUACGAAUGUUCUAGGUGACACCUUUGCUACAUGUCCAAUUCAUAGUUUAUGCUCUCUGCUCUCCCACUUCAUUAGCAAUCUACUUGCAGCACAACCUUCCUGUGUGUGGAGAAUAGUUUGACUGAUAUAGCUUGAAAAUUGCCUCCUCCUUUCAUUCAGGGAUGUGUGAGUCCAGAGGUGCAUUGAAAAUGAGUGCCACAGAGGUUAGUGCUGAAUAUGGUAGCAUUUGAAAGAGACUGAAAAACAGAUCCUUUGUUUCUUCUGAAUUGGGUGCCCUUAGACACUCACCCAGACAUGUGGGAGUUGCUGCUGCUUGUCCAUGAGCACUUCCCACAUGGCUGGGACCGUAUUUAAGUGACUAACUACAUGGGCAGGACCCAGUCAUGUUACACAGUCAGAACCUUCUCCCACGGCAGUGCUGAUUCUGUGGUAAAGUCUGGAAUCUGGUCUGCCUGUGUGGUUCUUCUAGAUUCUUUGGAGUUCCAGCAGGAAUCUCUGAGUUGGGUAAAAAUUACCGUAUUUUUUGCCCUAUAGGACGCACCGUCCCAUAAGGCACACCUAGUUUCUUUUGGGUGGAAAUAAAGGGGGGGGGAAUUAUUUCCCCCCCCCAGGUGCGGGGCUGGGGCGGGGGAAGCCCAAGCUUCCCCCAACCCCAGCCCUCAGAACAGGCAACUCUCCGCAAGCCGUGGGAGCCUGGCGCGGGCUCCCGCGCCUUGCAGAGAUCUGCGCGAAGCCUGGAGAGCGAGAGGGGUCGGUACGCACCGACCCCUCUCGCUCUCCAGGCUUCAGCGAAUGCCUGCAUUUGCCCCAUAGGACGCACACACAUUUCCCCUUCAUUUUUGGAGGGGAAAAAGUGCGUCCUAUGGGGCGAAAAAUACGGUAUGUGUGUUAUAUGUCUAGCUCACGUUAUGUGUCUGGCUCAUAGAUUCUAUGUUGUCCAGUGUUAGCUAAAUGGAAGGCACUAAGAAGUACUUACACAUGGGAAUAUGUGAACUAUUAUUCUCUUUUUAUAGUUUGUGGUUGUCCCAUGAGAGCCAGUAUUGGUCUUCAGUUCCUAUAGCAUGUACACAUGCGGAGCCAAUUUAAAUGCUGCAAGGAGGCAGGAGAUAAUUCAUAAUUAUCUACAGUGUACAGACAGCAAAAGCAUGAACAUAGCUGUUAUGUAUUAUGAGAGAUACUGUGAGGACACAUGUUAUACAAAGAGUUCCAUAAUGCUUAUUUCUAUAAUUUAUGAAGCAGCCCUGAGUGACGUACGGCAGGAAGUUCAUUUCUGUAUGUGUCUUGUCUCCUAGUCAAUAUAUUGAGGACAUUCUUUUGUAAAGCACCAGUCUUAGUUCUAUUUAUUUAUUGAGGGAUUUCAGGAAAUACAUUAUGUAAGGUUAAAUAUCUGAAAUCGAAUUGCUUUGUUCAUCUUCUUGGCUAAAAUGUUUGAUGUUUAAGUGGUCACCAUCAAUAGAGUUUCUUUUUGUACAUGUUACGUGUGUCCAACUUCUGAAACUUCAUCUAGUUUCCCUACGCACAUUAGAAGUGAUGGAGAAAAAGAGUAGUUGUUACAUUUUUUCUUUUUGAUAGUUAGCUUCCGUUCUCUGCUUCAUAUCAUAUUCAAUUUGCAGUGUACGAAAUCUUUGCCAGUCUAGCUUCAGUUACCCUAAUCUGCUCAUGUGAAUUUUGUGGUUUCAGCAGUUUAUAUUCACUCCCUCUUUCCGUUACCACAGCUAGUUUUAAAUUCACACCUUCAGCUACUUUGGGACUUUUAAUAUUUUCUUGACUUUCCUUCUUCCUCUUUUGUAGAUCAUAUUUCUGUGAAAUGUGUUAUCUGUCCCAUCAUACCCCCAAUUGAUUUUUAUAUUUUGGAUUGGCAGUUCAGAAGCAGUGUCACAGAUCACUUUAGCUAUUGUUGUCUACGCAUAACUUGCAAAGGUCUAAUCUUUGUAGUCCUGACACUAACAGUGUGUUUUAUAUUGCAAACAGCCCUGUGAAGGUAGUAUAGAAUUAUUAUUAUUAUUAUUUAUUAAACAACCUUUUUAUGACACAAUCUUGGCAGGUGGUGGUACUGAUGGGUUUAAGGUGACGUUCUUUGUAAAGCUUCAUUUUAAUAGUUAGCUCAUGAGAAACUGGCAUGUCCACUGCCCUAGAUUAGCUUAACUAGGAAUUCUUUUGUAACUCGUUUAAAAGGAUUCUACCUUAAAAUGUCUUUGUGAAACACAUUCUCCUAUGUAACACAUUCUUCUAUGUAAUGUACAGAACUGAUAGAGUUAUCACUACAACUCACUUUAAAAACACUGCUUUAGGGCUGUCUAAUAUUUCCUGUUUCUUCAGCAAAUAGCAGAGAAUGUAGUUAUGUGAAGUCUGCUGUCCAUUUCACCUGUGAGGUUUCCCCCCACAUAUUCUGAUCCAGUUUAGUUAAUUUAUAUUUUUUGGGUUGGCUCUUGUAUCGUUUUAUUAACUACUGCUUUGGUUGGCUCUAUAUAAGGCCUAGCCAAAUAUUGCAUUUAUUUGAAUGUUCAACUAUCGGAAUAAUAUGAAUUCAUAAUGGCAGCAAUUCAUUUUGAUUCACUUUGGCUUAUGAAUAUAUACCAUGAUCUUCCAAGGGAAUUUUUGGCUUCUUUGAGAAAGAAGCAGAAAAUAAGUGAGAGAAAAAAAAGUGUAGGUAUUUGGAUUUAUUUCCCCCAGUUCAUUAUUUAUGUGAAAAGGGAGGACUGGCAAUAAAUAGUAGUACUGUUUGAUCAUAGUCUUGUGUGUUUAUAUUUAAUCUACAUUUGUAGAGAUUCCUCCCCAAAAUAUUGGGUCAGAAGUGGGGGCAUGCCCCACCCCAAAUGUGCAUGCUCUCAGGCAUACUCCAACUAUGUCUUUAUGUGGCUGAGUAGCUUUUAAAAGUGGUUUCAUGUAGUUUUCAGUUGUGGCUCAUGCCAGAUCUUGACCUCUUCAAAUAUGAUAAGCCCUGAAUGGGACCGAAGCUGUCAAAAAAAGUUAAAUCUAGAUGCUUAAGAAAGGGGCAAUUUCUGAUUCUUAGGAUAUAGCUACACCACAUUUUUAUAUCAUUUUUAACCAUAACUCUCUACAUCAUUCCUCUUCCCCAAGGAACUCGGGAAUUGUAAUUUAAUGGGAUGUCUUACAGUAUGUGUACUUUUCUUUUUUUAAAAAACCCUAUACUUAUGGAAUAAUUUGCAAUAUCCUGUGAAUUCAGUGAAAUCAAAGCAAUGCCCUUCACCAAUGAAAACACAGAUUUCUCACUGAUGUUUGUUUUGCAGAAGAACAGGUAUCUAUAGUUGAGAAAGCAACUGAUGCUGCCCCAUCCUUUAAAGGAAGAAGACCCACUCGUCUUCUUGAAAUCGGAGUGCCUUUUUAUCAAGAUGAUCAACUUCAGGUGAAAGUCUAUUGGAAGAAAACAGAAGGUUGGUAAAAAUCUAUUUGAAAUCCAGAUAGGUUGAUGGUGACCCAACUACAGAAGGACUUCUGCUAGUUGUACAAAGUUUGAUUGGCAUUUUAGGAGAAGGAUAAUAAAAUCUUCUGGGAAUUUGUGAUGAGAGCAGUUGUGGACUAAAUAUACUUUUUGUUACAAGUGAAGAAAUUGAAAUACAAGUCACAGAACCACAUUUUAAGUACAGGACCCUUUUGAAUUAUUUAUAUUUGCAUUGUCCCCACCUUUUCAGUGGGCUGGGUACUGAUCCGGCUGUCCAACCUGCCAUAUUUUCCAGCAAUUUAGUGCAAAUUUAGUGACUGAGAUGUUGUAUUGAGACCAAUCACAGGACCUUUUGUGGAAACUCCUUCGCAGCCUACAACAAAGCUUCGUCCUGCCUCACCAGAAAGAAAGGUUCUGUGUUUUGAUGUGAUUCUUUACGGAGUUAACUAGGGUAUAUGCUUAGUUGUAAAACUCACAAUAGAAAAUUAAGUGUUGUGGUCUAAGUUCUAAGUUCUACUCAGAGUAAACCCACUAAAAUUAAUGAACCUUGGUUAGUCAUGUCCAUUAACUUCAAUGGAUUUUCUCUGAGUAGGACUGGCAUUGGAUAGAACCCAAUACAUUUCUAUCAGAAUACAGUAUAAUUGGAGGGUAUAUGUUUAAUGUGCUUCCUCCUUGAAUACUAUCUCUACUAUCGAAUAUGCACUAUAGAAGCUAAAGCUGUUAUAAAGUGAUGUGAACUAAAAUGCAGAUUGAAUUAAGAAGUAGAACAAUUCUACUCGGUGACUGAAUUAUAGAAACGUUUUAAAACUAAGUUGUGGAUUAAGCCAAGCAGUGCCAGAUUUAGGGUGGUGCGAGUGGUUCCUGCACAUAGGGCACUGAGCUGAAGGGCGUAUAAUAAUAAUAAUAAUAAUAAUAAUAAUAAUAUACCUAUAUUUAUACAAGUACCUAUUGAGAGUACAAAAAAUACUAUGAAAAUAAGAAAUAUGAAGUGGGGCAUGUUUUGUCAUCACCCAGGGCGCCAUAUUACCAAAGUCUGCCCCUGAGCCAAGCCAAAGUGGACCAGCACUGUGUUCCUUGACUUUCAUUCAUUCUUACUGUUUACAUGCUUUGGUAAAUGCUGUUCAUCUGGCUGGUAGCUGGUUCUUGUCACUUAGGAAACAAGUUCUUUUAAGAUUAAGGUGGCUGAAUUGGAGAAAUAUGAUAACGUGCUAAGCAUACACCUCUGUCUGUUGUGUGGGAGAUUUUGUAACUUGGAAACAUAAUGGUGGGUUUGCGAUGCUUGUCUUGACUUGCCUGCCUGCUUAAAAUCCAUUUCACAACGAUGAAUUUUGCCAUCUUCCUAGCUUUAAAUAUAUAUAUAUUAUAUUUCCCUAAAAACAAAAUAAAAACUUAAUUAGAAUAUUAUUCCUUAUUCCUGUCAUUUUAGAUUUAUCAGUUUGUGAUAUUUGAAGAGCAAGGCUAUUUUCCCUCGGUAUAAUCUUCCUUUUUAUGUGACUUCGCUGAGCAUAUUGUAAUAGACAACAUCCUUUUUUCUUUUUUUAAAGAAACUGUUUCCCCCUUAUAUGAGCUGUAAGUGACUAAUGUUGUUGCUAUUCACAUACAGGGAUCUAGGAGUGUGUCACUUAUUCAGGGCCACCCAGCAAGUUAAUUAUUGAGCUGGGAUUUAAAUCUCUGGAAGCCAGGUUCACAUAUAUAGUGCUCUAUCCAGUAUGCCACACUGCCUGAAAGCAUUUGUGGAAUGCAAAGAAUGCAGUAUCUGGAAUAGUUUGUUAAAAUCUUAAUCACAUUUUAAAAUGAAAUUAAGCCUGAAAUACUUUUUUUAUGAUAGCAAUAAUACAUUCACUUUGGGAUGCGUAUUAACAUGAAUAGACACAUGCCUGAGGUAGUAUAAAAAGUUUAGGAAAUAUUCAUGAUUUACUUAGAUAUAAUUGUCACUGAAGUAUAUAGCAAUUAGGUGAGGACAAUGGGUUUCUGUUUUGGAAAAAUAAAAGAUGUCUUUCAUUUGCUCCUUUUGACACAGAGCCGGGAUUAGAGAAAUGCUGUAGAUCCCACAAACAGCCUGAAUUCAACCCUUGUCCAUGAGGGGUGUGUGGGGUGUGUGUGCUUGUGGCUGCAUUUUUUUGGCCAUUUUAGCUGUGUGAAAUUAGAAAUUAUGUGCUAUUUAUGUAACACAGGGGAACUUACUCAAAUGCUUUUAACUCUUUGGCACUGGGAGCUGACAACUCUGGGACUAUGUUGCCAGGAACAGAUGCAUACUCAACUCUCAGCCUGAGAUGAUUAACUGCAUGUGACAAUUAGGGUCAUGUGCAGUACUGAAAUUGCUAAAAUUAAAGUUUCUCAUGUCACCCUCUCCACUCCACUGUUUGAUAGAAUUGGGAGUUUCGCAUUUGUAUGAGAAGCCUCUAAGUCCUUUCAGUGUCAAUAUCCGCAAGCUUUUAAAGUAAAACAUUUCUUCCCCUAAUUUUUAAAGGCUUUAAUUGGUUCGUACUUACUGCAGUAAUUGUGAUCACUUUGCCAUUUUAAGUAAGAAGCUUUCUCACCCUUGAUCUCAUUGGUGCUGGGCUAGGUGGAAGGAAGUGGCAUGAGAAAUCUAGUGCUUAUGAAAGCCAUGAGAUUUUGGAGGCAGUCUGGAAAAUUGGGUAGCUAUUGGGAUGCACAAGCAAAAAAAAGGAUCAAGUAUUUCUAAAAGGACAGUUCUGAUGUGCACAAAAAACUUGAAGGUACUUGUGGAUCACCAAUUCUGCUUCCUUCACUUCACUCUUUGAUAGUUUCCUGAGAGCCCAGCAACUUAUGUGCAGCAGCAGGGAUGGUGGCGAGAGCACUCCCAGAAUAUUUUUGGUCAUUUUGACAUAAGGACUCUGAGACUAGUAGCCACAGCCCCUGUGGGAGAAGACACAUGCUAAGGUUAUGGGAGUAUCUUCUGCUGCUACCACCCUCUUUUUCUGCCCUGCUCACUUUGAUACUGCUCUCAAGUAUUCAAUAGGGAUGUUCAGUUUUGUGAGUACAUAUUCAAACAGUCUAGGAGCUAUUUGGCUUUCCCCCACCCCAGUCACCAUGAGGUUAGCCAAGUUACGUCAAAUGUGGGAUGCAUAUUUUAGUUUUGUGCUGUAUCUCAGAAUGACUGCAGUUUCUCAGUGUAGCGUAAAAUGUCUGCUCUUCCCAUCUGAAUACUUGUAGUGGUUGGAUGGUAAACUUUAUCUCUGGGUUUUUAAUGAAGCAAAAUGCACCAUAGAUCAGCACUGUACCACAACCAUCAUGCAUACAUGUAGAGAAUCUCCUGUCCUACACUCAACUUGUCCAGUCUUAUUUUCAGCAAAUGGAAAGUGUGCUAGCUAAUAAAUAAACCUUGGUUCAACAGUAAGGACUGCACUGGAAAUAUAUAAUAAGCUAGAGAGCAAGCAUUGCUUGUUGAUUGAUGUGCAUGAUUUACACAUGGCUUUCAUUGAUGUGGCAGAUUCCAAAUCACAGUGGAACAAGCAGUACUUAGUCUGCUGUUUACUAAGAACCUGUUCAUGGGCAGCUGUGCCUGUGUCAUAGGCAGCUUUCUUAUGCUGAAUAAGACAAAAUAGAUCAUCUAAUGCCGUCUUGAGCUGAGCUCACCCCAUCAUUAUGCAACUGAAGUCUACCUUAAUAUGGCCUAUAGUGCAACAAGUUGAAUUUGAUGCUUGGCCACACAUGCAGAACAUGCACAAAUCACUGUGCCAUCUAAGACUAGAAACACCUAGAGGGCAGGCUGUUUUUAUGGUCACCUCAUGUAGAAGUAAUUGUGAUAACAGGACCUAAUAAAGAAAUGAUUAUGUUUGUGAAAUAUUGCAUUGAAAAAACAUUGAAAAACAGGAACAAAGUAUUACAUCUUUGCUUUAUUGGUUAAAAAAUUUUGAGCUGUUUGUAUAUAUAUAUUGGGUGUGCACCAGCACAAAAUGAGGGUGCCAGUGUAAAAUAGCGGCAAAAAAGAGGUAGACAUUUAAAAAAUGGGUAUCAGUAUUCCAUACCAGUGAGUGUCAUCACAAGAAAGUUCUCUCUCUCUCUCUCUCUCUCUCUCUCUCUCUCUCUCUCUCAACUAUUUCAUGCAGCUGAUACUGAUCUUAAUUAAAGUAUUACCUUAAGCAAGGAUUGCUGACUCAGGCCUCCUUAAGGUUUUUGCUUUUGUAGAAUCAAUAGGAAUGCUCAUUAAUUCAUAUUGUUCUCCACUAAUGAGAUAUAUAAUCAGUAUUCUUUUUAGAAUGUCCUCCACACCAAUAAAUUGAAAUAUGUUUCUUUCUUGGUUAUCACAUGGGUGCAUGCAACCUUUCAACGAGAACAUGAAGCAAACGGUUCCUUUUCACUAUCCGUUUAGAUCUUGUGUGGAGCUGCAUCGCAAUGUUCUGAAUGUAUAACAAGUUAGAAAGUUUGCACAGACUCCCUUUGAUCAUUCACCAAAUAUUUUGCAAGAGAAGGCUAUUGUGUCUUCUGUGGAAAUAGCAACUGAUUGUUACAUUUCUGCUAUAUUAUAUAUUGGCUUAGCUGUGUCCUUUUUACUUGGUUAUGUUUUCCUUUUUUUGUACAUGAGAUUGUGAAAUACUUAUGAAUGAUGAGGGACUGGCAGUGAUUUUUUAAAAGUUGCAAGUUAUUUUAACGUGUAAAUAGUAUUUUCCUAUUUUGUUCCAUUAAGAUGCCAGCAGCAGGAGCAGAUAUCAUGUCCAAUGGUUCCCAGAGUCUUGUUUGCACAAUGAUACAAAAGGGUCUGAAAAAUCCAGUGGUAUAACGUAUGUAAGUAGAACUUUAGUAAUCAAAAAUUGAAAAUAGAAAGAGGGGUAUCUUAAUAAAGAACAUAUGGGGGUAUGGAAACUAUCUUUAUAAAAAAUCAAUUGCAUCCAAUUCUUCUCACUGUUUUCAGAGGAGCCACAACAGAGGAAACCUACCUCUCCUGUUAUCCUAUUUAUCAUCCUAUCUCUAUUCCCUUCCAUAUCUAGCACAGACUCCGUGUCCUUACCUUUUGAAACCUCACACUAUCUCAUGGUCCUUGUUUCUCAUUAUGUUCCCAUCCAUGAAAUCCUCCAUCUCUAGCACCUGAGUCAAGCCAAAGAUCUCCUACAUUAAAUGACUCUGCUGUUCUUCCUUGCUGCUUUUAUGUCUUGAACAUCCUCCCUAAUAGAUGAUGUCUCCUCAGCCCUCCCAUCUUCAAAGCAUACCUCAAAAGCUACCUAUUCUGUGUGGCAUGUGACUUAUAUCCUUCAUCUUUAUUCCCAACUGUAAGCAAGCUGUAAGAAAAUGUAAUUUCAUUCUUCCCCUCCUGUCCAUUUGGUCUAUGUAAAGUUAGUAGUGGUGCAUAGUAGUGGUUGCAUGGAAACUCCUUCCUGACACUGGCAUUACUGCUGCUUACCUGGGCAGGGAGCAGGACUCAAUAGCUGUACUGGUGCAUUCACAUAACCCGGAUCUCACUACACCCCCACCGUGCCCCAACCAUUUCCAGGCAUCAGAAGGAACAAGAGUUGCUGAUUUGUGAUGGCUCCCAUAAAUUCUAGAUGGUCAAGUAGUUUGAGGACUACUCUUCCACUCUGUGUCCUUUGGUUUCAGAGUGCUGUGAUGCCAUCAAGUAGCUUGGAUUUGAAUUGCUACCAUUAUGCUGAUGACACGUAGCCAUAACUUUCAUUUCCAUAACCAGAUGCUAGGUGGGUGGUGUAAACUCUGAACUGGGGUUUGGAGAUAGUUUGUGUCUGGAUGAUGGUAAGCAUACGUUGACUAGGGUAGGAUAGCAGAAGAUGACUUAACUGCGUGAUAAGGAAACUAGUCAUUUAAUUUUUGUAAUCUUGUUUUCUAAAUCAAAACCACUUUGGCAUAGAUAGCUUGAUGUAGGGGUGGAAGUAAACAUUUAAUCUGAAGCCAGGUACCUCAAAUGAAAGAUAAGAAACUGAUUUAUAUGUAAACUAUCUUUUUGUAGGAAAACUAUAUAAUUCUUCAAGACCUGUUAUUUUCCUGCAAAUACAAAGUUACAGUCCAGCCAGCAAGAUCCAAAGGCCAAUUAAAGGCUGAAAGUAUUUUCUUUACUACUCCGCCUUGUUCUGAUCUUAAAGGAAAGAAGCACAAGCACAUCAGUUGCCCCACUGAAGGAGGUAAGGCAGAGAUCUGGACAACUGGCAGAAUUUUUAUUUUUAUUAUUAUGUAUUGAAUUUGUCUCACUCCUAAUACCCGCAGAUCUCAGGACGGCUCACAACAUAAAAUCACAAUAUACACAAUUUGGUUGCUCUUGAAAACCAUUCUGAAAGAUUAGAAUAAAAUAAAAUAAAAUUAUGAGAGAUUUCAUUGUUAAUAGGCGUGUUGGCAAGUCAAAGCAGGUGGAACUCUGGGGUGGUGGAGAGUCCUGCAAGCAGUCAGUUCAGAACCCUGAGAAGAAUGAACUGUCCCUUACCUAUAACCCUCUAGGGAGGGAUGCAGGGAGGAAAAGUGAGAAUCAGAAAAAUAGAGAGGGGUAGAACAAGUAAAAGAAUUCUGUGUGUCUAUAUUUUUUAUGUGUCUAUGUUUUUAGGCUCGAAAGAAAUGCUAAUAUAUUGUUUCUUCUUGUUGUGAUGGUGAUUUUUGCAGUUCCAGUUGCCCCUAAAGUGUUGGCCAAGCCCGAGAAUCUUUCUGCCUCUUUCAUUGUCCAGGACAUCAACAUUACUGGGCACUUUUCCUGGAAAAUAUCAAAAGUAAAUCUUCACCAACCCAUGACAGGGUUCCAAGUCACUUGGGCAGAGGUUACAACUGAGAGCAGACAAAACAGCUUGCCCAACAGCAUUAUUUCCCAGUCACAAAUACUGCCCGUAGUAAGUAUCUGCUACUUCUGUGUUGUGGGAUAGGAGGGAAGACUUGAGGGGACAAUAACAUGUGCACCAUUGUAAUGAACAUCCUUGAUUUAGCUAAUGCUUUUUUUUUUUUUACUGUUCCUAUUUUAUUUUUAGGAUCAUUAUGUACUGACAGUUCCCAACCUGAGGCCAUCAACCCUCUACCGUUUAGAAGUACAAGUUCUGACAACAGGUGGAGAGGGACCGGCUACAAUAAAAUCAUUCCGAACACCUGACUUGCUGAUGUCUCCACACAGUGAGUAUUGACAAUUUAUGGGGAAGUAUUUUGAAAGAUGUCCAGGUAGUAUAUCUGUUUACUAGAAGAUUAUUUGUCCUUCUGAGGUACAGAUCACACCUGGCAGGUACUUUGAUGCCCAUACAAACCUUGAUGGAAUACCCACUCGAGGUUAUUUUUGUUUGUUUCCUUUAAACAUGGUGGAACCAAACCCUGUUGCCAGAAUUCACCAUACACCGUGGCCUUGAUUCAGUGGCUCAGGUUUGUGCACCAGACUUCUAAGAAGCAGGAGAACUAUCGGUGCCGCAAUGAGCAGCUUACAUGUCUGCCAGCCUUCCACCGCCCAGAAACACCCCCCCCCGCUUAUUUAAUCUUCAGAGUGAUGCAAAAGAAAAUAUUUUUUCUUCUACCAACAUUAAUACAGAUUUGUAUCAGUCAUAGUUGAUUUAUAAUGUUUUCCUUUAUAGGACCUCAUCUGAAGCAACACCACUCACAUCAUUAUAAGCCGCCACCUGAAAAGUACUAAAUUGCAUUGGAUUAUUAACUAACUGGAAAAGAACAUAAAAGAGCUCUUGCGAAAAUAUCAGAAAAACGCAUCUAUACUGGACUAUGAAAUGGUCUGUGCUUUCAGUGGAUGCUCAUCAUUUGAAAAAAUGUUUUAUGAACUCCAGGAUGAAGUAUGCCAGGCAAGGAUCACGGUAUUCAAGUAAAUAGAAACAUCCAAUGUCUGAAAAUUUAAAGAGUAUAUGAAUAUAGUGAUUUACCAGCAUCAUAGCGUACACUGUUUGACAUUCACACUCUUCUCAGUCUUUAUUACUGUCUAUGUGCAUGGUGGUUUUUUUGUAUUAUAGAGAGUUUUAAAUGUAUAGAUGUAAACAAACAUUUGUCUGUUAUCAAUUUACUAUAUCUCUGAUCCUGUAACUAUUUGUCAAGAGAAACAGAAUCUGUUGACAGGGCAGUCUCCAGCUACAAUACAAGCACAACCACUUUUAGCUGCACAGUAUAAAUUCCCUUCCCACUUCUAUUUCUUUGGGCCCGAGUAACUAUUUAGAUGGCUACCACCCACAAAUCUCAUAUUUUGAUUGGUUUAAUGAAGACCCUUGAUGGACUGUGGCAGAUGGGAACCCAACCCCCCAGCUAAAGUAUUAUCAUUCAUUUGUAUAUGCUGCCAAUCCCAGAUGAUCUUGGCAGAAAUGUGUGUGCAUUAGGAGAAAUAUACAAGAGGUUUGUUGGCAUCCAUCUGUCCCAAGAGACAAUGGCAGGAGUUGCUGGAAUGAGGGGUACAAGGUGCCACCCAAACAUCUUAGGGACUGUCCUCCAGAUUUGUGUAUGGUUUACUCCUUAGCCUUUUCUUCUCCCAAAGAUAGCCUGCAAGGCAGUGGAGGUUUAUGAUCAGGGUUUUCCUUUUCCUAGAUGGGCUACCUUGCCAGGUUGAUGAUCCCCGUUUGCCUCUCACUUCCAUCUACAACAUGUGCAGAAACUGCCUUUUUGACCAUUAGAUCCAUUAUUGGUCUCAUCUGCUCAAUCCACUGGAGCCUGUCUCUGCAUGCAGGGGCAAUCCCUAACUUACAGAGGCUUUGAGACCCAUUGGCUACCAUCACCUGGUUUAGCUGGCCAGUUGAAGCCAUUCCUCAGGUGUGGCUGCUAUCACAUGCUGACAGCUUCUAGGACCUACAGGUAAGAGCUGAGUGCAGAGUGAGGACCAAAGGUGGACAAACUACCCCAGAAGGAGCAUGACGUGUCCCACAGCAGAGGUACUACACCUCCCCCAAACAAGAGGUUUAAUAUCUAAAUAAUAGUGCAUUUUGUGUGCAUGCACAAGAAUGCUUGUUGCAAUCUGUUCUCUUGCCAUAAAUCAGAGAAAGGAAAACCCUGUUCAGUCUGAAGGACAUAUUUUCACAUGGGGAGCUUUCCAGGCCACCUGGCAGUGGUUGGAUAGACUAGAGGAAAAAAGUGGACUAGGCAACUUGUACCUUUGUACAGUAGGCUACAUUCCUGUUAUGAAAAAGUCAGAAGUCCACUCCGCCAAUAUCUCCAUCUCUCGGGCAAGCAAGAGACAUUAUUACAGUUCAAGAACACAUUCCGCCAGGCAAAUGCAUUUGAGGAGGGUGCAGAGCAAGGACAGUGAGGGGUGUUAACUUUGGGAAGAUUUGUGACUUAUUGAGAGUUCUGAGGGCUGGAUAGAGAGGCCUGAGGUUUCCCACCUCUAAUGUAAAUGAACAUAGAAGCAGAUACAGAGAGAGCUUUAUGUAGAAAUUCCAAUACACAUGAUCCUCAGGAUGAAGCUGUUAGAAUUACAUGUGUUCUUAAAUAUUCAAAUAUUGAUGUCAUUUUAUUGAACUAAGCAACACCUCACAGGAUUUUGAAUAUAUUUUUUUAAAUGAAACCUCCUUUACUGUGUUAUGAAGCACCACAGCCAAACUUUAUUAGCCUAAACAAUUUCCACAUGUUUUCAGCAAAAUAGUACAGGGUGACGCCUUCAGAUUUACAGUUAAUCAUUUUUCUCUUGCCCAUUUUGCUUUGUAAGCAUAAAUCAACAUGCUUGAUAGAAAGUUUCUAGAUAUCCUGCAUGUUAAUGAAUGCACAGUUCUGAUUUUGGUGAUAAGCCCUAGAAGACAUUUUCCUUCAUAUUUUUAUGUUUUAUCUUCUAAAAAAAAAAAAAAUCUAAGCACACAUGGUUUUUUUUUUUUUUUUAAGAGUCUUCAUUAGCCCUUCAUUUUAAGCUCUGUAUUCAUAGAGAAGAAUAAAAAUCUAGGGAAAGGGAAAGGACCCAUGGAUGGUUAAGUCCAGUCAAACUUGAUUAUGGGGUGUCGCUUUCCAGUACUUAUAAAUAAAGAAUAUCUGAACUACAUCUGAAAGUAGGUCCCAUAAUUUAGGCUUGCCAUACGUCAGGAAAAUUCCUGACAUGUCCUGGUUUUUGGGUGUAAAAAUGACAGCAGGGAAAAUUUUGUGGGGGCCAGGAAUGUUACUUUUUGAAAUAUGGCAACCCUACCAUAAUUUCCAGGGGAUCCGAAAGUGGAUUAAGUUCAUGGGAGGGUGUAGAAUUCUGAACAAUGCCUAGUUCAUCUUCAUGUUCAUUCUCUCAUCCCACCCUCAGCAGCAGGCCUGGAUUUUUAGCUUUCUUUUUCUUUUUCUUUUUUUUAAGUAAGGCACUCUAUAAAGAAAGCUAGAAAACAAAGUGUGGAGGCAACAUUCUAAGGCUUACUAGGCAGAUGUCCUUGAAUUAUUCCUUAGGCAUUUAUGGGCUUGAGCAACAACUCUGUACUUGUUGUUGCAAAUACAAUUCAUUGUUUCAGAGAGGUUACAUGUGUUCAUCACUUCACCACAGUAUCAGGAAAAGAUUUUAACACCUAUGAAGCAGCCAUUACAUUUCAAGCAUUGCAAUCAUAUAUAGCUUUUGUGCCAUUUCAUUUCACUUGGAUGGUGAACACAGUUAUAUGGAGACAGCUUCCAAAUAUUGAGGGACUGAGAACAGCUUGUAUGCUUUCAGUUUUCAUGUAAUGCUUUUUCUUUCUGUUCAAUAGAUAGAACAAAAACCCACAUACUGUACAUGCUGAGUCCUAAUCUCUCCAGUUUGGAUUUUAGCCCUAAACUAUGGUAGAGUGUUGGAUGUGAAUGUGGCCAAUGCUGUUCAAUAGCAUCGGUUUAUGUAAUCAGUUGCAAGUAAUCAAGUUAAUCACAUGUAUCAGUGAACAUCCAUGAGCAUGGAGAGUAAAACUUCAGCUGAUAUCUGUGCAGUUCUGACAGUUAAAUAGAUACUUAAAUGGCAUUGAAAUCACUGAGUUAUAUCAUUAUGCCAGGGCUUGUCUGUGUAGGGAUGAGUUUAACUACAAGAAUAUCAUCUGCCUUCAACCAGAUCUUGAAGAAUAUAGGAUCAGGGCCCAAAAAGUUUUAUUCCAAUGUAUUGCCCUUGACAAAAAAGGUGAUAUACCAGUAAAUACUAACUUAUUUAUUUUCAGAAUACAUAUCCUUUUCCUUAAUCCUUUUGUUGUGUCUGUUAAGUGUUCUUAAACCUUUGAUUGAUACCUGUGGACAUGCAAGUUGCUAUAAAUGUCAUAUACACUUGUACAUUGUAACCAGGAAUAUGAUGCUUAUAUGUUGUUGCAUGUUUUUUUUAUUAUAAAAAAAUUAAAACUUUAUUUAAAUUAGUAAAUUAAUACCUACAGAUGUUGAUGGCUCUAUAUGGUUUGCAUGCCAAAACUCAUAAUUCAGUUAUAGGCAUGAAGUCUAUAGCUGUAUUACCUCUCUUGAAUAUAUUGGUAAGGUACAAUUUGAAAAGUAAUUAAUAGAGGUUCUAUAUGUAAAAAUAUUUUUCUGUUUUAUGUAAUUAUAUUGUAGUGUGGAGAUAACAAAACUACUUAUCUGUUAACUAAAUUGGCUGUAGAAAUCAUGUUUUUACAACAGUCAUUUAAAAGUCAGUAUUUAUUUAUAUAUGUUUUACAAAAGAUGGUUCAUUUGUGUGUGUCAAUGUUACUUAGAAUAAUCCUUGUAAAAACAUUUUGUAAAAAAAAAUGUAAAUAGGCUGCUGUUUCCUCAUUAUUUUAAUGUUUAGAUUUUGUACAUAAGUUUAAGUAAUAAACUACCCUUCUAUAUAGAAA